AUGUCAACACAGGCGCCGACGUUCACACAGCCGCUGCAGAGCGUCGUAGCACUAGAGGGUAGUGCUGCGACGUUCGAGGCUCAAGUUAGUGGUUCUCCAGUUCCUGAGGUGAGCUGGUUCCGUGAUGGCCAGGUUCUUUCCACCGCUGCGUUGCCCGGUGUGCAGAUCUCGUUCAGCGAUGGCCGCGCUGUUCUGAGGAUCCCUGCUGUGACCGCCGCACACAGUGGAAGGUUUUCUGUCAGAGCCACCAACGGAGCUGGACAAGCCACGAGCACCGCCGAGCUGCUCGUUACAGCCGAGACCGCGCCUCCAAACUUCCUUCAGAGACUGCAGAGCUCGACGGUGAGACAGGGCAGCCAGGUGAGGCUGGAUGUCCGAGUGACAGGAAUCCCAACGCCUGUAGUGAAGUUCUACAGAGAAGGAGCAGAGAUCCAGAGCUCCACUGACUUCAGGAUCCUCCAGGAAGGAGACCUGUACAGUCUGAUGAUUGCCGAGGCCUUCCCAGAGGAUUCUGGGACGUAUUCUGUGACCGCUACCAACAGUAGCGGACGAGCUACUUCCACCGCUGAGCUGCUUGUUCAGGGUGAGGAAGCUGUACCUGCUAAGAAGACUAAGAGUAUUGUGUCCACAUCUCAGAUGAUGACUUCACACACUGGACACACUGGGAUGCAGAGCCACGUUGAAGGUGGGAUGAUGACUCAGCACGUUGAAGGCGGGAUGAUGACUCAGCACGUUGAAGGCGGGAUGAUGACUCAGCGUUUGGCUCAUAAAACGCCGCCACGUGUUCCCCCAAAGCCGACCUCAAAGUCCCCACCGUCCUUCGUUUCCAAAAUGAUGGGACGCCAGCAGUCACCUUCACCUGUCAGACACGUGAAAGGGCCGACGCCGACGCCUGUCAGACCCAUUUCUCCCUCCAGCAGACUGUCUGUCUCUCCCAUCAGACCCGUCAAGUCUCCCGUCAUGAUCAGGAAACGGGUGUCUGCCUCUCCGGAGGUCCUGCCACCAUGGAAGCAGGGAGACUAUGUGGCUGAGUCCAGCUACACCAGUGUGAGCAGCAUGACCAGUGUGAGCAGCGCCUCCCAGGUCCACAUGGAGAAACACUGGGAGCAGCAGGUCAGCGCCACCACAGAGGUGAGGAUGAUGAUGAUGGAGUCGCUCCUGCUCGUGGCGGUGGAUCAGGCUCGUAGCUGGCGCCUGUCUGAAGCCGCUGUGUCUGCAGAGAAGGAGGAGGGAGGGAUAAAGGCGGAGGCGGUUGCCACAGUGGUGGCCGCCGUUGAUCUAGCUCGGGUCCGUCAGCCCGUUCAUGCUGAAGGCGUUCAGGCUGAAGAGGAAGAGACCGGAGAGGCCGAGACCCUGAAGAGAGCUGCAACUACUGCAGAGAGGCAUGUUGUUGAAAUGAAAAUGCUUCCUGCUGAACCCCAAGCUGCUGUCUCCCAGGUCUCCCAGAUUCAGAGAGCAACAGAAAUCUCCUCCCAUGUGGAAACUGGUGUCACCUCUUCCUCUUCCCCAGUAGUUCCACAUUUCACAGUUUCUAAAGUUUCCGUUCCUAAACCUGAACCUAGACACGAGGUGUCCAUCUCCGGCUCUGCUAUCGCCGCUCUGCACAAAGACUUAUCGUCCACUUCCACUCACAGAAAAAUCAUCAAGCCCGUCAAGUCUCCCAGUCCGUCUCGCAGAGCCACACCAGCACCACCAGCAGCACCAGCAGCACCAACACCGGAGCCGCUCCCACCGCCCUUUAGAGACUCCAGAUAUCAGAGUCAGUUUGAGUUACGGGCGAGUGAGGAGGAGUUUGAGGACUGGGAGCCUCAGGAGGCAGCUGCAGUGGCCACAGUCACCGUUCAGGAGCCGGUUGUUCCUCCUGCUCUGAUUGCUGGCCUGAUGAAUGUGACGGUGACUGAAGGCGAGUCUGCCACCCUUGAGUGCCAGAUCAGCGGCCAUCCUGCUCCCGUCAUCAUGUGGUUCAGAGAAGAUUACAAGAUCGAGAGUUCUAUCGACUUCCAGAUCACCUACGAGAGCGGAUUCGCCCGGAUGGUGAUCCGCGAAGCGUUCGCCGAAGACAGCGGCCGCUUCACCUGCACCGCCACCAGCGAGGCGGGAACCGUCAGCACCUCCUGCUACCUGCUCGUCAAAGUAUCAGAAGAGAUCGAGAGCAGAGAGGAGACGACGACUGUCACUGAAAUAGGAAUCACAGAAGAGAAAAGUGUUGCCGUGGAGACAAAGGACCAGGUGAUGAUGGAGGUGAGCACAGGUGAGUCUGCUGCUCCCUUCUUCAUCAGGAAGCCGACCAUUCAGAAGCUGGUGGAGGGAGGAAGUGUCAUCUUCGACUGCCAGGGAGGAAACCCGAAACCACACGUCAUCUGGAAGAAGAGUGGCGUGCCGCUCACUACCGGAUACAGAUAUAAAGUUGCUUACAAUAAGGAGACGGGCGAGUGCCGGCUGGAGAUCUCCAUGACCUUCGCUGACGACGCUGGAGAAUACUCCAUCUUUGCUAAGAAUCCUCAGGGAGAAGCUUCGGCCUCCGCCACCUUGCUGGAGGAAGAGGAGUAUGAGGCCCACAUGAAGCAGCACGACGUGACGUAUAAAACGGAAGUGACGACGACGGUGGUCCAGGAGCCGUCUGUGAUCGUGAGUCAGUACGAGACGGAGCGGAGAGUCACCACGCCCAUGAGCUUCGUCUCAGAGACCGAGUUCCUGGUGUCAGCGUUUGAGGAGCGUAUCAUCCAGGAGGUGGAGCUCCGGAUCAUGAGGAUCACCUACAGAGAGCUGGUGAUGGAGGACGGCGAGCUCAUCGUCACGGCAACAGAGAUGGAGGCGGUGCAGCCGGCCUUCGAAACGCCCGUUAAAAACUACCGGAUCAUGGAGGGAACCGGCGUCACCUUCCACUGCAAGAUGUCCGGAAACCCACUGCCAAAGAUUGCUUGGUUCAAAGAUGGCCAGCGGAUCCGACCCGGUGCUCAUUACCAGGUGGAGGUUCUCCAGGACGGCCGAGCCAGCCUCCGCCUGCCGGUGGUUCUUCCAGAGGAUGAAGGAGUCUACACCGCCUUCGCCACCAACAUGAAGGGGAACGCCGUGAGCUCAGGGAAACUCUACAUCGAACCGUCUGGAGCUGUGACGCCGCAGAGAUUCACUCCUCAGCCCGCCAUGCAGAGGAUCAGGUCCACAUCUCCUCGCUCAGUGAGCCGCUCCCGCCGGUCGCUCUUCCAGCCGCUCCCCCCGCCCGCUCCCCCGCCCGCAGGACUGGACGAUACGGACGAGGCUCAGCUGGAGAGACUCUACAAGCCCGUGUUCGUCCUCAAACCUUCUUCUAUUAAAUGCUCAGAGGGCCAGACUGCCAGAUUCGACCUGAAGGUUGUCGGCAGACCGAUGCCCGACACGUUCUGGUUCCACAACGGGCAACAAGUGGUGAAUGACUACACUCAUAAGAUAGUGAUUAAAGAGGAUGGGGUCCAGUCCCUGAUCAUCGUCCCAGCCUUGCCUCAGGACUCUGGAGAGUGGACCGUCGUUGCUCAGAACAGAGCAGGACGGACCUCCAUCGCUGUUACUCUCACUGUGGAAGCCCGUGAGAGUCUGGCCCGGCCUCAGUUUGUGGAGAAGCUGAGGAACAUCACAGUGAAGCAGGGCACGCUGGUGGAGCUGGCGGUUAAAGCCAUCGGGAACCCGCUGCCUGACAUCGUCUGGCUGAAGAACAGUGACAUCAUCAGCCCACAGAAGCACCCGCACAUCAAGGUCGACGGUACAAAAGGAGAAGCUAAGUUCCACAUCCCGUCGGCGUCGGGCUCAGACAGCGCCUGGUACACGGCCACCGCCAUCAACAGAGCCGGCAGAGACACGACUCGCUGCAGAGUCAACGUGGAGGUGGACCACGCCGCUCCUCAGGCCGAGAGGAAGCUCAUCAUCACCAAAGGAACCUACAAAGCCAAAGAGAUCGCUGCUCCCGAGCUGGAGCCUCUUCACCUGCGUUACGGGCAGGAGCAGUGGGAGGAGGGAGACCUGUACGACAAAGAGAAGCAACAGAAGCCUCAGUUUAAGAAGAAGCUGACGUCCAUCAGGAUGAAGCGCUUCGGCCCGGCUCACUUCGAGUGCAGACUGACUCCCAUCGGUGAUCCUACCAUGGUGGUGGAGUGGCUGCACGACGGGAAACCUCUGGCCGCUGCUAACAGGCUGCGGAUGGUCAACGAGUUCGGCUACUGCAGCCUGGACUACGAGGUGGCGUACGCUAGAGACAGCGGCGUCAUCACCUGCAGAGCCACUAACAAGUUUGGCGUCGACCAGACUUCGGCGACUCUGAUCGUCAAAGAUGAGAAGGGUCUAGUAGAGGAGACGCAGCUCCCCGAAGGCAGGAAGGGAGGAGCUCACAGGCUGGAGGACAUGGAACGCAUGGCUCAUGAAAGAGGACCUGCGGGAGUCAGCACAGACGAGGAAACCGAAAAGACUAAACCUGAAAUCGUCCUGGUUCCUGAACCGGCCAGAGUGCUGGAAGGAGGCAUCGCCCGGUUCCGCUGCAGGGUGACGGGUUACCCAGCACCUAAAGUCAACUGGUACAUUAACGGACAACUCAUCCGCAAAAGCAAGAGGUACAGACUCCGCUACGAUGGGAUCUACUACCUGGAGAUUGUGGACAUUAAGUCUUACGAUGCAGGCGAGGUCAGAGUGGUUGCAGAUAAUCCUUUAGGAACCACGGAGCACACUGUGAAGCUGGAAAUCGAACAGAAAGAAGACUUCAGAUCAGUCCUGCGUCGAGCCCCGGAGGUGAAACCUGCAGAAGUCUUACACGAUCCCGGAAGAAUCGGAUUUGACGUCGUGAAGGUCGACCGGCCGAGCGAGACCGCACAGGACAGAGAAGUCGUUAAGCUGAAGAAGACGCAGAGAGUCGUCCGUGAGAAGACCUCCGAGGAGUCCGAUGAGCUGAAGAGCAAGUUCAAGCGCCGGACGGAGGAAGGUUUCUACGAGUCCAUCUCCGCCGUGGAGUUCAAGGGUCACAGGAAAGAUGAGUCCUACGAGGAUUUACUGAAGAAGACGAAGGAGGAGCUGCUUCAUCGUCUGAAAGAGAAAGAAGAAGCAGAGAGGAAGAGGCUGGAGGAACAAGGCACAGUGACCAUCCCCACCAUCAAACCAGAGAAGGUGCAGCUCUCCCCGAGCAUGGAAGCACCCAGGAUCCUCGAACGCAUCGCCAGCAGCACCGUCGUCCCCAUGGAUGAAGUCCGUUUCCGCCUCAGAGUCGUGGGUAGACCAGAACCCGAGUGUCAGUGGUUUAAGAACGGGGUCCUGCUGGAGAAGACGGAGCGUGUGUUCUGGUACUGGCCCGAGGACCACGUGUGUGAGCUGGUGAUCAGAGACGUCGUCGCCGAGGACUCCGCCAGCAUCAUGGUGAAGGCCGUGAACGUCGCUGGAGAAGCUUCCAGCCACGCCUUCCUGCUGGUGCAAGGCAAGGCGACCGUCAGCUUUACUCAGAACCUGGAGGACGUCAGCGCCAACGAGAAGGACACCACCGUGACCUUCGAGUGUGAGACCAGCGAACCUUUCGUCAAAGUGAAAUGGAUGAAGAACGGCACGGAGAUCUUCUCUGGAGAGAAAUACAGAACCCACUCAGACAGAAACGUCCACUUCCUGUCUGUGAUGAUGAUCGACAUGAAGGACGACGCAGAGUACUCCUGUGUGAUAGCAGAGGAUGAAGACAUCAAGACGAGUGCAAGGCUCCAUGUAGAAGGUGCUGCUCUGGAGCUGCUCAAACAUCUGGAGGACAUCGAGGUCCCAGAGACGUACGCUGGAGAGUUUGAGGUGGAGCUUUCCCGUGAGGACGCGGAGGGCAGCUGGUACUUCGGAGACAAGGCGCUGUCGCCUAGCAACAAGUACGUGAUGUCAUCCCGCAGAGGAAGACACAGCCUGUCAGUGAAGGAGGUGAAGAAGGAGGACCAGGGCAAGUACACCUUCGUCUGUGGAGAGCUGAAGACCAGCGCUGCACUCAAGAUGAAACUGCGCCCGGUGACCCUGAUGCAGCCUCUGACUGACCUCACCGUGUGUGAGGGUGACAUCGCUCAGCUGGAGGUGCGGUUCUCCCAGGAGAACGUCGAGGGAACCUGGAUGAAGAACGGCCAGGCCGUCUCCGCCUCGGACCGAGUCCACAUCAUCAUCGACAAGCUGAUCCACAAACUGCUGGUGGAGAACAUCAGCAGAGACGACGCAGCUUCCUACUCCUUCCUGGUUCCUGCCCAGGACAUUUCCACUUCCUGCAAGCUCCACGUUCAGACCAUUGACAUCCUGUCGCCUCUCAAAGACGUGUCGUCCAUCGAGGGCACCAAAGCCGUCCUGGAAGCAAAGAUCUCAGCUCAGGACAUCAGCUCCGUUAAAUGGUUCCAUGACGACAAGCAGCUGUUGCCUAGCGACCGCAUCCAGAUCGUAGCCAAGGGGUCCAAGCAGCGCCUGGUCUUCACCCGGUCCUACGCCUCUGACCAGGGACACUACAAGCUGGUGGUUGGAAAGGUCGACACCAGCUGUAACCUGACUGUGGAGAAGGUGCACAUCGUGAAGCACAUGGAGGACAAAGUGUGCUCCGAGUCCCAGAACGUGGUCUUUGACGUGGAAGUGUCUCAUCCCGGUAUCGAGCCGGUCUGGACCUUCAGGAACCAGCGUCUCCGAGCCGGACCCAAACACAAGCUGGAGACUAAAGGGACGUCUCACUCUCUGACCGUCAUCGACACCAUGAAGGACGAGGAAGGACUCUACACCUUCAACGCUGGAGAGCAGACGUCCAGCGCUAAGCUCACUGUCUCUGGUGGCGCCAUCACUCGUCCCCUGCAUGACGUGACGGUAGCGGAGUCUCAGACGGCAGAACUGGAGUGUGAGGUCGCCAACGCCAACACGGACGGCAAGUGGCUGAAAGACGGCGAGGUGAUCGACUUCAGCGAGAAUGUGGUGAGCGAGGUGAAGGGAGCCGUCAGACGCCUCAUCAUCAUCAUCACCAGACCGCAGGAUGUCGGAGAGUACACGUACCAGGUGGCCAACUCCAAAACCACAGCUAACCUCAAGGUGGAGGCUGUGAAGAUCAAGAAGACUCUGAAGAACCAGACGGUGACGGAGACGCAGGAGGCGGUGUUCACGCUGGAGCUGACUCACCUGGACGUGAAAGGAUCCCAGUGGAUCAGGAACGGCGUGGAGCUGCAGAACAGCGACAAGUACGAGAUCACGUCCGACGGCACCGUGCACACGCUGAAGGUGAAGAACUGCAACACGCAGGACGAGAGCGUCUACUCCUUCAAGCUCGGCAAGCUGUCCGCCAACGCCAGGCUCAACGUAGAGACCAUUAAGAUCAUAAAGAAGAUAAAGGAUGUGACAUCACUGUUGGACGGCACCGCCUCCUUUGAGAUGAGCCUGUCACAUGACCACAUCCCAGUCAGGUGGAUGUUUAAAGGGGCGGAGCUUAAGUCCAGUGAGAAGUGUAAGAUCUCGUCGGAGAGGAAAGCUCACAAGCUGAUCCUGCAGAACAUCGACAGCAGCAACGCCGGAGAGUACACCGUCAUGGUCGGACACCUGCAGUGCAGCGCCACGCUCACUGUGGAAGCUCUGCGAGUCACUAAACCGAUGAAGAGCGUCGAGAUCCCCGAGACACAGGUGGCGACGUUCGAGUGCGAAGUGUCUCACUUCAACGUGCCGGCCACGUGGCUGAAGGACGGCGUGGAGAUCGAGAUGACGGAGAAGUUUAAGAUCGUCGUUCAGGGAAAACUUCACCAGCUGAAGAUCAUGAACACGAGCCGGAGCGACUCAGCAGAAUACACCUUCAUCUGCGGGAACGACCGCGUCUCCGCUACGCUAACCGUUAGCCCCGUGUUGAUCACCAGCAUGCUGAAGGACCUGAACGCUCAGGAGAGAGACACCAUCACCUUCGAGGUCACCGUGAACUACGAAGGUGUGACGUAUAAGUGGCUGAAGAACGGCGUGGAGGUGAAGUCAUCGGACCGCUGCCAGGUCCGCAGCAAGCAGCUCACUCACUCGCUCACCAUCAGGAACGUUCACUUUGGGGACGGAGGAGAGUACCAGUUCGUAGCCGGCUCCAGCGCCACUGCAGCCAACCUGUUCGUAGAAGCUCGUGUGAUUGAGUUCACGAAGAAGAUCAAAGACAUAAAGAUCACAGAGAAGAAGAAAGCCAUUUUUGAGUGUGAGAUUUCUGAACCCAACAUUCAGGUGAUCUGGAUGAAGGACGGUCAGGAGCUGGACGUCACCGACGAGAGAUACAUGAUACAUGUGUCUGAGGUGGUGUCUCCAGACUCGGCUGCUCCCGUCGCUCCACCCGUCAUCGUCUCUCCCAUCAGCAGCACGUCUACACACGAAGGAGAAGCAGCUCGCUUCCAGUGCCGAGUCCGUGGAGACGAUGUGAAGAUCAGCUGGUUCCACAAAGAGAAGGAGAUCAAGCAGUCCGACUUCUUCAGGAUGUCUCAGUUUGACGACAGCUGUCAGCUGGAGAUCUCCAAGGUUUACCCCGAGGACGAGGGCGAGUACAGCUUCACCGCCACCAACAACGCUGGAGCUGCUUCCUGCUCCGCUACGCUCACACUGGACGGUGAGUUCACUUCAGUAGGAUCGUCAGUGAGUGUGGUGGAGUCUCAGAGCGUCUCCAUCAGCAGCAUAAAGAAACCCGCCGUCGGCCAAAAGCCCGUCUUCAUCCAUCCAAUCACAAGCUGCUCCGUGCGGCACGGGGAAGUGGCUCGUUUCCACGCGUGUGUGAGCGGCACGCCCACGCCCGAGAUCAGCUGGUUCCACGACCAGCACCCGGUCCGGCCCACCAGGAACGUGGUGUUCCACUGGGACCAGGCGACCCACACCGCCACGCUCAUCAUCGUGGACGCGUUCAGGGAGCACGCGGGUCAGUACACCUGCAGGGCGGCCAAUCAGGCGGGAGAAGCUGCCUGCUCCGCUACACUCACCGUUACCACAGAAGAAGAAGAAGGAGAAGUGACUCAUGUGAGAGAGCAGAUUGAAGCCAAGAUUGAGGAAGAAGUCAAAGAGCGUUGUAGCACCACCGUCACCACUGUGGAGGAACAAGAGGAAACCUACUACACUGAUGUCCACUUACAACAAAAAACUAAAACACUUGAACUCAAGCCAGAGUCCAAACGUUACUCUUCCACUUUAGAGAAGAAAAAAGAAAAGCCAGUUUUCCUCACACAGCUCUCCCCAGCAGCUGUAACUACUGGGGAGACUGCCAAGUUUACUGUCAAAGUGUCUGGCUUCCCAAAGCCAACUGUUCAAUGGUCUCAAAAUGGAAAAGUAUUAAAGAGUUCUUCUGUAUACAAGCUGAUAGAAGAGAAGGAGGAGUACUCAUUAGUGAUAACCCACGUCACAUCUGAGUAUGAGGGCGAGUACUCAUGCACUGCCACCAACAGAUUUGGUCAGACAACUUGCACCACAUACCUGGAGGUGAAAAAACCUGAUGUUAGCCAAGCAGAAAAAUGGGUUGAGAAAAUGUUUAAAGUCACAGGUCAACCUCCUACUUUCACUGUUCAGAUCCAACCUGUGAGGUGCUCAGAAGGAGGAGAGGUUUCUUUAAAUUACAAAGCAAGUGGUGAUCCAGUUCCUGAUGUGAAGUGGUUCAGGGGGGCUUUUCAGAUUCAGCCCAGUAGAAACUGUGUUAUUAUAGCCAACCCAGAUGGAUCUGGCUUUGUCAAUAUUAAGAGUGUCAAACAGGAAGAUAGUGGCUUGUAUACAUGUAAGGCUUCUAACCAGUUUGGGGAGGCAUCGUGUAGUGCUGAGGUUGUUGUCUUCAGGGAAUCGGUCUCUGUUUCUAGCAAACAGCAACAGACAGUGGUUCAGAAGAAAGGCUAUAAGGUUACAAUGACAGAACAGGCAACAGAGUCUCGCCUGUACCAGGUCAGCCUCCCUGGCCAGGACAGAGCUGGAUCUGAUCAGAUGGUUUAUACCAUCGGUACUGAAGACCGGCAGAUAAUUCCCAGUGAGCAAGUUGGCUCCCUUAGCGAACUAGAUAUCUCUGCUGCCACCAUUCAUCGCGAGCAGCUGACCCACCAGGCAGCAGUGCUUCAGUCUCAUGAGGUAGAGGAGAGGGUAUCUAUGGUGCCCACCCACCCACCUCAGAUCUCAACUGUACCUGUGAAACAACUUCACAUGGCAGCGUUUACAUCAUCUGUUGAAGAGAGUCAGGACCUCAUGGAGCAGCACUGCAGUCGCAUUCAGAGCCCUGAGGUUAUUGAGCUCCAGGCAGCUCGGGAAAAGAGAUCAAAGGUAAUGUCAGCUGUAGCUGAGGAGCUGACUCCACUUUCUAAUGUUAGCACAGAGCCUCUGGCCGAUCGAAAGCCUAUUUCUGUCAAACACACCUCAGAACCUAAGCACCUAGUCAGUGGGCAUCAAGUUGAAUCACCACUGUCUAUCCUGAAAGAGCAGUCUCAAAAUAUCCCCACAGUAGAAGAACAGAAAAGUUACAAGGUUAAGGAGGGUAUUAAGAUUUUAUACUCAGCCCAGUCUGCAGAGAAACGAGUGCUUACAGAGGGCCACACCACUGAACUAGCAACAGCAGAUUCGGCUGUGAAAUCUUCUGUUGAGAAAGAACAGCGCCAUCCUGUCUUAGCCUUGGUCAGCAAGUCUAAACAGACUCUUUCCAAGGAGACUGAGUUCUCCAUGCAGAGCCCCCCUGCAGCAACAGCUCAUCUCUCUAAGGAUAAAAUUGUGAAGGCAGUUCUAACUACUGAAGAGAAGCAAAUACUCCAGGCUGAGUCCACUCAUCAGUUGCCAAGUUUGGACAGUGCCAUGUCUAUUCAGUCACAAGUAGAGGGAGAGCAGUUGUUGCACCUGCAGGUUAUCACAGACCAGGAUCUCCUUCCAUCUGAGACCAGCUUCACCUGUGAGAAACCAGCACCAGAGCAAGCAGGCACAAGGAAGAGUCCCAUUCUGCUGCACACUGUUAGCCAGGAUGAGCAGAAGACAGUAGUUUGUGAGGACACAUCAGAGUUUGAGGCCAAAGCUAGCACCAUAACCAUCCAGCCCCAAAAAGAGGCUCCUACUCUGCUGCAUCUCCAGUCAACCCAUUCUGUGGAGGCAGAACCCAAAGAGGGUAUUCUUGUAAUUCAGAAGCCUGACCAGCAGGUGGCAUCACAGAAACAGGAAAAGGCUAGGAGUCAUGCAGCCCUAAUGGAGGAGAGAAGGGAGAUUACAGCAGAUUAUCACGCAGAACUGGCCUCGUCCGUGACUGGAGUUCAGUCUCAGUUACGAACUGAACCCAGAACUCAAAACAUCCUCCAGCUCUCUUUCCAGCCCAUGCAGCUGCCAAAAGAGACGCCAGUUACUACUGACGUCAAGCAGCAACGAGCUUUGGUGCAGAAGGAAGAUCACUGGAAUGUGAUGCAUGUCACCAGUGUAGAAGAUAGUCAGGCAUUAGAGGAAGGUCACACAGAGAGUCUUACUGCAGUGGGUAAAUUCACCUGCCAAACAGCUGUAGAGCCAAAGGUUCCUACCGAGUCAGUCCAGAUCGAGGAAAAGGAGAUCUCCACUGAGAGUAGUGUCCUUCUAGAGGCAGCAGAGCAGGACUUUGCUGUUCAAAUCCAGGAGGGCCAGUCAGUUAGGCAGUCAAUAUUGAUGGAUGAGAAGCAAGUGCUGAUAGGUGAACUCUCUCAGGAGAUCUCCAAGUCUGAGUCCACAAAAGUGGCCAUCACCACACAGCCUAAACUGUCCCUUAUGGCAUCAGAAUCGAAAGAAAGCACAGCUCUUCCCAAAGAGAUGACAUUUGUGAUUCAGAUCCCUAAACCAUCCAGUCUGAAUAUACGGCAUCAGCUCAGAGAUGCUCUUCAGUCUGCAGUAGCUAGUGACCAGCCAGUGUUACUGGCUGAUGUUGUUGGAAGUUUCCAGCCUGUAGAGAUACAGGAAGUCAAGGUUCAAAGAGAGCCCAAGCGUGCCAUGUUUACAUACCUGAUAACAACAACAGGUUCACCCAUGGAGAUUACUCUGGCUUUUGAGGGUGAAUACCCUCGGACAGCUGACCUCAGGACUGAACUCCAAGCAGCUUUCCACUCCAUAGUGUACCAGGAAGCCCAUGUUCUUGCCUCUGAACAGCCGGGCACUAUGCAGUUAGACAAACCUCAAAGGGCCCAGGUCACCUCGGCCCACUCUAAGCAAAUGCUGUCAUCCAUGGUCGAGACAGUGAACGUAGCAGAGGGCACAGUGGAGUUCACUGCUAUUAAAUCUCAGGCUGCUGCUGUCAAAACUGAGUCGAAAAUGGCCGUUGAACAUACUGCAGCUGAGAAAAAGGUUGUGGUGCAGGAAUCCAAGGCAGCAAAGAUGGAACAUACUAUCUCAUCCCAGAUCAAAAUUUCCACCGAGGCUCACGUAUCUUUUGAACAGUCAGUACAGGUUUCAAGUCAAGAGGAAAGGUCAGUAACGGUGAAGAGCCAGGAAAAAGAUGUAGGAGCGGCUAUUUUCACCAGUGCCUUGCCUCCCACCACAGUCCCCUCUGAACAGGUUGUGGAUGUCAGCAUCCAGAAGGAGUACAGGGAAGAGACCUUUAAAGGAGAGAUUACUGUAACCAGGCCUGAACAGAGAGAAUACCCUGUAAUAGUCACUUCCCUUGAAGACUUAUCCAUAGAAGAAGAUAGUAAAGUAGUCUUUAACACCACCAUUAAUUACGCCACAAAGGUAAACUGGUUUUUCAAUGGGCAAUUGGUGAAAUCUGGCAAAGAGUUCAAGUGUUCAAAAGACCACGACACAUAUACGUUGGUUAUCAACAAAGUUGUCGAGAGGAAUCAAGGAGAAUAUGUUUGUGAGGCUGAGAAUGAAGCUGGCAGAACUGCGACAUCUUCAAGACUCACUGUGGUCUCAAGAGUGCCACCUCUCUUUAGGCAGAAAAUCGUCCCUCUGGAUAUUAACAUUGGCAGCCAUGCCAAGUUUGAAUGUGAGAUCGAAGAUGCUCCAAGUGUCACCUUCAAAUGGUACAAGUCUGGCACUGAGAUCAGACAGGGUGAGAAGUACCGGAUCCUAAGCCACCCCACCAGUUCCUCUCUGGAAGUCCUGACCCCGGUCAAGGCAGACAGCGGUGAAUACACCUGCAAGGCUUCAAAUCAGCACGGCACUGAUAGCUGCACUGCCUCACUCACUGUUACUGAAAUGUACCCACCAAUAUUUGUUUCAAAACCAGACCCAAUGAUUUUAUAUGUGGGCAAACAAGCUGUGUUCCAGUGCUCACUCACUGGAUCCUCACCCAUGGAAGUUGUCUGGCAUAAGAACAACAUAGCCAUCUCCUCCACAGGGAACUAUGUCAUGAAAUGUGAAAAGAACAAGUAUUCCCUUCACAUUAAAAGUCUUGAGCUAACUGACCAGGGAGAGUACCUGUGCAAGGCCUCCAACAGAGUUGGUACUGCUACCUUUACCACAGAGCUCAAGGUUAUCAACAAGCCCAGCUUUGUUAAGACCAUUGAGCCAGCAUCAGUCGCUGUCAAUAGCCCGCUAAGGCUGGAGUGCCAGGUGGACGAGGAUACUGGUGUGACUGUCACCUGGAACAGGGAUGGCAAAAAAGUCCACCAAAGCAUGGAGUGUAAACUGUCCUUUGAGGACAAGGUGGCUGUUCUUGACAUACCCAAGUCCAAACAGAAGGACUCUGGGAAAUAUGUGUGCACAGCCACAAAUGAGGCUGGGAGCUCAUCCUGUGAGGCUGUGGUAACGGCUCAAGAACCCCCUACCUUUGUCAAGAAAAUGGAACCAAAGAUUACAUGGAAACAAGGAAUAGCUGCACGCUUACAGUGCACUGUUAAAGGGUCACCUGAACUCCACAUCCACUGGUUCUGCAAUGAGAGAGAACUUAGCAGUGGAGAAAAGUAUAAAAUCUCUUUCAAGACUGGAGUUGCCGUGUUGGAGAUAGUUAAUCUUCUGGUCACAGACAGUGGGAGUUACACCUGUGAGGUGUCAAAUAAUGCAGGCAGCGAGAGCUGCAACACCCUUAUAGCUGUUAAAGAUCCACCAUCCAUUAGAAAAGAGCUGCAGACAGUAGAGGUGGUGAAGGGAACAGCAGCUCAGCUGGAGUGUACGAUCACAGGAACAACUCCUUUUGAAAUCAGCUGGUUAAAAAAUAAGAAACCUAUCACCAGUGAUGAGAAAUAUAAAAUAAUCUCCCAAGAUUCUUUGUCAAGGCUGGAAAUCCAGACCUUUGAAAGUGCAGAUGUUGGAGAUUAUCAGUGUGUCAUUUCCAAUGAUGUGGGGAAAGUCAUCACUAAGGCGCUUGCUAAACUUAAAGAGCCGCCAACCUUUUCAAAAAGAGUUGAGAGUGCCACAGCAGUGUUGGGAAAUACAGUGAAACUACAGGGAACCAUUAAGGGCUCAGCUCCCAUCAAUAUUAAAUGGAUGAAAGACUCUGAAAUACUGAGAGAUGAUGAUCCAAAUAUUAAGAUGGUGUUUGAGAACAACGUUGCAAGCUUGACGAUAACGACAGUGGCCAUCAGCCAUGGUGGCAAAUAUUCAUGCCAAGCUGAGAAUGAAGCUGGGCAAAAGAAAUGUGAAGCCACCUUGACUGUGCAAGAACCUGCCAGAAUCAUAGAACCUGCAGAGUCCAUUAGUGUGACUGCAGGGGAUUCGGCCACAUUGGAGUGUAAAAUUUCUGGAAGCCCAGACCUCAAAGUGAAAUGGUUUAAAGACGAUAAAGAGAUGAUCAGUGGCCGCAAAUAUAAGAUGACUGUGAAGGACAAUAUUGCCACCAUGAAGAUUCUUACAGCAGAAAGAGGAGACACUUCAGACUACAAGAUGGAGGUGUCGAAUAAAGUUGGAAAAGACCAGUGCACAUGCUCAGUCACUGUCUUAGAUCGGAUAAUGCCUCCAACUUUCACAAAGUCCCUGAAAAGAGUUGAUGCUAACAUUGGUAAUGAUGUCUCCGUGGAGUGUAAAGUGUCUGGGUCCCAACCCAUGACCAUAGCUUGGUUCAAAGACGACCAGGAAAUCACGUCUGGAUCUAAAUUCCAGCCUGAAUUCAAAGAUGGCUCUGCUAUACUGAGAAUAAUUCGGGUGGAAAAGGCUGACUCUGGAGUUUACAAAUGCAGAGCCACCAAUUCAGCCGGCUUUAAAGAAACCAGUGGCACUUUCUAUGUCAAAGAGCCCCCAGUGUUCACAGUGAAACCAGACAAUCAGGAUGUCAUACCAGGAACCACUGUUUCUUUUAGAACGGCCUUCACUGGAACAGCUCCGUUGGCUGUGAAGUGGUUCAGGGAGGAAACAGAAAUUGUAACUGGUGGCACAUGUUUCAUAAAGAAAGAUGCCUCAUCAAGCUCUUUGGACCUUCAGUCUGUGAAACCCAGUGACUCUUCUAAGUACACAUGCCAAGUGUCUAAUGAUGCUGGGAAGGUGGAUUGCGCUGCAGUCCUCUUUGUGAAAGAACCUCCCACGUUUGUGAGUAAGCUUGAGACAACCAAGCUCGUUACUAGCAGCGAUUCUGUCAGGCUGGAGUGCAAAGUGACGGGAAGCCCUGUCAUCAGUUUUAAGUGGUUCAAGGAUGAGAUGGAAAUAAGCUCCAGUCCUAAAUACAAAAUGGCCGUGAUCGACUUAGUGGCAUCUCUGGAAAUAGUCAACUGUUCUGUAGAGGAUAGUGGAAAUUAUGCCUGUCUGGCAUCCAGCGAAGCUGGUAGUGACCGCUGCAGCAGCACAGUCACAGUCAAAGAGCCACCAGUGUUUGUGCGUAGCUUGGAGCCCAAAAAUGUGGUGAAAGGUUCUGAUAUGACGCUGGAAGGCCAGGUCUCCGGGUCUGCCCCUUUCACUGUGUCAUUUUAUAAAAACUCAAAGCUGAUUAGGAAUGAUAAGAGACACAGAAUCACUGUGAAAGAUGAGAUAGCAUCCCUGGAGGUACUGGCGGUGGAGGCUGGAGAUGUCGGCUUGUAUCAGUGCACUGUUGAGAAUGAAGUGGGGAGGGCCUCUUGUGAUUGUCACAUAACACUAAAAGAACCGCCAUCAUUUGUUCAAAAGUUGGACAACCUCAACUCUUUGGUAGGCAGUGAGGUUUCCCUGCAGUGCAUUCUGAAGGGCUCAGAGCCCAUGACUGUGUCCUGGCUGAAAGAUAACCAUGAGCUCAAAGAAACUGAGAACAUUCAACUUACAUUUGAGAACAAGACGGCUGUGCUGCACAUCACCAACUUGCAGAGCAAACAUGGUGGCAAGUAUUCUUGCCACGUGCAGAAUCAGGCUGGGAGCCAGACGUGCUCUGCCGUGUUGACAGUCAAAGAGCCAGCUAAGGUAACAGAGGAGGCCAAGUCCAUCAGUGUGACUCAGGGGGAUCCGGCCACCCUGGAGGCAAGGUUCCUGGGCACUAAACCACUGAAAGCUCAAUGGUUGAAGGCCGGAAAGGAGCUGACCUCAGGCCUGAGAUAUAAAGUCCAGAGCACAGACAAAAGCUCUGUGCUCAAGAUUAUUAAAACUGAGAAAAAUGAUAGUGGUGAAUACGUAUUUAAGGUUUCAAAUGAUGUCGGCAACAGCUCUUGUGAGGCAACGCUCACGGUUCUUGAUCAAAUCAUUCCACCGUCUUUUACAAGAAAACUAAAGCAGACAGAAGGUAUAAAAGGAUCGUUUGCUCACCUGGAGUGUCUUGUAUCUGGCUCUCUGCCAAUAACCAUACAGUGGUACAAAGAUGAGAAAGAGAUCCACGCUGAUGAGAAGCACAAAUGCACGUUCUUUGAGAAUGUUGCUUUCCUGGAAAUAUCAAGUCUUGACAGCAAAGACAGCGGAAGUUUUACCUGCAUUGCUACAAACAAAGCGGGAACGGUCCAGUGCUCCGGGAUCAUGUUUGUCAAAGAACCACCAUGUAUUCUUGAAAAGCAUGAAUCCAUGAAUGUUUUGCCUGGCGCAAAGGUCCAGUUUAACGUCCUGGUCUCUGGCACGCCGCCACUGACCAUCAAAUGGUUUAAAAACAAGAAAGAGGUUUUAUCCAGUGCUGACUGCAAUGUCAUCAAAGACAACACCUCAAGCUCACUGGAGCUCUUCUUUGCCAAAACGUCAGAUUCUGGAGACUAUGUCUGUGAAAUACAGAAUGAUGUUGGCUCGACUUCAUGCCAGGCAACACUUUUCGUCAAAGAACCUCCAAGGUUCACACGGACCCCAGCUCGUGUGUCUGUGGUCUGUUCCAGUCAGAGUAAAGUGUUGGAGUGUCAUGUGACUGGCACACCUGACAUAGACAUCUACUGGUUCAAGGAAGGGUCUGAGAUCAGCCCCAGUGAUCGGUACAAGGUGGCCUUUGUUAACUCUGUUGCCACUCUGGAGAUCUGUGCAGCUGGCACUAAAGACAGUGGUCUUUACUACUGCGAGGCUCGCAAUGAGGCUGGUAGCGAGAGCUGCAGCAUGGAGCUUAAGGUCAAAGAACCACCUUCAUUUGUUAGAGAGCUGGGUGCAGCUGAUGUUGUGAAGGGCUCCAAUGCCUCUUUUGACUGUCAGCUCACUGGGACGGCUCCAUUUGAGAUAACGUGGCACAAAGACACAAAGGAGAUCAAACCCAGUGCUAAACAUGGCUUAUCUCAGAUGAAUGGCACUGCGGGUCUAGUGGUGCACAAAUGUGACUCUGUAGAUAUUGGUGAAUACCAGUGUACUGUUGCUAAUGAGGUGGGAAGCUGUACUUGUAAGACUACACUGAACCUCAAAGAACCACCAACAUUCACCAAGAGGAUUGAGAACACUACCACUGUUCUGGGUAAAAUGGCAGAGUUUCAGUGUGUUGUGGAGGGUUCUCCCACUCUCUCUGUACAAUGGCGAAAAGAUGAGAACUGGAUUUUGGAGGAUCCAAAGAUUGAGAGAACAUUUGAGAAUAAUGUGGCCACUCUCAAAAUUCCUGCCUGUGAAGCGAGUCACAGUGGGAAAUACACCUGCCAGGUGGUGAACGAGGCUGGGCAGGAUAAGUGCUUUGCCACCCUUAUGGUGCAAGAGCCUCCACAGAUCACAGAGAAACCUGAGGUGAUCAAAGUGACAGUCGGAGAUCCAGUUAGACUUGACUGUAAGGUAACGGGUUCACCUGAGCUCAAAGUGAAAUGGAUGAAAGAUGGCAAGGAACUUCAGUCCAUCAGACAGUACAAGCUGAGCUUUGAGAAUAACAUCAGCAGCCUAAAGAUUCAGUCUGCUCAGAGAGAGGAUGCAGGAGAGUAUGUCUUUGAGGUGUCAAACCACAUCAGUAGCUGCACCUGCAAAGUCAAAGUGAUCGUACUAGAUCAAGUAAUUCCCCCAAGCUUCAUCAAACCCCUGGUAGACAUGCAGGAGAUACUGGGUUCCUUUGUUCAGAUCUAUUGCAAAAUAUCUGGUUCCCUCCCGAUCUCUGUGGAAUGGCAGAAAGAUGGAACCAAAAUCUCUAGUGGUGUAAAACACAAACUCAUCCAGCAGGACAAUUCUGUGUCCAUCGAAAUUGAACAGCUAGAAAGAUCUGACGCAGGAUCCUACUUUUGCAAACUGACCAAUGCAGCAGGAAGUUGUGAAUGCAGUGGAUCCCUUGUGGUCAAAGAACCUCCUAGCUUUGUGACUCUGCCUGAGUCCCAGGAAGCUCUACCCAACUCCACUGUACGCUUCAAAUGCACAUUUAACGGAACUCCUCCUUUCACCGUCAAAUGGUUCAAGAACGAUACGGAGCUCAUGACUGGGCCCACGUGUUUCACAGGACUGGAAGGGCUGUCUUGCUUCUUAGAGCUCUAUUCAGUGGGUGUCACCCAGAGUGGAGUUUACUCUUGCCAAGUCAGCAACGAUGCUGGCUCUGUACGCUGUAGUGCAGACUUGACAGUCAAAGAACCACCUGAGUUUGUGCUGAAACUCCCUGGCACUAAGUUUGUGAAGCAGGGUGAGCCACUCCGCCUGGAGUGCAAAGUCAGUGGUACAGCGCCUCUGAAAGUGAGCUGGUACAAACAGGACACCAAGCUCACAGACGGGGGCAACUACAAAACAUCAUUUGUUGACUCGGUCGCAGUCCUAGAACUGCUCUCUACCAGCUUUGGUGAUGAAGGAGUUUACACCUGUGAAGCUCAGAAUGAUGCUGGCAGUGUCAGCUGCAGCACCACAUUUACUGUUAAAGACGCCCCAUCUUUUGUGAAAGUACCCCAGCCCGUUGAAGGGCUGAAGGGUAAGGACGUGAGUCUGUACUGUGAGAUGAGCGGUACAGCUCCGUUCCAGAUCACCUGGUUCAAAGACAGGAAGCCUCUGACGGAGAGCAGGAAGUAUAAGAUGGUGAGCGAGGGCAGCUUAGCCACGCUGCAUAUAAUUGGGAUAGAGCUCUCAGAUGCCGGCGAGUAUGAGUGCAAAGUAUCAAACAGUGUAGGAAGUGACACCUGCCACACAUCAGUUAAACUCCGAGAGCCGCCGUCGUUUGUGGAGAAACUGUCAAACAUGACGGUGAUACUGGGAGAGGAGGUGACCCUUGUGGCCACUGUUAAAGGCUCUGAACCCAUUACUGUGUCCUGGGUUCAAGACAAGGAUCACAUUCUCAGGGACGGUGACAACAGGAAAAUCACCUUUGAGAACAACCAGGUCACUCUUAAAGUCUUUAAGGCUGAUGCAACCACAGCAGGCAAAUACACCUGCCACCUCAGAAACGAUGCUGGGAGUGUGGAGUGUUUCGCUAACUUGACUGUUCUAGAACCUGCUAAGAUAGUGGAUAAGCCCGAUGCUCUGAGCGUGACAGCAGGCGAUAUUGCCGCUCUUGAGGUUAAAGUGUGUGGAACACCAGAGCUGAAACCUAGGUGGUUCAAGGAUGGUGUUGAGCUGGCCUCUGGGAGGAAAUACCAAAUCUCAUUUUCCCAGAUGAUUUCCAGCCUGAACGUGCUCUCUGCUGAGAAAGUGGACUCUGGAGAGUACACAUUUGAGGUUAUGAAUGAGGUCGGGAAGGACCUGAGUAAAAUUAAUCUCACUGUUUUAGAUAAAACCAUACCUCCAACAUUCACAAGGAAAUUGAAGGAUUGCAACACAAUUCUUGGAGAAGCUGGAGAGCUGGAGUGCAAAGUGUCAGGCUCCCAACCUUUUACUAUCUCCUGGUACCACGAUGGAGAGGAGAUACAGAGCGGCCCAAAUUAUGAGAUUUCAUUCAGCAACAACAGCUGCGUGCUGAAGGUGCCGAAGCUGAAGCUGUCUGACUCUGGAGUGUAUAAAUGUAAAGCCGUGAACAAGGCAGGCUUCAGUGAAACCACAGCGACACUGGCUGUGAAAGAGCCUCCAACGUUUGUGGUGAGUCCUCAGCCUGUGGAGGCGAUGCCAGGCUCUAAUGUCACGUUCUCUGCCGUGGUGAAAGGCAGCGCCCCCCUUAGACUGAAGUGGUUCCGAGGAACCAAGGAGAUCCAGGCCGGACCCGGCUGUGAGUUCUCCCUGAAGGACAACCAAGUGAUCCUGGAGCUCUCCAACGUGGACCGAAGCCACGCUGGAGAGUACACGUGUCAGAUCAUUAAUGAUGCGGGGAAGGAAAGCUGCCCCGUUAACCUGACUGUCAAAGAGCCGGCAGCCUUCUCUAAGACACUGACAGACGUGUCGGUGGAGAAGGGUAAAGCUUUGCUGCUGGAGUGUUCGUACAGCGGCUCUCCUAAGAUCACAGUCAGCUGGUUCAAAGACGGCCAGCAGAUCUUUGCUUCUUACAAACACAACAUCAGCACCACGGAGAGCUCCUGCCUGCUGGAGUGUCUCUGCACCGAUGAGAAGGAAGCAGCAGGGAAGUACUGCUGCCAGGUGUCCAACGACGCCGGGACGGACACCUGUGAGGCUAACGUCUCCAUUCUUGAGCCGCCGUACUUUGUUGAGUCUCUGGAGCCGAUGGAGGUGACAGCCGGAGACGCUGUGUGUCUAAAGUGUCAGGUAGCCGGCACACCUGAGAUCAAAGUGUCCUGGUUCAAGGCUGGAGGCAAAGUGAGGUCCAGCCCCAGCUGUAAGUUAGAGUACGUGAAGGGCGUGGCCUGUCUGAAGCUCAGCAAAGCCUCCAAGUCUGACAUCGGAGAGUAUUCCUGUAAGGCUGAGAACCGGAUCGGCUCGGCUUCCUCCUCCUGCACACUCGAUGUGAUAGAGGCUAAAACGCCGCCGUCCUUCCCCAAGAAGAUCACCAGCCUGCAGCAGACCGAGGGCGAGCCGGUCAGGUUUGAGUGCCGCGUGGCCGGCUCCUCGCCCGUCGAGGUGUCGUGGCUGAAAGACGGCGAGCCGCUGAGUGACGGAGACGAGUUCUCUCUGCUGUACGACGACAACACGGCGGCGCUGCUCAUCCAACGCAGUCACAUGACCCACGCAGGGGAGUACACCUGCGUGGCUAGCAACAGCGUCGGCUCGGCCUCCUGCAGAGCCAAGCUCACUCUUCAAGAACCCAGAUACCCUCCAGUGUUUGACAGGAAGUUGUCACCCCGGGAGGUGACGGUGGGUGACAGCAUUGAGCUGGAGUGUCACAUGACCGGCUCUUCCCCCAUUAAAGUCACAUGGUCCAAAGAUCAUAAAGAUAUCCGCAGUGGGGGCAAUUAUAAGAUGAGCUGUGAGGAGAACACCCCCCACCUGACCAUUGUGAAGGCAGAUAAAGCCGACAUGGGGAAAUACUUCUGCCAUGCCUCUAAUGACAUGGGGAAGGACUCUUGUUCCUCUGAUGUCACAGUUAAAGAGCGUAAGAACCCUCCGGUGUUCACCAAGAAGCCGUCGGAGCUCAUCGAGGACACGGAAGGAAAGCUGUUAAAGAUUGAAGGCCGGGUGUCUGGCUCUCAGCCCAUGUCAGUCAGCUGGUUCAAAGACGGCUCAGAGAUCCACAGCUCGGAGAAAUAUGACAUCAGCUUUAAGAGUAACGUGGCGGUUCUGGUGAUUAAGAGCAGCCAGGUGAAGGACAGCGGCACCUACAGCUGCCACGCCGCCAACGAAGCGGGAAAAGUCUCUUGCGAAGUGUCUGUGGGCGUCUCAGAAGCUAAGAAGCCUCCGGUGUUUGACGUCCCGCUCAAACCGGCGUCUGCAGACGAGGGUGAGAAGCUGAGUCUGAGGUGUCACGUGUGCGGCUCUGCUCCUCUGAAGAUCCAGUGGAUGAAGGACAGGAAGGAGCUCUCCUCGACAGGAAGUACCAAGAUCAGCUUCUCAGACGGGACGGCGUGCCUGGAGAUAGGCUCCGCCUCCAAACACGAUGCAGGAGAUUACCUCUGCAAGGCCACCAACGAGGCAGGAAGUGAGUUCUGCAAGGCCAAGGUCACCAUCAAAGAGAAAGCAGCUGCAGCUCCGACUGAAGCUCCGUCAGCUGCUCCGACCAAGAAGCUCGACAAGCUGUUCUUCAUCGAGGAGCCGAAGACCGCUCAUGUCAUCGAGAAGGGAACCGCCACCUUCAUCGCUAAGGUGGGAGGCGAGCCCAUCCCCAGCGUGAAGUGGAUGAAGGGGAAGUGGAGGCAGAUCACUCAGGGAGGAAGGAUCUCCAUCGAGCAGAAGGGACAGGAAGCCAGGCUGGAGAUCCGGGAAGUGACCAAGUCGGACUCGGGUCAGUACCGCUGCGUCGCCUCCAACAAGCACGGAGAGAUCGAGAGCAGCGCCGACAUCGUAGACGAGAAGAAGGAGACGACUCAGCCCGAAGGAGACCUCAGAGCCAAACUCAAGAAGACUCCGUCCAAGCAGAAGAGUCCAAAGGAAGAGAAGGACAUCGACAUCGUGGAGUUGUUGAGGAACGUUGAUCCUAAAGAAUACGAGAAGUACGCCCGGAUGUACGGAAUCACGGACUACCGCGGCCUGCUGCAGGCCAUCGAGCAGCUGAAGAAGGAGAAGGCUGAAGAAAGUGGAAGACCGGAACUGGAACGUGGAGACAGAGAGAGUGAUGAAGACAUGGCCCGACUGGUGGCCGACCUGCAGAAGAGGAUGGAGCGCACUGAGCCCGUUACCGUGGUGAAGGACAUCGCUGACCAGGCUGCGUUCACCAAGAAGGAAGCGGUGUUUGAGUGCGAGGUGAAGAUCAACUACCCGGAGAUCGCUCUGUCCUGGUACAAGGGAACGCAGAAACUGGACACCAGCGAUAAGUAUGACAUCAGCAUCAGCGGCGACCGCCACCUGCUCAAGAUCAGGAAGUGCCAAUCAGCUGAUCAGGGAAACUACCGGGUCGUCUGUGGGCCGCACAUCUCCAGCGCCAAGCUCACCGUCAUGGAAGCCGAGGUGGAGAAGCACCUGGAGGAGACAUCGGGUAAGGAAGGCCAGUCGUGCACUCUGUCUUGUCAGUUGUCGGUCCCUAACGUUGAGGCUCAGUGGUUUAAGAAUGGCCAGCAGGUAGAGAUGAAGGGCAGGUUCAGAUCCGAGGUGAAACACAAAGUUCAGAAGCUCGUGAUCAGAGAGCUGAAGCCUGAAGACGAAGGCCGAUACUCCUGCAAGUACGAGCAGCUCGAGUCCUCGGCGGAUCUCUGGGUGGAAGCUGAACAAAUUCAUUUCACCAAACGCAUCCACAACAUCGAAGUCAACGAGCGCCAGUCGGCCACCUUUGAGUGCGAGGUUUCCUUCGACAAUGCGAUCGUUUCGUGGUACAAAGACACCUGGGAACUGAAAGAGAGCCCUAAGUACAACUUCACAAGCCAGGGCCGAAGACAUUUCAUGGUCAUCCGAAACGUGGCCAUCGAAGACGAAGGCGUUUACUCAGUGAUUGUGAGGUUGGAGCCCAGAGGAGAGGCUAAGAGCACAGCCGAGCUUUAUUUGUCUGGCAAAGAGAUUGAAUUAGCCAUGGUGCCCAUCGAUGUGCCAGACUCCUCAGUUCAGAGGCCUGAAGUGGCUUCAUCAGUGGAAAUACAAGAAUCUGCUAAAUUCGUUCAUUAUGAGGAAGAGAUUGAGCAGAGAGCUGAGUUUUCGUAUCAUUAUGAAGAAGAGGUGGAGCAGAGAGCUGUCAGAGUUCCUGUUGAAGAGACCGUGGAGACCAAGAAAGUAGAAAUGAGAGAAGCGAUUCCUGUGAAAGUCCCUGAAGCUGAGAAGAAGCCUGAAGAGAAGAAGCCUGCAGCAGCUGUGAAGGAGCCAGCAGCAGCCAAAGUACCCGAAGCCAAAAAGCCGGUGGAGGAAAAGGUUCCUGUUGCUUUAGUGCCAGAGAAGAAGAAGGAGGAAGUUCCUGCUGCUAAAGCACCAGAGGAGGUAAAGAAGCCUGCAGCUGCUCCGUCUCCGCCUGCUGAGAAACCCAAAGUGCCGACUAAAGAUGAGUCCAAGCCUCAGGUUCCAGCAGAGCCCAAAAAAGUGGCGCCUGCAGCUAAGCCUGAGCCUGAACCCAAGCCUAAACCCAAAGCAGAACCUGAACCCAAGCCUAAACCUGCACCGGCUCCCAAAGCUGAACCCAAGCAUGAGCCGGCGCCCGAAGUGAAGCCAGCAGCGCUAAAGAAGCCGGUGUCACCUCCAUCUAAAGUCCCUGAAGCCAAAACCAAGCCGGAACCAGAACCAGAAAAAGUCCGUAAACCUGAACCUGCAGUGAAAAAAGCUGAAGCUGAAGUGAAAGCACCAGAACCUGCAAAGGCCAAACCAGAACCUGCAAAAGCCAAACCAGAACCAGAACCUGCAAAGGCCAAACCAGAACCUUCAAAGGCCAAACCAGAACCUGCGAAGGCCAAACCAGAACCAGAACCUGCAAAGGCCAAACCAGAACCUGCGAAGGCCAAACCAGAACCAGAACCUGCAAAGGCCAAACCAGAACCAGAACCAGCCGCUGCACCAAAGGAGCCUCAGAAGAAGAAAGUGCCAGAAGCACCAAAAGCAGCAGCAGCAGCAGCAGUCCCAGUAAAGGUUCAGAGAGACGAGGAAGCUCCGCAGAAGAAGCCUGUGAGAGCUGAAGUUCCCGAGCCUCCAAAACCCAAGAAACCAGAACCUGCUACUGCUGCUGUUGUUGUUCCUCCCAAAGAAGAGCCGGCCAGGAAAGAGAAAGAACCUCAGGAGGAGUUUGAUGAGGAGCUUGAGUCAGAGCCUGAACCUGAGCCUGAGCCUGAAUCUGAACCUGAGCCUGAACCUGAACCUGAACCUGAACCUGAACCAGUACCUGAGAGAAGACCUGCAGUUAAAGCUGAAGUGAAGGAAAAGGUUUCUGAGAAGGUUCCAACACCUGAGAGGAAAGUGGAGGAAAUGUCAAAGAUGGUUCCUGAAAAGGUUCCAGAAAAGGUUAAAGUUAAACUCCCAGAGAAAAAAGUAAUAGAGAAAGCUCCUCCUGAGAAGAAGCCUGUAAAAGUUCCUCAGAAAGAAGAGAAGAUCCCUGAGAAGAUCCCUGAGAAGAUCCCUGAGAAGAUCCCUGAGAGGAUUCCUGAGAAGAUCCCUGAGAGGAAGCCUGAGAGGAAGCCAGUAGAGGAAGUCAAACCCAAACUGGAGUCUAAGAAACGAACAGAAACAAAGAUUGAAGUUAAACAAGAGAUUCUUCCUAAAGAAGCAAGAAAACACACUCAAGAGCUUGAAACUGAAACUGAAGGAAAGAUUUUGACAGAGGAGUCGUUCAGUUAUGAUGAGGAGAUAUCAGCUGUUCCCGAUGAGAAAUACAGCCAAGCAGAGGAAGUUAUAGUCGAGCUGAGGGAAGUUACAGUUACAGACAAACCUACUAAAGUUACUCCACCAGCAGUCAUUAAACCAGCAGUCAAAAAAGAAAAAGUGUCUGCAAAGAAACCAGAGAAGAAGAAAGUUAAAUCUGAGGAGAUAACUGAAAUAAAAUCUAAACAGGAAGUAGAAAUUAUCACCAAAGUUAAAGCUGAUGAGAUAACUGUAAAGAAAUCUAAACAGGAAGUAGAAAUAACCGCCAAAGUUAAAGCUGAUGAGAUAACUGAGAAAUCUAAACAGGAAGUAGAAAUUAUCCCCAAAGUUAAAUCUGAUGAGAUAACUGAAAAGAAAUCUAAACAGGAAGUAGAAAUUAUCCCCAAAGUUAAAGCUGAGGAGAUACCUGAAAAGAAAUCUAAACAGGAAGUAGAAAUUAUUUCCAAAGUUAAAGCUGAUGAGAUAACUGUAAAGACAUCAAAACAGGAAGUAGAAAUUAUUUCCAAAGUUAAAGCUGAUGAGAUAACUGAAAAGAAAUCUAAACAGGAAGUAGAAAUUAUCCCCAAAGUUAAAGUUGAUGAGAUAACUGAGAAAUCUAAACAGGAAGUAGAAAUUACUCCCAAAGUUAAAUCUGAUGAGAUAACUGUAAAGAAAUCUAAACAGGAAGUAGAAAUUAUCCCCAAAGUUAAAGCUGAUGAGAUAACUGAAAAGAAAUCUAAACAGGAAGUAGAAAUUAUCCCCAAAGUUAAAGCUGAUGAGAUAACUGAAAAGAAAUCUAAACAGGAAGUAGAAAUUAUCCCCAAAGUUAAACCUGAAGUCAAACCAAAAGUGUCAGUAACAGAUAUUGAGCUUCCGAAGCCAAAAGUGACCGAACAGGAAGCCGAGUCUGCAAAAUAUGAAGCAGAACAGGAAGUUCCUCUUCAGAGAGGCGAGACUGGAGUCAUAGAAGAACAAGAAACAAGUCUUUUAGUCGAAGAGAUGGUUCAGAUAAAACCUUCAAAACCUUCAAAACCUUCUAAACCUUCAGUACCGGAGGAGAAGGAAAGGACUUCCCUGAAAGCAGCUUCUAGAGAAACAGAAGCAAAGCCUGAGAAGAUUCCUGCUGCUCCACUUCCUGGAAAAACCCCUGAGAGAGCUGAGAAGAGAUUAGAAACUCAGAGCAUACUGACAGAUGAUUUAGUGUCAGAGGAAGCGUCCACUGCAGAGACGGGUAUGAUGGAAAGAGAAGAAAUCACUGGCAAAUAUUUAAAAUCUUUAAGUAUGACGGAAGAACCUGAUGAAGAACCUAAAAUAAGUGGUGAUAAAUCUGUCACUGAUGGUUCAAUGAUGCUGGGCGUUAAAACCAAAGACAUGAUAGAAACUGAAAAAGGUUUGAUACCAACUGAACAAACAUCUCAAGUUAAAGAGUUUCCAACAUCAAGUGUAAAAAUGAAAGACAUUAAAAAAGCUGCUAGAGACCAAGAGGAAGUUUCUAGAAAAGACAUAACUAAAGCUGAGAGUCCAAAAGAUUCAGUCAAAGAUGUUUCUGAUCAAAAGCAGAAGCUGACCUGUAACACAGACUCAGAUAAACCUGAAUCAGCAGAUAGAAAACCUGAGUUAGACAGUAAAGACAGUAAAGAUAAUCUCCAGAGGAAACUAAAACACACUGAGCAGGAAGAGCAACCUGAACCUGAACAUACUGUAAUCACCUCAGAUACACAACAACUUGAUUCUUCAGAGCCUGUUAAACCAAUAAAAGAGGCUUCAUAUGAACUUAGACAAGCUGAAUCUGUUACUGAGGACAUCCAUAAAACAGCAGCAGUUACAGCCAAACAGAAAACAUUAGCUGAAAAACCAGUCAGACCAGACCAGUCACUAUCUGAGGAAAGCAAAGUUGUGACACAAAAUAUUCAACCUGGAGUUCCUGAAAAUGUUCCAACGAUAGAAAAGAAAGUUGAUUCUUCUAAAACGAAACCUGCACGAGAACCAAAAGACUCAAAGCUAGACAUCACACAUGACGAAGUAGAGAGGGAAGACUUUCCUGAAAACAUCAGUAGAACCAAGGAACCUUUCAGAGAGAACGAAGGACUAAAUGAUGAAUUAAAACAACCAAAGGAAAAACAGUCAGUGAUACAAGAAGAGCAGAUUAUAGAAAAAACAAGAGACUUUGAUGGUUUUCACUCAGAUGCAGUCAUCAAAGAAAAAGAGAUAAAACAAUCAGAACAGGCCUCAGAUAUACCUGUGAUGAAGGAAACACCUGAGAAACUGCCAAAGUCAACCAGGAAGCUUCAGUCUGAAUCAAUCCUGUCUCAUGUCGUUACACUCAAAGACAAACUAGUCAAAGUCGGUCCUCUAGAGGGAACAACAGAGAUGAAACCCAGCAGAGAUACUUCAGGUAUUACUGCACUGAAAGACAAACAAACAGAGUCUGAUCAGGAUGAGUCAGCAUCAAAGGAUUUACUAUCACAAAAAGAGAAAAGUAAAGCAGCUGCAGCAGAAAAGAUCCCAUCAAAGGUCGUCACAGAUCAGGAUGAAAAUGAAAAAGUUAUUCCCACUAAAGAUGAGACACGUGAAAAAGAAUUUAUCACAGAGCAAGCAGCAGAGAACAAAUCGGUAUCUCCACAAGAUCCACAACAGAAAUGUACCAAACCUCAGCAGAUUGUAGAGGAACAAAACCAAGAAAGGGUCAGUGCUGCUAAAGAUAGAAGUAUUAAAGUCAGACCGGUUAAAAAGAGGAAAUCAACACAAGAACAAAAGGAAGCAAAGGUCUCAGUUACACCCAAAGAGUUGGGAGCAAAAGUAGCUUCUCCUGAAAAAUGUGCACAAAUAAAAGAAAGUGACUUAGGUGUAGAGAGUAUUUCUUCAGAGGAAUCAGUGUCUCUCAACGAGGGACUAGAAGAGCUAGCCAAAACUAAACAGUCUGCAGACAAAGAAAUCCCCAAAGUUGAGGAUAAAACUGAAAAAGUUAUUCCCACUAAAGAUGAGACACGUGACAAAGAAUUUAUCACAGAGCAAGCAGCAGACAACAAAUCAGUAUCUCCACAAGAUCCACAACAGAAAUGUACCAAACCUCAGCAGAUCGUAGAGGAACAAACCCAAGAAAGGGUCAGUACUGCUAAAGAUAGAAGUAUUAAAGUCAGACCAGUUAAAAAGACGAAAUCAACACAAGAACAAAAGGAACCAAAGGUCCCAGUCACACCCAUGAUGAAGGACACUUCUAAAGAAAGUGACUUAGGUGCAGAGAGUAUUUCUUCAGAGGAGUCAGUGUCUCUAGAAACUAAACAGUUUGCAGACAAAGAAAUCCCCUCAGAAUUUGUCAAAGUUGAGGAUAAAACUGAAAAACCUGACCCUUCCACUAAAGAUGAGACAGAGUCAGCCAAAUCUAAACAGAUGACAGCUGAAGAAGUCCAGGCCAGGACUGUUUCAGUUUCAGAUGAGUACCGUACUGUUAUUCCUAUUGAGUCAACAGAACAGGAACAACUCAGAGGAAAGACUUUAUUAUUGCCUCUGAUGGAAGAAGCAGCGAGAGAACCUGCGAUAAUGAAAGAUGAAGAUGUUCCACAACUGGCUGUUUUAUCUGACGCCAAAGACAAAACUCCCAGAGACGAGAAAGGGGUUGCAGUCGGACAAAUCAGGUCAAACUCAGGCCCAGAUAAGGUUACUCCCAUUGAAAAGAAAACAGUAAAAAGACAGGAAACUAUUGAUCAGACAGCUUCAGAGGUAACUGAGCCGAAUGUAACCGAAACUGAAAGAACUGUCAGAGUCGAAAUAACAGGAAAGGAAGGCGUUGUUGAUUUGACAAAGAUUCCUCAGGAGAAGGUCAGCAAGUCAGAAGAAGACAAACUUGCUCAGUUUGAAGGGAAGGAACAAAUUCCUGUAAAGGAGAAGGAAUCACCCCCACAAGUCAAAGAAGAACUAGUAAAGCCAGCUGCUCCUGAAGCAGUGAGCAAACCACAGGCUGCUGUAAAAGUUCAAGAAGCUGUCAAAAAGCCUAAAGUCACUGACAAAACAGAGAAGUUGGAGAAGAAAGUGACUCCUAAAGAAGAAACCAAGCCAGAUGAAACCAAGGGACCUGUCCAAGCACCAGGAGGAGCCAAGAAAGAAAUGAUGGUUCUGCACAAAAAGGGUAAAAUUCAGUUGGAAGAGGCUGGGACAUUUGAGAUUCCCACCUUGAAGAAAACAACUACAGUCAUGAGGGAAUUUGAAGAGGAGCAUGAGAUGAUCAAACUGAAGAAGAUUCCAUCGGUUCCACUUAAAGAGUCUGAAGAAGAAGAAAAACCUCAGAAGGUCACCAAGACCACAGUGUGUGAGGUUGAGCACAUGGUUUACAAAGAAGAAGUUGUCGAGAUGUCAGUUGCCACCAGGAGAACCGUAGAGGAGAGGAAACCUAGAGAGAAAGCAGAUGUGGUGAAAAAGCCAGAAAUCACAAAGCCCAAAGACAAGGAACAGAAAGAAGCUCCUAAAGAUGUUUGGACCCGGCAGAAAGUCGUCCCACAGGAUGAGAAACCAGAAGAUAAGAUUUCUCUGAAGAAAACUCCCAAAGCCUUAAAGGAGGAGGAACCAGCUCCACCUAGUGCAGCUUUGAAGAAGGUGAAAAAAUUGCCUUCAGAUGAAGUAGAAGCAGAAGUAGUUAAGCUAAAACCAUUUGAGAAGCCUGUUAAGCCAUCUGACGAGCCAGAUAAAGCUGAGAAGGAUCGGCCAGAGAGGGACGCUGUACCUUUCCAGAAGGGAGAGAGGAUCCCGAGAGAGGUGGAAACCAAGAAAACUCCAACGAAACUGGACACAGCUCCUGCAGAGGAAAAGGAGCCACCAGCCAAGGUGCUGAAACCAAUAGAUAAAAAGAAAACUCCAGAGAAAGAGCCUGAUGAGGUUAAAGCACCAACCAAGGUGAAGAAAAUCCCAACACAAGAACAAGAGAUUGAAAGUGUGAAGCUGAAGCCCUUCACCAGGCCUUCCAAAGAGGCUGCAGAGCCUGAGAAGAAACCACAAGAGGACAAAGAAAGGAAGCCAACAGACGAACUGCGCCAUCGCCGCACAAGUCCAGCUGAAAAACUGAAAGAACCAGAGAGGGAAGCAAGACCUAAGAAACCUGAGGUACCUGAAGCUCCGGAGAAGAAGCCAGAUAAGGUAAAGGAGGCUGAAGCGGUUCCUGCAGAGGAGACCGUGUCUCGUGUUCCAGCUGCUGUUGAGAAACCUGAGAAGGUUCCUGAGGAGCCUAAACAUCUGCAGCUGAAGAAAGGAGUCAUACCAAAGGCUAAAGAAGAAAAGGAAGAAGUGUCUUUGAAGCCUGUGGAGCAGCUGAAGAAGAUUGAGCUGAAAAAGACACCAUCUCCUAAGAUUGAGAAGCUUAAAGAAGCGGAGAAGGUCCCAGUUGAGAGGAAGUCCAGUAUCGAUAAACUGAAAAAGAUUCCUAAAAUUGUUUCACCAAAAGAGUCUAUUGAAGCUGUCACUCUCAAAAAGGUCCCAAAGAAGCCUUCACCAGCGGAGGAGAAAGUUACAGAACCAGCAAAGCCUGAUAAAGGAAAGGUUCCCCUAGUGAAAAAAGUUUCUCCUGGUGCAGUGCGGCCAAAGGAAGAAGUGCCAAAAGAGGAGUUUGUGCCUGAGGAAGAGGAGGAAGCGGGCUUGGAGCUGGUUCCCAGCGAGAGUUAUGGCUCUGAAGACUGGGAAGGUGAAGCAGAGGAAGGUGCUCUGGAGGUUCCAGGUGUGGCCCGGAGAGAGGGUCAACCAUCAGAAGAAGCAGCAGGAAGAGGUAGAGGUAGAGGGCUGAAACCCAAGCAGACCCCAUCCCCUGGAGAAGGCAGGGGCCGCGGUCUGAAACCUGGUGGCAGAGGUCCAACACCACCAGAAGACCCAUUCGGAGGGUUCAAACUCAAAGCUGUCCCUCUGAAGUUCACCAAGAAGCUUCAGGACAUCGUGUUGAAGGAGGCUGAGUCUAUCGGCUCUGCUGCUGUGUUUGAAUGUGAGGUCUCGCCUUCCACUGCUAUCACCACAUGGAUGAUAGAUGACAGCAACCUGCGUGAGAGCCCCAAACACAAAUUCACCUCUGAUGGGAAAGAUCGCAAGUUGAGCAUUAUUGAUGUCCAGCUGUCUGACAGGGGGGAAUAUACUUGUGUGGCCAAGAAUGCUGGCAAGGAAAUAUCAUGCAAAGCCAAGCUCAUUGUUGAAGAGCUACCUGUGAAGUGGAUCAAAGAGUUGGAGGAGGAGACUUCUGCUCUGAAGGGUCAGCCUAUAUAUAUGACCUGUGAGUUGAACAAAGAGAGAGAGGUGAUAUGGAAGAAGGACGGGGAAGUCCUGAAGAAAAAAGCCGGCAAGGUUCAGAUUAAUAUUAUUGGUAUGGGGCACGCUGUGACCAUCCAGAAGAGUUCAGAGGAAGAUGCAGGAAAAUACUCGUGUGAAGUGUCCGGACAGGAGGAUGUGAAGACUGCAACAAAUGUCAAAGUGAUUGAAAUCGUUAAGGAUUGGAUAGUGAAACCACUGAAAGACCAGCAUGUGAAACCAAAGGCUGCUGCUACAUUUAAAUGUGAACUCUACAAGGAGACUCCCAACUGGAAGUGGAUCAAAGGAGAGACUGAGAUCCCUUCUUCUGACAAGAUUGAGAUCAAGCAGGACGGCAAAUCGCUGACCCUCACCAUCAAGAACUGUCAGCCUGAGGAUGUGGCAGAGUAUUCCUUAGAGGUGGAAGGACGAGUCUACACCGCCAAACUAACACUAGGAGAGCGGGAAGCUGAAAUUCUGAAGCCGCUGGUGAGCGUUGAGAUAGUCGAGAAGGAAGAUGCCACGUUUGAAACAGAAAUCUCUGAGGAGGAUAUUCCUGGAGAAUGGAAGCUCAAGGGAGAGGUUUUGACAAGAUCCCCGACAUGCGAGAUCCAAAUGGAAGGUGCAGUGCGUAAACUGACACUGAAGAACUGUCAGCUGGACCAAGCCGGCGAAGUGACCUACCAGGCUCUGAAUGCCACAACCAGCGCAAUGCUGAAUGUGAAAGAAAUCGAAAUGGAGUUUAUUGUCCCGCUGAAGGACGUUACGGUGCCUGAAAAGAAACAGGCCAAGUUUGAAUGCACUGUCACAAAGGAUGUUUCUAAAGUCAUGUGGUAUAGAGGGGAUGACGUCAUCACCCCUGACCAAAAGUAUGACAUCAUCGAUGACGGAAAGAAGCAUAUGCUAAUCAUUAACUGCUGUGAGUUUGAUGACGAGGAUGAAUAUAUGAUUGAUGUUUUGGACAAAACAGCAACAGCUAGACUCACGGUGGAGGGUAUCAGGCUCAAAUUUAUCUCGCCGAUAAAGGACCAAACUGUGAAGGAAGGCCAAACGGCUCGGUUCGAGCUGGAGCUCUCUCAUGAGAACAUCCCCGUCACCUGGUACAAGAACGACGUUAAGAUCCACCCGAGCAGAACAGUGGUCACUCAUGUGGAUGGAAAGAAACACGUGCUAGAAAUAAAGGAUGUAACUCUAGAUGAUAUUUGCCAAAUUAAAGCUGAGGCUAAAGGAAUCCCUUGCAUGGCCAACCUGACGGUCAUAGAGGGCGACCCGUACUUCACCGUUAAACUGCAGGACUAUACCGCAGUGGAGAAAGACAAGGUGGUUCUAGAUUGUGAACUCAGCAAAGACGUGGAUGUCAUGUGGUACCACAAUGAGGCCGAAGUUAAGGCCUCUAAAAUGAUUACCAUUAAGGCCGAGGGCAAACGCAGGACCCUCAUCAUCAGGAAAGUCGAUGACAAUGACAAAGGGCAAUACGUAUGUGAUUGUGGAACAGACAAGACGACAGCAAUGCUUUAUAUUGAAGCUCGGCCCAUCAAGAUCGUUCGGCCGAUGUACGGCACUGAGGUGUUUGAUGGCGAGACGGCUCGAUUCGAGGUUGAGCUCAGUGAGGACGAUGUUCACGGCCAAUGGACGCUCAAUGGAGAAGUCCUCAGUCCAUCUGCCGACGUAGAGAUCGUGGAGGACGGAGCCAAACACACGUUGGUCUUAUACAACUGCAAAGUCCCUCUCACGGGCGAGCUGGUGUUCACCGCCGCCAACGCUAAAUGCUCCGCUAACCUAAAAGUCAAGGAGCUGCCCGUCUCGUUCAUUACUCCGCUGGCUGACGUGCAUGUGUAUGAGAAGGACGAAGCAAAGUUUGAGCUGGAGAUUUCUAGAGAGCCGAAAAGCUUCCGCUGGCUCAAAGGAUCUCAGGAGUUAUCAAACGAUGACAAGUUUGAACUCGUGGUGGAGGAAAAGAAACACACUCUUAUUAUAAAAUCUGCCAGAUAUGAAGAUGAAGCCAAAUACAUGUUUGAGGCUGAAGAUAAAAGAACUUCUGGGAAGCUGUUCAUCAAAGGUAUCCGUCUUGAAUUUAUCAAACCGAUUAAGGAUGUGACCGUGAAGGAACGUGAGACAGCAGAGUUCAGCGUUGAGCUCUCUCACGAUAAGGUCCCGGUGGUCUGGUACCGGAACGACACCCGCCUGCACCCCAGCAAGGUGGUGCACAUGUCCGAGGCGGGAAAGGUCCACACGCUGGCCUUCAAAGAGGUCACCGUUGACGACACCUCCAUGAUCAAAGUUGAGGCCAUGGGUAAAACCUCAGAGGCCAUGCUCACUGUACUCGAGGGCGACCUUUACUUCACAGUUAAGCUCCAGAACUACACGGCCGUGGAGAAGGACGAGGUGGUUCUGUCCUGCGAGCUGAGCAAGGCCGCCGGCGAGGUCACAUGGUUCAAAGACGGUAACCAAAUCUUUCCCUCCAAGAAUCUUCUCUUCCAAUCAGACGGGAAGAAACGCUCGCUGGUCUUCAAGAAGGCGGCGCGGAGCGACAUCGGAGCGUACACCUGCGACUGUGGCACCGACAAAACCACGGCCAACCUGGACAUCGAAGAGCGGGACAUCAAGGUGGUGCGUCCGCUGUACAGUGUGGAGGUGACGGAGACGGAAGUGGCCAAGUUUGAGACGGAGAUCUCAGAGGAGGAUCCUCAUGGAACCUGGAAGCUGAAGGGAGAGUCGCUGCAUCCCUCUGCUGAUGUGGAGAUCAAACAGGAAGGAGCCAAACACAUGUUGACUCUGUUUAACUGCCGUAAGGACAUGGCGGGAACCGUCGACUUCGCUGCCGCUAACGCCAAGUCCUCCGCUCAGCUCAGAGUCAAAGCCCGAGUGAUCAGCCUGAACCGGCCUCUGAAGGAUGUAACGGUGACGGCCGGGGAGACGGCCACCUUCGAGUGUGAGCUGUCCUACGAAGGCAUUCCUGUGGAGUGGAUCCUGGGAGGAACCAAGCUGGAGCCCAGCGACCGGGUGGUGCUGAAGGCCGAGGGAAGCGUCCACAGUCUGACUCUCAGAGACGUCCAGUUAAAUGAAGCCGGACAAGUCCGACUCACCGCCAAGGACUUCCAGACCGAAGCCAACCUCACGGUCAACGAGCCUCCGGUGGAGUUCUCGAAGCCGCUGGUGGACCAGACGGUGGAGGAGGAAGCCACGGCGACGCUGGAGUGCGAGGUCUCCAGGGACAACGCGGAGGUUCAGUGGUUCAUCGACGGGAAGGAAAUCCGUAAGAGCAAGAAGUACGAGAUGAUCGUAGACGGACGCAAGAGGGCGCUGAUCAUCCACGACUGUGCUCUGGACGACUCCAGGACCUACACCUGCGACGCUAAAGACUUCAAAACCUCCUGCUUCCUCAACGUGGAGCCUCCACAUAUCGAGUUCUCGAAGCCGCUGCACGACGUCGAGGUCCGAGAGAAAGAAUCGGCCACGUUUGAGUGUGAAGUGUCCAGAGAGAACGUCAGAGUCCGCUGGUUAAAGGAUGGCAGUGAGAUCAGGAAAGGGAAGAAGUAUGAGAUCAUCGCUGAAGGUCGUAAACACGUUCUCAUCGUACAUAAAUCUGCGUUCGACGACGAGGCCGAGUACGAGUGUGAAGCUAAAACCUCCAAAUCCUCCGGCAUGCUCACCGUCGUCGAGGAGGAGGCUCGGUUCAUUAAGAACCUGUCUAACGUGGAGGGAGCUGAGAUGGACAGCGUGAAGCUCAUCUGUGAGGUUUCCAAACCGAGCGCUGACGUCCGCUGGUUCAAAGGAGACGAGGAGCUGCCGGAGGGAGGACGCUACGACCAGAUCGUAGACGGGAAGAGGAGGAUCCUCCUCAUCCAGAACCUGAAGAUGGACGACGCUGGAGAGUACACCUGCAGACUGAGUCCCAAAACCACCACCUCUGGAAACCUGAAGAUCGCUGAACUGGCGGCUGAGUUCAUCUCCAAGCCUCACAACCAGGAAGUGGUGGAGGGCGAGAAGGCGGAGUUCACCUGCUCCGUCUCCAAGGAGAGCUACCAGGUCCGCUGGAUGAAGGACGACCAGGAGCUGGAGGAAGGAGAGAAGUACCAGAUGAUCAGUGACGGGAAGAGACGGACGCUGGUCAUCAAGGACUGCGAGCCUAAAGACGAGGGAGGAUACGUGGUGAUGAUCGGACCCAACAGAGCCAGCGUGGAGCUCACCGUGCUCGAGAAGCUGAAGAUCAUCACUCCUCUGAAGGACACGGAGGCUAACGAGGGUCUGGAGAUCGUCCUGAACUGUGAAACCAACACCGAGGAAGCUAAAGCUAAGUGGCUGAAGAACGAGGAGACCAUCUUCGAGAGCGGGAAGUACGUGAUGGUCCAGAGAGACAACGUCUUCUCUCUGAGGAUCAAAGGCGCUCAGAAGGGAGACGAGGGCAACUACAGCAUCAACCUGACCAAUCACAGAGGAGAACACGCCAAGAGCGCCUGCAACCUCACCGUCAAAGAGGAGAGUCUGAGGAUCGUGGUUCCUCUGGAGGACAUCGACACUCAGGAGAAGAAGACAGUGAGCUUCUCUUGUAAGGUGAACAGACCCAAAGCGACUCUGAAGUGGAUGAAAGGCGGCGAGGAGAUCGUCCUGAACAAGCGCAUCGUCUACAGAGUGGACAAAGACAAGCACACGCUCACCAUCAAAGACUGCCUGCUGUCCGACGAGGGCGAGUACACGGCCGUGGCGGGAGACAGCAAGUCUACGGCCGAGCUGAUCAUCAGCGAGGCUCCCACGGACUUCAGCGCUCAGCUGAAGGAUCAGACCAUCACUGAGUUUGAAGACGCAGAGUUCGUCUGCAAACUGACCAAAGAGAAAGCCGACGUUAAGUGGUACAGAAACGGACGUGAGAUCAGAGAAGGACCGAGAUACACAUUUAAAAAGGAAGGAAGGUUUUGCACGUUGCACAUUAAGGAGUGCAGACCAGACGAUGAGUGUGAAUACGCUUGUGGAGUGGAGGAGAAGAGAUCCAGAGCCAGACUCUUUGUAGAUGAGACUCCGGUGGAGAUCAUCAGACCUCCUCAGGACGUGUUUGAACCUCCGGGCUCAGAUGUGGUGUUCGAGGUGGAGCUCAACAAGGACCGCGUGGAGGUGAAGUGGUUGAGGAACAACAUGACCGUCGUCCAGGGAGACAAAUACCAAAUGAUGAGCGAGGGUAAAGUCCACAGGCUGCAGGUCUGUGAGAUCAGACCUCGAGACCAAGGAGAGUACAGAAUCAUCGUGAAGGACAAAGACGCCAAAGCCAAGCUGGAGCUGGCAGCGGUGCCUCAGAUAAAGACCACAGACCAGAGCUACGUGACCGAUGCAGGGAAGCCCAUCACCAUGGCCGUCCCCUACAGCGCUUACCCUAAAGCAGAAGCUGAUUGGCUGUACGACAACACGAGUCUGUCCACAGACAACGUGCACACGUCUGCCGACCGCACGGAGUACCGGCUGAAGGACCCCAAGAAGAGCGACCAGGGCCGCUACAAGAUCAUCAUCAAGAACAAGCACGGAGAGGGAGAGGCCUUCAUCAACCUGGACGUCAUCGACGUUCCCGGGCCCGUGAAGAACCUCCAGGUUAUAGACACGGCCGACGGCGAGGUGAGCUUGGCGUGGGAGGAGCCUGAGAGCGACGGAGGAAGUAAAGUGAUCGGCUACGUGGUGGAGAGACGCGACGUGAAGCGUAAGACGUGGACGCUGGCGACCGACCACGCCGAGAGUCCAGAGUUCACCGUCACCGGACUCCAGAGAGACUCCUUCUACCUGUUCAGAGUCUGCGCUCGCAACCGGGUCGGCAGCGGCCCCAACGUAGAGACCGACAAACCCGUUCAGCCCAAGAACAAGUUUGGAGUCCCCGACGCUCCGCUGAACGUGAUCGUAGGAAACGUGACUAAGUUUGGCUGCACGGUCUCGUGGGAGCCUCCGGAGUCUGACGGAGGAUCUCCCAUCACCUCUUACAUCAUCGAGCUGCGUGACAGGACGUCGGUGAAGUGGUCUCCGGUCCAGCUCACCAAAGCCGACGAGCUCAAGGCGAUAGUCAACGACGUCAUCGAGAACAAAGAAUAUAUCUUCAGAGUCAAAGCUCAGAACAAAGCCGGCGAAGGCAAACCCAGCGCCGCCUCCCAGCCCGUCAAGAUCAUGGAUCCCAUCGAGCGGCCGAGUCCCCCCCAGAACCUGGUCUCGCAGGACCAGAACAAGAACUCGGUGCAGCUGACCUGGGAGACUCCUCUGAGGAACGGAGGCAGCAUGAUCACAGGAUACAUCAUCGAGCGCUGCGAGGAAGGAACCGAUAAGUGGCUCCGCUGCAACGCUCGCCUCUGCCCCGACCUCUGCUACAAGGUUUCUGGUCUGACGUACGGAGCAAAGUACAACUACCGAGUGUUUGCUGAGAACGCUGCUGGAGUGUCUGACCCAUCCAACACCAUCGGCCCCCUGCUGGCCGACAACCCACACUUCGCUCCGACCUUUGACCUGAGUGCGUUCAAAGACGGCCUGGAGGUGAUCGUCCCUCAGGCUCUCACCAUCAGAGUCCCCAUCACCGGAUACCCGACCCCCGUCGCUAAGUGGACCUUUGCAGAGAAGGAGCUGACUGCUGCCGAUGAGCGCGUUACCGUGACGACCAAGUCCACGUUCGUAGAGCUGAUCGUCACGCCGAGCGUCCGCCCAGACAAAGGCACCUACACGCUGCAGCUGGAGAACGACGUCACGUCCGUCUCUGGAGAGAUCGAGGUCAACGUCAUCGCCGCUCCCAGCGCUCCGAAGGACUUCAAGGUUCCCGAAGUGACGCGGCAGCACGUCCAUCUGAGCUGGGAAGCUCCGGAGCACGAUGGAGGAAGUCCUCUGACCGGCUACCAGGUGGAGAAACGGGACAUGGCCCGCAAGACCUGGGUCAAGGUGGUCACAGGGAUCCAGGAUCAGGAGUACACAGUCACAGAUGUGGUUGAAGGGAAGGAGUAUCUGUUCAGAGUCACUGCGUGCAACAAGUGUGGACCAGGAGAGCCGGCGUACAUCGACGAGCCCGUCAAUGUCUCCUCUCCUGCAACCGUCCCCGACCCCCCAGAGAACCUGAGGUGGAGAGAUAAAUCCGCCAGUGGCAUCUUCCUCACCUGGGAGCCUCCCAAGUACGACGGAGGCAGCGGCAUCAGAGGCUACAACGUGGACCGCUGCCAGAGAGGAACCGAUAAGUGGGAGCCGUGUGGAGACAUGGUUCCUGAGCUGAAGCUGCAGGUGACCGGUCUCACUGAAGGACAGUGGUACUCAUACAGAGUCCGCGCUCUGAACCGACUCGGAGCCGGCCGGCCCUGCAAGCCCACCGACGAGAUCCAGGCUGUUGACCCCAAAGAGCCUCCAGAGAUUAAUCUUGACGCCAAGCUUCUGGCCGGUCUGACCGCCAAAGCCGGCAGAAAGAUCGAACUCCCGGCCGAGGUGACGGGAAAACCAGAACCCCGAGUGAAAUGGACCAAAGCCGAUCUGGUCCUGAAAGCAGACGACAGAGUUUCCAUCGACACGAAACCGGGACACUCCACCGUCACCAUCGAGAAGACCCAGAGAGACGACACCUCCACCUACAUCAUCGAGGCCACCAACAGCAGCGGCCGCGCCACCGCCACCGUAGACGUGAACAUCCUCGAUAAGCCGGGUCCUCCCGCUGCCUUCGACAUCUCUGAGAUCACCAACGAGUCGUGCUUCCUGGCGUGGAACCCCCCGCGAGACGACGGUGGCUCCAGAGUCACCAACUACAUCGUGGAGCGGCGGGCGGUGGACAGCGAGGUCUGGCACCGCCUGUCCUCCACCGUGAAGUCCACCACCUACCGAGCCGUGGACCUCGUCAAGUUCAAGGAGUACAUCUUCAGAGUGUUCGCUGAGAACCAGUUCGGUGUCGGAGCUCCAGCCGAGCACACGCCCAUCAUCGCCAGAUACUCCUUCGACACUCCCGGAGCUCCGUACAAGCUGGAGCCGUCAGACAUCGCUAAGGACUCCGUGACUCUGAACUGGUACGAGCCAGACGAGGAUGGAGGAAGUCCCAUCACCGGUUACUGGGUGGAGCGAUACGAGCCGGACCACGACAAAUGGAUCCGAUGCAACAAACUGCCGAUCAAAGAUACCAACUACAGAGUCAAAGGCCUUCCCACCAGGAAGAAGUACAAGUUCAGAGUCCUGGCUGAAAACUUGGCUGGAACUGGAAAACCCAGCAAGGAGACCGACCAGAUCCUCAUCAAAGAUCCAAUCGAUCCUCCUUGGCCUCCUGGCAAACCCACCGUGAAGGAUGUAGCUAAGACUUCCUGCUUCCUGAUGUGGACCAAACCGGAGCACGACGGCGGAGCGAAGAUCGACGGCUACGUGGUGGAGAUGCUGAAGAGCGGCACGACGGACUGGAUCCGCGUGGCAGAGAACAUCAACAUCACCGAGCACUUCCUGAAGGGCCUGAUGGAGAAGCAGGAGUAUUCAUUCAGGGUGCGAGCGGUCAACGUGGCGGGAGAAAGCGACCCGAGCGAACCCAGCGACCCCGUGCUCUGCAAGGAGAGACUCAACCCGCCUACCGCUCCUCGCUGGUUGGACGUGGUUAGCAUCAGCAGGAACAGCGCCGACUUGAAAUGGACAGCCCCCGAGCGUGACGGAGGCUCCCCCAUCACCAACUACGUGGUGGAGAAGCGAGACGUCAGGCGUAAAGGAUGGCAGACCGUGGACACCACCGUCAAAGAGCUGAAGUCCAGCGUGUCUCCGCUCAACGAGGGCUCGCUCUACGUGUUCCGCGUGGCGGCGGAGAACGCCGUCGGCCUCAGUCCGUUCUGCGAACUGGGAGACUCGGUCCUGGCCAAAGACACUUUCACUACUCCUGGGCCUCCGUACGCGCUGGCCGUCAGCGCUGUGAGCAAACGAUACGUGGACCUGAACUGGGAGGAGCCGAAGAACGACGGUGGUAGACCCAUCCUCAGGUAUUCCAUCGAGAAGAAGGAGAAGCUGGGGACUCGGUGGGUGAAGUGUGGAAAGACUUCGGGUCCCGACUGUAAGUACCGAGUGACGGACGUGAUCGAAGGGACGGAGGUUCAGUUCCAGGUCCGAGCUGAGAACGAGGCCGGGGUCGGACAUCCCAGCGAACCCACAGAGAUCCUCACCAUCGAAGAUCCAACAGGCGUUCCCUCUCCUCCCGUUGAGCUGCACGUAACCGGCGCCAGCAGAGACUUCCUGUCCAUCGCCUGGAAACCUCCGCAGAGAGACGGCGGCUGCCCCAUCAGCGGCUACCACAUCGAGAUGUGCGAGGCCGGGACAGAGAAAUGGAUGAGGGUCAACUCCCGUCCAGUGAAGGAGCUGAAGUACCGCGUGGAGGAGGGCAUCGUCCCUGAGAAAGAGUACAUCCUGAGAGUCAGAGCCAUCAACGCCGUCGGAGUCAGCGAGCCGUCGGACAUCUCUGAGAACGUCUUCGCCAAAGAGUCCGACUGCAACCCGACGCUUGACUUCCAGACUCUGGACCUGGUCGUCGUGGAAACUGAAAAGCUGCACAUCCCAGUUCCCUUCAAAGCCGUCCCGUCGCCCAGAAUCACCUGGCACAAAGACGGCAAGGAGCUGAAGGCUGACGAUCGCCUCGGCUUCAGGAAGGAGUAUAUUUCCUGUCACCUGGAAGUGGAGAGCAGUCUUCAUUCGGAUGCAGGACAGUACAAAGUCACUCUGGAGAACAAGCUGGGAGCCGCUAGCGCUACCAUCAACGUCAAAGUCAUCGGUCUUCCUGGUCCCUGUAAGGAGAUCGUGGCCUCAGAAAUCACCAAGAGCUCCUGUAAAGUGUCCUGGGAUCCUCCGGACUACGAUGGCGGAAGCCCGAUUCUUCAUUAUGUCCUGCAGCGUCGUGAGGCCGGCAGGAGGACGUACGUGAACAUGAUGUCUGGAGAGAACAAGGUGAGCUGGAACGUCAAAGACCUGAUCCCGAAUGGAGAGUACUACUUCAGAGUCCAAGCAGUCAACAAGAUCGGAGGAGGAGAGUUCAUCGAGCUCCGUAACCCGGUCAUCGCUGAGGACCAGAAACAUCCUCCCGACCCGCCUGUUGAUGUGGAGACUCACAACCCAACAUGCAACACCAUCACACUGACCUGGAAGCCUCCGAUGUACGACGGCGGCGCCAAGAUCAUGGGCUACAUCCUGGAGAGGCAGCAGAAGGGUGAAGACAAGUGGGAGAGGUGCAACGACUUCCUGGUGCCCGUCCUGUCCUACACCGUGAGACGUCUGACGGAGGGGAAGAGCUACGCCUUCAGAGUCAGAGCUGAGAACGCAGCGGGAGUCAGUGAGCCGUCUCGUGGCACGCUGUUCGUCAAGGCGUCAGAUGCUGUUGAUCCUCCCAAAGUGUUCCUGAGUGGCAGCCUGCAGUCCGGCCUGAACGUGAAGCGAGGCUACGAGAUCUGCCUGGACGCCAACAUCUCCGGCUCUCCUUACCCUCAGAUCACCUGGUACUGGAACAACCAGGUCAUCCGGCCUGAGGCUCUCCGCAAGAGGCCUGAAAAACCCCUGAAGAAGAAGGUGGAGAAGAAGGAAGAGAAGAAGGAGGAGGAGAAGAAGGAGGAAGAGAAGAAGGAGGAAGAGAAGAAAGAAGGAGAGGAGAAGAAGGAGGAAAAGAAGAAGGAGGAGGUGGUGGAACCCGAGGAGGAAGAGACCGACUACCCGACUCUGAAUGAGCGACUGUCCAUCGACAACAGGCGGAGGGGAACGUCCGCGGUCGUGAUCACAGACUCGAUGCGUCUUGAUCACGGCGUCUACAUGGUGAAGGUGGAGAACGACCACGGCAUCGCCUCGGCAACCUGCGAGGUCAACGUACUCGACACUCCCGGGCCUCCGGUCAACUUCCGGUUCGAGGAGGUGCGGAAGAACUCUGUGAUCUGCAAGUGGGAUCCUCCUCUGGAUGACGGCGGCAGUGAGAUCCUCAACUAUACACUGGAGAAGAAAGACAACUCCAAGCUGGAGAUCGGCUGGAGCACCGUCACCUCCACGCUGAUAGGAUGCCGCUACCUGGUGCCCAAACUCAUCGAGAAGAAGGAGUACAUCUUCAGGGUCGUGGCUGAGAACAAAUUUGGUGCUGGUCCACCCUGCGUCUCCAAACCGCUCAUUGCCAAGAAUCCAUUCGAACCUCCUGAUGCUCCUGAAAAGCCAGAGAUCGAUGACAUCACAGCCAACAGCAUGUUGGUCAUGUGGGAGGAGCCGAAUGACAACGGCAGCCCGAUCCUGGGAUACUGGGUGGAGCGCCGCGAGAUCAGCAGCUCACACUGGGCUCGUGUCAACAGAAACAUCAUCACUGACACUGAACUCAACGUUGAAGGUCUUCUGGAUGGAAUGACUUAUAUCUUUAGGGUGGCUGCUGAAAACCAGGCCGGCCCCGGCAAAUUCAGCGUCCCCUCUGACCCUAAAACGGCUCAAGCUCCAGUCCUUCCUCCUGGGCCUCCAAUUCCCAGAGUGGUGGGAACCACUGACUACUCCAUCGACGUGGAGUGGGACCCGCCUGCCGAUAACGGAGGAGGAGAGAUUCUGGGAUACCACGUAGAUAAGGCCAUGGCCGGUACUAAAGACUGGUCCAGGUCUACUGAGCGUCCCUGGAAGACCCGGGCUUUCACUGUCUACGGAGUCCGUGAAGGAGCCAAAUAUCUGGUCAGAGUCAUUGCAUGCAAUGGUGCUGGAGAGGGGACACCAGGAUUCACAGAGUCUGUGUUCGUCAAGAAUCCUGCAGAGAUGCCUGUGGUUGAGAUGGACCUGUCUGUGAAGCAAGGAGUGAUGAUCAGAGCAGGAGAGACACUGAUCUUGCCUGCCACAGUCACUGGUAAACCCUACCCAUCCAUCUCUUGGACAAAGGAUGAUGCCAAACCUGAGAAAGACCAUGUGGAGAUCCUCACAGAUGGCGACAAAAGCAUUGUUUCAAUCAAGAGCGCCCAGAGGAAGGACAGUGGCAAAUACCAGAUCUCUGCCAGCAACCCCAGUGGCACCAAAUCUGCCUCAGCCAGAGUGGAGGUCAUGGACGUUCCCGGACCUAUCACAGACCUGAAACCAGUGGUCGUCACUCGCAAGAUGAUCUUCUUGAACUGGGACGACCCUGAAGACGAUGGAGGCAGCGACCUGACUGGCUUCAUUGUGGAGCGCAGAGAUGCCAAGAUGCACACAUGGAGGCAGCCAAUUGAAACUGCCUCAUCCAAGUGUGAAUGUGUGGGCAUCAUGGAGGGACAGGAUUACAUGUUCCGCGUCAUUGCCAAGAACAAGUUUGGCAUGGGACCACCCGUCGAGCUGGGACCCAUCAAGGCUGUGGACCCACUGGGGCCACCAUCAUCCCCCGAGAAGUUCCACUACACUGAACGCACCAAGAACUCUAUCACACUGGCCUGGAGACCACCUCGCAAUGAUGGUGGCAGCCCUGUCAUUGGAUACUUUGUGGAGAAGAAGAAGCCAGACCAGCAAGCCUGGGAGCCCUGCAACACAGAGAUCUGCCCCAAGAUGACAAUGACAGUGGAAGGCCUGGAGGAGGCCUUGACGUAUGAGUUCAGGAUCAAGUGUACCAACCUGAUGGGAGAGAGCGAGCCAUCCAUGCCAAUGACUGUGGUCAUCCAAGACGAUGAAGUGCCUCCUGAGGUCCACAUGCUGAAGCAUUUCAAGGGUGACUCUGUUACUGUGAAGAAGGGUGAGAUCAUUGAGCUCCCCGCUGACGUCCUGGGCCUCCCCAUCCCCAAGGUUGAGUGGUCCAAAGAUGACGUGGUGAUUGAAAAACCAACUGAGACUCUGCUGAUGGAGACAGUAGUGACUGGCAGGAUGAACUGCAAGACCACAUUGUCCAUCCCAGACGCCAACAGGCAGGACCGCGGCAGCUACACUGUCACUGCUUCCAACAACAUGGGCUCAGCCAAACACAGUAUCACUGUCCUGGUGCUGGACCGGCCACUUCCCCCCAGAAAUGUGACCGUAUCCAACAUUAAGGCAGAGUCUUGCUAUCUCCAUUGGGAAGCACCGCUGGACGAUGGUGGCAGCGAACUGACCAACUACAUUGUUGAGAAGAAGGAAGUGGUAACAGAGGAGCCAGAGCUGGAAGAGGGAGAGGAAGCGCCGCCUGAGCCACAGUGGGUGGUAGUUACCAACAGCAUCAUUGAAAGGAGAUAUGGGGUGUGGAACCUGGAGACCAACAAGACAUACCUGUUCCGAGUACGAGCUGAGAACCGCUAUGGUAAGUCUGACCCAUGCGCAACAGGCGACGUCCAGAUCACAGACCCCUUCGGCCUUCCCGGGCCACCAGAGAAACCCACCAUCGCCGAGUACUCAAGGACAUCCAUGACCCUGACCUGGGAGCCUCCUAGAGACAAUGGCGGCUCCAUGAUUAUUGGCUACUGGCUGGAGAAGAGAGAGAAAGGCACCAGCUACUGGGCCAAAGUCAACAAGAUGCCGGUCACCAAGCGCGGUCUAAAAGGCUGGGAGUACCAGGUGACUCGUCUGAUUGAAGGAAUGGAGUAUGAAUUCAGGGUUGCUGCCUGUAAUUCAGCAGGAACUGGACCAUUCAGUGGACCAUCUGACUCUGCCUUUGCUGUUGACCCUCUGACUCCUCCCAGUAUGCCUGCCGCUCCCGAGGUGGCUGACAAGACAAAGUUCAGCAUCACACUGACAUGGAAGCCACCAGAGAGGGAUGGAGGAAGCCCCAUCAAGGGCUACAUCAUCCAGGCCCAGGAUGAGGGUACAUCAGAGUGGGUGAGCAUCAAUGAUCCCGAGAACCUGCACCCCACCACCGAGUUCACUGUUCCUGGCCUUCGUGCGCUCAAACGCUACCGCUUCAGGAUUAUUGCAGUCAAUGACAUUGGCGAGUCUGACCCCAGCCCCCGCACCAGCGAGGUUCUGGUUGAGGAUAUCCAGCUCCCACCUUCUAUCCAUAUCAAUGUACAAGCCGAUGAUCUGCUUUGUAUCCGUGCUGGAGAUCCAAUCAGGAUACCUGCCACCAUCAAGGGCCGCCCCGUUCCAAAGGUGACCUGGGACUUCACAGGCAAAGCCAAGUCCCACAAAAAGAAGAAACUGCACACGCUGCCUGUGGACUCACAGGUUGAGUCCACAGAUACUACUUCCACUGUGAUAGUCCCUGUAAGUCUCAGGACCCACUCUGGACGGUACACCAUCACAGCCAAGAACAAGUCUGGACAGAAACAUGUCAACGUCAGAGUUAAUGUCCUCGAUGUUCCUGGGCCUCCGAAGGACCUGAGGGUGACGGACAUCAGCCGGUCAACCAUGAGGCUGAUCUGGAAACUGCCUGACAACGACGGAGGAGAAAGAAUAAAGAGCUACUUCAUCGAAAAGAAAUGUGUCACUGACAAGGCCUGGACCACGGUGAAUGCUGCCUGUGCCAGCCAGGCCUUCGUGGUCCCUGGACUGCUGGAGGGACAGGACUACCUGUUCAGAGUCCGAGCCGAGAACAGACUCGGGUUCAGUCCUUACACAAUCACCGCUGAACCUGCUCGGGCCAGAGACCCCAUCUAUCCCCCCGACCCCCCCACCAAGCUGAAGGUCAACCUGGUGACGAAAAGCACAGUGACUCUGACCUGGGAGCCUCCCAAAAACAAUGGCGGCUCUCCCAUCAAGCAUUACAUCAUUGAGCGUUUGAGCUGGGACACCAGUGGCAAAGAGAAGGAGACCUGGAAGCAGGUCAACAAGAGAGAUGUGGAGGAGCUCACCUUCGUGGUGGAGGACCUGAAGGAGGGAGGAGAGUAUGAGUUCAGAGUGAAAGCUGUGAAUGCUGCUGGACCCAGCCGACCCUCCGCCACUGUUGGACCGAUGUUCAUUAAGGACCAGACAUGUGCUCCCACCAUUGUGCUGCGUGAGGCAAUGGAGGGCGAGGAGGGCUGUGAUGUCAGUAUCGUGGCAAAGGUGAGCGGCUGUCCGUUCCCCACACUCACCUGGCACAGCGCCAGCCUGGCCAAACCUGAAGAGAAGGUGGCUGUCAAGUACGACCAGCACAUCAAUAAACUGGUGACGCAGGACAAGUGCACACUGCUGAUCCACGACGCCAGCAGGCACGACAAUGCCAUUUAUAGUUUGACAGCCAGCAACAGCCUGGGAACUGUCACCAAGGACAUCAAACUCACUGUGCUGGGACCUCCUGGCCCACCCGUCGGACCCGUCAAGCUAACAGAGGUGUUUGCAGAGAGGAUUGGCCUUGCCUGGAACCCACCCAAAGAUGAUGGCGGCUCCAAGAUCACCAAUUAUGUUGUUGAGAAGCGUGAAGAAAACAGGAAGUCUUGGGUCCAUGUCUCCAAUGACCCCAAAGAAUGUGCUUAUGUGGUGACCCGUCUGACGGAGAACCAUGAAUAUGAGUUCAGAAUCAUGGCUCAGAACAAGUUUGGAGUUGGGCCAGCGAUUGCCAGCGAGCCGGAGAAGGCCAGAAACCUCUUCACUGUCCCAGGUCAGUGUGAGAAGCCCACAGUGACGGACAUCUGUCUGGAGUCCAUGACUGUCAACUGGGAUGAGCCCAAGUAUGAUGGCGGCUCCUCCAUCACUGGCUACUUCAUUGAGAAGAAGGAGACUACCUCCAAGCGCUGGGUUCGCGUGAACAGGGAACCGAUCCGAGCGCUGCCGCUGGGAAACAACUGGGACGUCACCGGCCUGCUGGAGGGAGCCAUGUACCAGUUCAGGGUCACCGCUGCCAACGCUGCAGGAUGUGGCCUGCCCAGCCCACCCUCUGAUCCAGUACUCUGCAGAGACCCCAUCAGUCCUCCUGGUCCACCUACUCCAAAAGUGAUAGAUUGGACAAAGUCAACAGUGGAGCUGGAGUGGAUACCUCCAGCGAUAGAUGGAGGGUCAAAGGUCACCGGCUACAUUGUAGAAUUCAAGGAGGUGAACAAAGAAGAGGAGGAUAAGAAAGCUCAGAGGAGGCUCCUGUUGAGUGAUGAGGAGGAGAAAGAGCCGGAGGCCGAUGAAGGCUGGGAGAAGGCAAAGGACACAGAGAUAAGAGGAACUAAGUUUGUGGUGGCCAAUCUGAACGAAGGCGGUCUGUACCGAUUCAGAGUCACAGCCGUGAACGCAGCCGGUGCUGGGGAGCCAGGACUUGUGUCUGAGCUGAUCGAAGUCAAAGACAGAACAAUUCCUCCUGAGAUGGACCUGGAUGCCUCAGUCAGGGAAAGGAUCGUGAUCCACGCUGGUGGCACCAUCCGCAUCAUUGCCUAUGUAUCUGGUAAGCCGGCUCCACAGAUCUCCUGGUCCCGAGAUGACGCAGAGGUUCCCAAGGAGGCUGUGGUGGAGACGACAGGCAUCUCCAACUCACUGGUCAUCAAGAACUGCAGACGCCAGCACCAGGGCAUCUACACCCUGAGCGCCAAGAAUGAGGGUGGAGAGAGAAAGAAGGCUGUCAUUGUGGAGGUUCUGGACGUCCCUGGACCCGUUGGGCAGCCCUUCGCUGGACAGAACUUGACCAAUGACUCCUGCAAGCUAACUUGGUAUUCCCCUGAAGACGAUGGCGGCUCCGCUAUAACCAAUUACAUCAUUGAGAAGAGGGAGUCAGACCGCAUGGGCUGGACCUCAGUGUCCUACACGGUGACCAGGAACAACGCUGUGGUGCAGGGCCUCAUUGACGGCAAGGGAUACUUCUUCAGGAUCGCAGCAGAGAACAUCAUCGGCAUGGGACCGUUUAUCGAGACGGACAAGAUGGUGCUCAUCAAAGACCCCAUCUCCGUUCCCGAGCGUCCAGAGGAACUGAUCAUCACUGCCGUCACCAAGGACUCCAUCUCCGUCAGCUGGAAGCCACCCAAGUACGACGGCGGUGCAGAGGUCACCGAGUACAUCCUGGAAUCCCGCAUGAUUGGUCGGGACAACUUCACACGUGUAGGCGCAGAUGACAAACUGAUGGACAAGAAGUUUACACUUAGCGGGUUGAAGGAAGGCUCAAGCCACGAAUUCAGAGUCUCUGCCGUUAACCAGGUGGGACGGGGCAAAGCAUCCUUCAUCUCCAAACCCAUCCAGUGCAAAGAUGAACUUGAACCGCCCAAUGUGGAACUUGACUUUAGGGAUAAGAUGAUGGUGAAGGUGGGAGAUCCCUGCACACUGUCAGGAUGCUACAGCGGAAAACCAGUCCCGACUAUCGUCUGGAAGAAGAAUGACGAGGAGCUGAAGGCAGAUGAGGAGAUCAGCUUCCACAGCACCACCCACCACCUAAGUGUUAACAUCAGUAAAGCCAAGAGAGAACACAGUGGCCGCUACGGCGUCACCGUGGAGAAUGCUGCUGGCUCUCGCACAGGACUCUGCACCAUCACCGUGGUUGACCGUCCUCAGCCUCCAGAGGGCCCUGUGGUCUUCAAUGAGGUCUAUAGAAACUACAUGGUCAUCUCCUGGAACCCCCCUCUUGAUGACGGAGGUUGCGCCAUCUCCAACUACAUUGUGGAAAAGAGAGACACCAACAGAGACUUGUGGAUGCCCGUCACCUCAUCCUGCACCAGGACCACCUGCAAGGUGCCCAAACUGAUCGAAGGUCGUGAGUACAUCAUCAGGAUCAUGGCUCAGAACAUCUACGGCAUCAGCGACCCCUUGCUGUCAUCUGAGUCCAAGGCCAGAGACAUCUUCAAGGUGCCUGAUGCUCCCAAACAACCCACAAUAAAGGAAGUUUACCAUGACUCUGCCCUCAUCAGCUGGGAGCCACCUGCUGAUGGAGGAAAACCAAUCACAGGCUACAUCGUGGAGAGAAAGGAGACCAUGGCUAACAGGUGGGUUCGCUGCAACACAGACAGGAUCUUCCCGAAGGUGGAGUACUGGGUGACAGAGCUGUUGCAGGGCUGUGAGUACGAGUUUAGAGUCAGCGCUGAGAAUGUGGUUGGAGCUGGAGACCCAAGCCCACCAUCCAAACCCGUCUUCGCCAAAGAUCCCAUUGUGAAACCCAGUCCUCCAGUGAACCUGAAAGCCAUUGACCACACUAAGGAGUCAGUGAGUCUUACCUGGCAGCCGCCUACUGACACAGGCAGAGGAAAGAUCUUUGGAUACCUACUUGAGUUCCAGAAGGCUGGAGAGGAGGAGUGGCAGAAGGUGAACCAGACUCCAGACUCCUGCCAGGAGACCAAGUUCAAGGUGAUCAACCUGGAGGAAGAUGCUCUGUACCGUUUCAGAGUUAUGGCUGUCAAUGCUGCAGGAGAGUCUGACCCAGCUAAUCUGAGGGAACCAGUCAGAGCACGGGAUAGACUUGAGCCCCCAGAGUUGAUUUUGGAUGCUGGGAUGACUCGGGAGGUGAAGGCCAUGGCUGGCACCCACAUUCCUCUUAUGGCUACCAUCAAGGGCAUCCCAUUCCCCACCGUUACUUGGAAGAAGAACGAUGCCGAGGUACCAACCAGGGCUGACAUUGAGACCAAACAGGACAGCACCAAGCUGGAGAUGAGGUUCUGCAACCGCGGUGACUGUGGAGAUUACACACUAACUGUGGAAAACCCAGCUGGAUCAAAGACUGUCACCUGCACUGUGCUUGUUCUGGACAAACCUGGUCCUAUUCAGCACCUCCGGGUUUCUGAUGUGAGGAGUGACUCUGCCUACCUGUCCUGGAAAGACCCAGAAGACAAUGGCGGUGUUCGCAUUACCAACUUCGUGGUGGAGAAGAAAGACACAGCAUCCACUCAGUGGGUCCCUGUGUGCUCCACAUCCAAGAAACGCAGCAUGAUGCUGAAGCACCUGAUGGAGGGCACCUCCUAUGUGUUCAGAGUUGCUGCUGAGAACCAGUAUGGCCGCAGCGAAUACGUUGAGACACCAAAGGCCAUCAAGGCCAUGAACCCACUCUUCCCUCCUGGUCCUCCCAAAGACCUGCACCACGUUGACGUGGAUAAGACUGAGGUGUGGUUGGUUUGGAACUGGCCUGACCGCACCGGAGGAAGCGACAUCACAGGCUUCCUGGUGGAGUAUCAGGAGGAGGGAGAGAGAGAGUGGGAUGAGUGGAAGACUGUAAGCAUCCCAGAGACUCAUGUGACUGGCCUGGAGGAAGGAAAGACUUACCGCUUCAGAGUGAGGGCUGAGAACGCCAUUGGCCUCAGCAGACCUGACACCACUGUGCCUAUCCUCUGCCAGGAGAAACUGGUGCCUCCAAUUGUUGAGGUUGACGUUAAACUCACUGAGGGCAUCACCGUUAAGGCUGGCACCACCAUCAGGCUGCCAGCUAUCAUGAGAGGAAUCCCUGUUCCAACUGCAAAAUGGUCCAUUGACGGAGAGGAGAUCACCAGCGAAGGCAACAUUAAGAUUGACACCGACAACUUCUCCACUGUGCUCAGCAUCAACGAUUGCACAAGGAACCACACUGGCACCUACCUGCUCACUGUUUCAAACCCAGCUGGUACCAAGACAGUGGCCUUAAAUGUCACUGUCCUGGAUGUGCCUGCUGCUCCUUUAGGACCAGUCAACAUCCUGGAGGUCACUCCUGACUCCAUGAUGAUUGAGUGGCGUCCUCCCAAGGAUGAUGGUGGCAGCCCUGUCACCAACUACAUUGUGGAGAAAAGAGAGUCCAAUAAGGAAACUUGGGGAGGUGUGAGCUCUGGCAGCCUCGCCACUAGCCUCAAUAUCACCCGACUUCAGAAGGGCGUGGAGUAUGUGGUACGCAUUCGUGCUGAGAAUAAGAUGGGCAUUGGUGCUCCUCUGGAGAGCAAGCCCACUGUCGCUGAGCACACCUUCAUGGCACCAAGUCCACCGGGUAAACCACAGCCCUAUGAUAUCUCAGAAGAUGCUGUUACAAUGGGGUGGACGAUGCCCCUUUCUGAUGGUGGCAGCCAGAUCAUUGGCUACCUCAUUGAGCGCAGACACAAGAAUGGAAAGUGGAUCCGUGUGAACAAGAAGCCCUGCAAGGACCUAAGGUACAGAGUUGAGGGACUGUUUGAGGGCAAUGAGUAUGAGUUCAGAGUGUUCGCUGAGAAUAUUGCUGGCUACAGUGGCCCCUCUCCCGUCUCUGACCCCUGCAAGCCCUGCAGGCCAAUCACUGUCCCAGGCCCCCCUGUCAACCCCAGAGUUAAAGAUUACAGCAAGAACACUGCUGACCUGGUGUGGACCAAACCCAACAAAGAUGGAGGCAGCCCCAUUCUGGGAUACACUGUGGAAAUGAAGAAAGGUGAUACUGAAGAGUGGAGUAAAGUCAACCUUGAUGAUUUCAUAAAGCACUGUGCCUACACAGUUAAGAAAUUGGAAGAGGGCAUGACCUACAGAUUCAGAGUCUAUGCCACAAACAUGAUUGGAGAUGGAGAGCCCAGAGAAGUUAAAGACUCAAUCACUGCUCACGAUAUCCUAAUCCCUCCAGAGAUCGAGAUGGACGCAACAUGCCGUGAACGUGUUACUGUACGUGUAGGACACAACAUCAACAUCAUUGGCUACAUCAAGGCCCGUCCUGAUGCUGAGGUGCUUUGGAUGAAGGAAGAGACAGUUCUGGAGAACAGCAAGCGUGUCACCAUUAUACAGAACUUCCCUGUGGUCCACCUGAGGAUUAAAGAAGCCACUCGAGCUGACCACGGCAAAUACACCUUGAAAGCAUCAAAUGAGGGUGGUGAGGCCUCGUGCACCAUCACUGUCAAUGUGCUGGACAGACCCAGCCACUGCCAGAACCUCCACAUUACCUAUGCCACCAAGAACUCAUGCAUGAUCAACUGGGAGGCCCCUAAAGACAAUGGCGGCUCUGAGAUUACUAACUAUAUUGUUGAGUGCCGUGAGCCCAGCGUUAGCAUGUGGUCUAUGAUCUCCUCCCAUUGCACCAAUCGUAAGAUCAAGUCCAAGUUGAUGGAGGGUCAUGAGUACCUGUUCCGUGUCUGUGCUGAGAACAAGAUGGGCCCUGGGCCCUGUGUGGAGACGAAGACUGCUCUGCUCGCCAUUGACCCCAUUGAGAAGCCAGGUGAGCCUGAGAAGUUCAGGGCCACAGACAUUGGCAAGAACUUCGUCAAUCUGAGAUGGAGGAAGCCUGACUAUGACGGAGGCAGCCCUAAUAUCUCUUACAACCUAGAGUGCAAAGCCAAAGACGCUGAGGAAUGGCAGCAACUCAACACUGACACCCUCACCGACACCUUUUUCCUGGCUGACAAGUGUGCUGAGAACCAAGCAUACACAUUCAGGGUACAGACUGUCAAUGAAGGAGGGGAGAGUGCCUGGGUGAAACUUGAUGUUUUGGUGAAGGAGGAAAUCCAGAAGCCUGUCAUUGACCUGAAGCUGGCUGGAACUCUGACAGUAAAAGCCGGAGAGUCAGUCAGGAUGGAGGCUGCCCUGAGAGGAAAGCCCCCGCCAGAAGUCAAGUGGAUAAAAGACAAGGCAGUUGGAGACAACCCUAGAUUGAGCUAUGAGACUGGCCCUGACUACUCCAAGUUCCUUCUGACCAAGUCCAAACGCACUGACACCGGAAAGUAUAUUAUCACUGCCACCAACGCUGCUGGCACAUUUACAGCAUAUGCCAACGUCAACGUCCUGGACGUCCCUGGCCCAGUGAGGAACCUCAGGAUCACCGGCCUUGGAGCUGACAAGUGCAGAGUGGUGUGGGACAUUCCAGAGGAUGAAGGAGGCUGCGAGGUGGACAGCUAUAUCCUAGAAAAAUGUGAGACCAGGAGGAUGGUCUGGUCCACAUACUCUGCCACUGUGGUCACACCAUACUGCAAUGUCACUCGUCUGGUGGAGGGAAAUGAGUACAUUUUCAGAGUGAGGGCUGAGAACAAGAUGGGAACUGGCCCCGCUAUGGAGAGCAAGCCUGUCACUGUCAAGACUCAGUUCAACAAACCUGGACCCCCUGAUACACCUGAGGUCACAAAGGUGAGUAAAGACGAAAUGACUGUGGUAUGGGCUCCUCCUGAGAAUGAUGGAGGAAAGUCAAUAACUGGUUACAUCCUGGAGAGAAAGGAGAAGAGGGCAGUUCGCUGGGUGCCGUGCACUAAGAGCCCCAUCUCCGAGAGACGCAUGAAAGUAACCAACCUGAUCCCCAACCAUGAGUACCAGUUCAGAGUGAAGGCUGAGAAUGAGGUCGGCCUGGGAGAGCCCAGCAAACCCUGCAGACCUGUCGCAGCCAAAGAUCCCAUUGAGCCACCUGGUCCCCCUGCAUUCCUGAAAGUGGGCGACAGCACCAAGACCUCCAUCACUCUGACCUGGUCUAAACCUGUGUAUGAUGGUGGUGCCCCUAUCAUUGGAUACAGCCUGGACAUGAGGCUAAAGAGCGAGGCAGACCCAGAGAAGCCCACAGAGGGCUGGAAAAGGAUUGACACCCACGGCCCACUGGUCCUCACAGAGUUCACCAUUGGCCAGCUGGAUGAGAAGCUGGAGUAUGAGUUCAAGGUCUCUGCCAAAAACCAGGUGGGCUGGGGACGUCACGCCUACCUGAAAGAGGCUGCUUCCCCCAAAGAGAUCCUAGAGGCUCCAGAGAUCGACCUAGAUGCCAGUUUGAGGAAAGGCCUGGCUGUCAGAGCUGGCUGUCCAAUUAGACUCUUUGCCGUCAUCAGAGGAAGGCCUUCCCCCAAGGUGACCUGGAAACGUGUGGGUGUGGACAAUGUGAUCCGCCGAGGUCACGUGGACCAGGUUGACACCAUGUCCUUCCUCACCAUCCCGGAGAGCACCAGAGAUGAUUCUGGAAGAUACUCGCUAACACUGUCAAACUCUGCUGGGGAGAAGGCUGUGUUUGUCCGUGUCAAGGUCCUCGAUACUCCUGGUCCUGUUGGCGGCCUGGAGGCAACUGAUGUCACCAAGACAACAGCUCAGCUGGCCUGGUUACCACCAGAGAAUGAUGGCGGCUGCCCUAUACUCAGCUACAUCGUGGAGAAACGUGAGGUGGACAGGAAGACCUGGACCAAGUGCAUAGAGGACUUGAAGAAGACCAGCUUUAAGGUGACCACCAUGACACCUGGCAUCGAAUACUACUUCAGAGUCAUGGCCACCAACAAGUAUGGCAUCGGAGUUCCUCAGGAUUCACCCAAGUCCUACCUGGCUGUCGACCCCAUCAGUGAGCCAGAUCCUCCAAAGAAGAUGGAUGUGUUGGAGAUAACCAAGAACAGUGCCACUCUGGGCUGGUUGAAGCCACUCAGAGAUGGAGGAGCUAAGAUCAACGGUUAUGUGGUGGACUACCAGGCAGAGGGCGCAGAAGAAGACAAGUGGACACCUUAUUCUGUGGUCAAAGACCUGACCAUUGUGGUGGUCGGUCUAAAGGAAGGAACAAAGUACAAGUUCAGAGUGGCAGCCAGGAACUCAGCAGGAGUCAGCCUGGCCCGAGAGGCAGAGGGAGUGUUUGAGGUUAAGGAGCAGCUCAUGGCUCCUAAGAUCAUGCUGCCUGACAUUGUGACCGUCAGAGCUGGAUCCAAGAUGGUGGUCGAGGCCAUUGUAGCGGGUAAACCUGCUCCGUUCUGCAAGUGGAAGCAGGGCAGCGAGGACGUGCUGACUUCCGAUCGCCUGUCUGUUGUCAAGACACUGACGACCUGCACGCUCAUUAUGAAGAAUGUGACGAGAGCAGACAGUGGCUACUAUAGCUUGUCAGCUGAAAACAGUACCGCCAGGAUCAGCCAAAUCCUCAGAGUCAUCGUCAUGGACAUUCCUGGACCCCCUGAAGCCCCUCUGGAGAUCACUGAGCAGGACAUUGAUGCCUGCACGCUGCUGUGGAAUUCUCCACAGGAGGAUGGUGGCAGCAACAUCACCAGCUACGUCGUGGAGAAGUGUGAUGUCAGCCAGGGCGACUGGAUCACUGUGUCUGCGUCCUGCACCAAGACCAGCUUCAGGAUGACCAAACUAACAACUGGCAAGGAGUACUGCUUCCGAGUUCGGGCUGAGAACAGGUUCGGCAUCUCUGCGCCCAUCUACUCUGAGAAGUGGAUUGCCAAAUAUCCAUUUGAUCCUCCUAGCGAGCCCAGAAGCCUGCAGAUUAAUAAGAUCAACAAGGACUUUGUCAUCCUGUCAUGGGAGUGUCCCAGCAGCGAUGGCGGCAGCCCCAUCACUGGAUACUGCAUUGAGAAGAAGGAGAGGAACAGUCUGCUGUGGGUCAAAGCCAAUGAGUCAGUGGUCAAAUCCACCCAGUACACCUGCACUGGCCUGAUGGAGGGUUUGGAGUACACCUUCAGAGUUUCAGCCCUCAACAUUGCUGGACAGGGCAAACCCUGCAAACAUACCGACAUCAUCACAGCCAGGACUGCCAUUGACCCACCAGGUAAACCUGAGGCCAUGGAUGUGACCAAGAGCUCUGUCUCAUUGAUCUGGAACCGACCCAAGCAUGAUGGUGGCAGCAAGCUGAUUGGCUAUUACAUGGAGUAUGCAAAGCUUCCAGAGAUGAAGUGGACCCGCUGCAAUGCUAACUGCAUGAACAUCCAAACAGAAAGUUAUGUGGUGACUGGCCUGGAAGAGGGCCAGCAGUAUCAAUUCAGAGUUAUCGCCAAAUCUGCCGUCAACAUCAGCCUCCCAUCUGAGCUGUCUGACCCAAUUCCUGUCAUUGCUGAGAAUGUUCCUCCUCGUGUGGAGCUGGGCCUGAACAUGAAGACCCUGAUUGUGUUGAAAGCUGGAGAGAAUGUCUUCUUGGAUGCUGAGGUGUUUGGAAAGCCCCUGCCCAAGGUAAGCUGGAAGAGAGACCAAGCGCCUCUGGCCCUAGCAGAGGGAAUGAAGAUGACCCAAAAGAAACACGUCCACGUGCUGGAGCUCUACUCAGUUACCAGGAAGGAAUCUGGGGACUAUACUAUCACUGCUGAGAACAUCAAUGGUAGCAAGUACGCUACCAUCAAGGUCAAGGUUCUCGACAAACCAGGCCCUCCAGCCUCAGUGAAAAUCUCUAAGGUGUUUGCUGAUCAUAUCAAGCUGCGGUGGGAACCUCCAAAGGCAGAUGGCGGCUCUGAGAUCACCAAUUACAUCAUCGAGAAGCGUGAAACCAGCAGGGCCAACUGGGCGCUGGUCACCUCCAACAUUCACGGACACAUCACUGAUUGCUCAGUGGAGAAACUCAUUGAGGGUCACGAGUACCAGUUCAGAGUCAGCGCUGAGAACCAGUAUGGUGUGGGAGACCCUAUAAUGACUGACCCUGUCAUGGUCAAGAACCCAUACGAUGUCCCUGGUCCCUGCGAGCCACCUGUCAUCACCAACAUCACCAAGAACUCCAUGACAGUCAGCUGGAAGGCACCAGCCAAUGAUGGCAAGGCCACCAUCCUGGGCUACAUGUUAGAGAAACGCGAAGCCACUGAGUUGACCUGGGCUAAAGUCAACCGACGCCCUGUCAUCGACAGGACCCUCAAGGCCGCUCAGCUGACAGAGGGCUCAGAAUACGAAUUCAGAGUCAUUGCUAUGAACAAGGCCGGGCUGGGUAAACCCAGUGACGCAUCCAACGCUGCACUAGCAGUCGAUCCCGUCUAUCCACCUGGCCCACCUGCCUUCCCCAAGGUGGUGGACUCUACCAGGAGCUCUAUCAGCCUUAGCUGGACCAAACCAGCGUACGAUGGUGGAUGUGAGAUCAUUGGCUACCUGGUGGAGUGUAAGCUAGCUGACGGAGAGAACUGGACCAAGUGCAAUGUUCCCAAGAAACUUCAGGCUACCAAGUUCUUGGUGACUGGCCUUAUGCACAACACUGAGUACGAAUUUAGAGUCACAGCUGUCAACAAGAUUGGCUACAGCGACCCUAGUGAUGUCCCUGGAAAGCACAUGGCCAAGGACAUCCUCAUCGCUCCUGAAGCUGAGCUGGAUGCUGACCUGAGAAAGAUUUUGGUUCUUCGAGCCGGUGUCACCAUGAGGCUCUAUGUUCCCUUGAGAGGACGCCCGGCACCUAAAGUGACAUGGACCAAGGUGGACACCAACCUGUCAGAGAGGCAGGGUCUUCUGAUCAAGACAUCAGAGUGGGACACACUGCUGUUGGCAGAAGACAUUAACAGAUAUGAUGCUGGAAAAUACACCUUGUCACUGGAGAACAGCAGUGGCUCCAAGAGUUACAUCAUCAUUGUCAAGGUCCUUGAUUCUCCUGGACCACCUACAAACUUGAUUGUCAAGGAGACCUCCAGAAGCCAUGCCUGCAUCACCUGGGAUGCCCCACUGAUCGACGGUGGCAGCCCAGUCAAGAACUACAUCGUGGAGAAGCGUCUGGCUGAGAGGAAGGCCUGGACAUGUGUGUCAGCACAGUGUGUCAAGCCGUCAUUCAGGAUCGUCAACCUAGAGGCAGGGCAAGCCUACUGCUUCAGAGUGCUGGCUGAGAAUGCCUAUGGCAUCGGAGAGGGCUGUGAGACUGCUGGCAGUGUGCGGGCCUCAGAGCAACCUGGUCCAGUGAUGGACUUCAAAGCCAAGAAGACUACCAAGGACUCAAUCACCUUGGGCUGGAAAAAGCCCAUCAGUGAUGGCGGCAGUUAUAUCAAGGCCUACAUCCUAGAGCAGAAUGAAGGUGAGGAGAAGUGGAAACAGAUCAUGAAGGGCAAGAAUACCUCACACACCAUCAGUGAGCUCACUGACGGCCAGGAGUACUUGUUCAGAGUCAAGGCACUCAAUGAAACCGGAGAGGGACCAACCACUGACCUCACCGUUGUUGCCAAGGACCAGUUUGUGCUGCCUGACUGCAACUUGAGCAAUCUGCAUGAUGGUUGCUGUGUGGUGAAGGAGGGCAGCACCACACGUAUCAACAUCCCCAUAAUUGGAGUACCCUAUCCCACUGCCUUAUGGAAGAAGGGUGAUGUGGGCUUAGGCGACACGGGCCGGAUGUGCGUGGAGGCAUCUCAAGGCAUCACCACCCUGCUGAUCAGGGACUGCCAGAGAGGAGAUGCUGACACUUACACCAUCAAUGUCAGAAAUAGCUCUGGCUCCAAGGACUGCAAGUUCCAGCUCAAGGUAGUAGGCAAACCGGGCAUCUGCACAGGACCUAUCACUUUUGACGAGAUCACUGCUGACGGCAUCACUCUGGAAUGGGGGCCACCCAAAGAUGAUGGUGGUGCAGAGGUGUCUAACUACAUUGUAGAAAAGAGGAGGACAACAGACAAUAAGUGGGCCACAGUGGCUUCAGCAAUUCAGAAGACUACCAUGAGAGUGAUCCGUCUCCAUGACGGAGUGGAGUACAUCUUCAGAGUAUUCGCUGAGAACAAGUAUGGGGUUGGAGAGUAUCUGAGGUCAGAUCCGGUCAUUGCCCAGCAUCCAUUCAAUGUGCCUGAUGCACCUGCUCCUCCAGAGAUUGUGAGCAUCCGCCAUGAGUCAGCCAUCCUGACCUGGGAUGAUCCAAAGGACACUGGUGGCUCCCCAAUUACUGGAUAUCACGUGGAGUUUAAGGAGAGAAACAGCCUAAUGUGGAAACGGGCUACCAAGACUCCUCUGAGAAUUAAAGAGUGCAGAGUCACUAGCCUGGUAGAGGGAUUAGAGUAUGAGUUCAGGGUAAUGGCCAUGAACAUGGCAGGCCUAGGAAAGGCAAGCAGAACCACUGAGGCUGUGGUCGCCCUGGACCCUAUUGAUCUUCCUGGGAAGCCUGAAGUGAUCAACGUCACCAGGAGCACAGUCACUCUGAUUUGGACCGCUCCCAAGUAUGACGGCGGCUACAAGCUGACUGGCUACAUGGUGGAGAAGCUGGAGGCUGGUGGUAAGGCCUGGAUGAAGGCUAAUCAUGUCAACAUCCAAGGCUGUGCCUUCACUGUCCCUGACCUAACCGAAGGAUCUCAGUAUCAGUUCAGGAUCAGGGCUAAGAACUCUGCUGGCGCUAUCAGUGAUCCUUCGGAGUCUACUGAUCUUCUGACAUGCAAGGACGAGUAUGAGCCUCCAACCAUCACUAUUGACCCAGAUAUGAAGGAUGGUGUAUCAGUCAGGGCAGGAGACACAAUUGUGAUCGCAGCCUCCAAAAUUGUGGGUAAACCCCCACCCACUGCUACCUGGUCCAAGGCAGGCCGUGAGUUCAAGACCUCUGACAUUGUCACCAUCACCAGCACCCCUACCUCCUCCACCCUGGCUAUUAAGUAUGCUAGUAGAAAGAACACAGGAGAGUACACCAUCACUGCGAGCAACCCCUUUGGCAUUAAGGAAGAACAUGUCAGGGUGAAGGUCCUGGAUAUUCCUGGGCCCCCAGGCCCCAUAGAAGCCAGUAACAUUUCAGCUGAGAAAUGUACUCUGACCUGGCUUCCACCAGAGGAGGAUGGGGGCUGCUCCAUCAAGUCCUACAUACUUGAGAAAAGAGAGACCAGCCGCCUGCAGUGGACCAAGCUAGCGGAAAACAUCAUAGACUGUAGAUAUGUAGCCAGCAAAUUGAUCAAGGGCAAUGAAUACAUCUUCAGAGUGUGUGCUACAAACCAGUAUGGCACUGGAGAUUCAAGUCAGUCUGGUCCAGUCAAGAUGGUUGACCGUUUCCGCCCACCAGGCCCACCUUCAGCCCCAGAGAUUGAUAACAUCAGCAGGAAUUCUGUCACCAUUUCAUGGAAGAGACCCGUGCAGGAUGGCGGAAGUGACAUUAGAGGAUAUAGUGUUCAGAGGAAAGAGAAAAGAGGAAUGAGAUGGGUGAGAGCCAGUAAGAGGACAGUCCCUGACCUGCGCUUUAAGGUGCAAGGCUUGAACGAGGGAGUAGAAUAUGAGUUCAGAGUCACUGCUGAGAACAGGGCUGGAUUUGGAGAGCCCAGUGAGCCAUCGCACCCUGUGAUGACCAAGGACAUUGUGUAUCCACCUGGUCCUCCAUCCAACCCCAGAAUUGCAGACACCACAAAAACCUCAGCCACCUUCGCCUGGGGCCGACCUCACUAUGAUGGUGGUCUUGAUGUAGACGGAUACAUUGUUGAGUACAAAAAGGAAGGACAUGAUGACUGGGAGACGGAGACACAGUACACCCUGAAAGCUACUAAAUAUGUUAUUGGCAAACUACAAAAAGGAGGCAAAUACCAUUUCAGAGUCAGAGCUGUUAACUCUGAGGGAGUUGGCGAACCUGCAGAGAUCGAGAAAGUGACAGAGCUCGUGGACCAGGAGAAUCUGCCAGACUUUGAGCUGGAUGCUGAACUCAGGAGAACCCUGGUGGUCAGGUCUCGUGCAUCAAUCCGUAUGUUUGUUCCCAUCAGGGGCCGUCCUGUUCCUGAAGUAACCUGGACCAAAGAUGACACUAAUCUGAAAACACGUGCACACAUUGACACCACAGAAUCUUACACUUUGCUGGUUAUUCCUGACUGCACCAGAUAUGAUGCUGGAAAGUACCAUCUCUGUCUGGAGAAUGUUGCUGGAAAGAAGACUGGCUUUGUUAAUGUAAAAGUUCUGGACACGCCAGGACCCCCAGUCAAUUUCAAACCUAGAGAGAUCACAAACAAGAGCGUUACUCUCCAGUGGGAAAUCCCCAUCAUCGAUGGUGGUUCUAAGAUUCACAACUAUAUCAUUGAAAAGAGAGAGGCCACCAAGAAGGCCUACGUUGUACUUACCACCACAUGGCAGAAGUGUUCUUUCAAGAUCCCUGACCUUGAGGAGGGAGCGUACUACUACUUCCGUGUCUCUGCUGAGAAUGACCUGGGUGUAGGUGAGCCUGCUGAAACUCCUGACCCAAUCAGGGUGUCCCAAGCCCCCACUGCCCCUGAGAACUUGUAUGUUACAGAUGUCACAGCUGAUACAGCCAGCUUGGCCUGGGCCAAGCCACUGCAUGAUGGUGGCAGUUUGAUUACAGGAUAUGUCAUUGAGGCCCAAAAGAAGGACACUGACCAGUGGGUCCAUGUGGGCACCAUCAAGGCUCUGGAUUACACUGUCACAGAUCUGAUUGAAGGUGCAGAAUAUACCUUCCGCAUAAUGGCAGUCAAUGCAUCUGGCAGGAGUGACCCCCGUGAGAGCAGGCCCGCAAUUAUCAAAGAGCAAACCUGUGCUCCAUCCUUUGACCUACGUGGAGUCUACCAGAAGACAGUCAUCGCCAAGGCUGGAGACCGUGUUAAGGUGGAGAUUCCAGUGCUUGGCAAACCCAGACCAGUGGUUUCCUGGAAAAAGGAAGAUACAGUGUUGAAGGAGACACAGAGAAUCAAUGUUGAAACCACACCAACAUCAACCAUCCUCAAUAUCAGUGAGAUUAAGAGGACUGAUGGAGGCCAAUAUUCCAUGACUGGAAAGAACAUGCUUGGUACACUGACUGAGACAAUCACAGUCUUGGUCCACGAUAUUCCAGGGCCUCCUACAGGUCCGGUUAAGCUGGAAGAGGUGUCAUGUGAUUAUGUUCUCAUGUCCUGGGAAGCACCAGAAAAUGAUGGAGGUGUUCCCAUCAACAAUUAUAUUGUUGAGAUGCGAGAGACCACUGGUACUUCCUGGGUGGAGUUGGCAGCCACAGUGAUCCGUACCACAUUUAAGGCAGCCCGGCUCAACACUGGAACUGGAUACCAGUUCAGAGUCAAAGCUCAGAACAGGUACGGCAUUGGACCUCCCAUUAUGUCUGACCCAGUGAUAGCUGCCUAUCCAUUUGAUGUGCCAGGGCAGCCAGGCACUCCUGUGGUCACAUCUUUCAACAAGGAUGCUAUGACUCUGAGCUGGAAUGAGCCGUCCUCUGAUGGAGGCAGUGCCAUCUUGGGUUACCAUGUAGAGAGAAAAGAGAAAAACAGCAUUCUUUGGCAGAGGAUCAGCAAAGCUCUUGUUGUUGGAAACAUCUUCAAAUCAACAGGGCUUGUUGAUGGAAUCCAAUAUGAACACCGCGUUACAGCUGAAAACAUGGCUGGUCUCAGCAAACCAAGCAAACCCUCUGAGACUAUGUCUGCUUUGGAUCCAGUGGAUCCACCAGGCAAGCCUGUCGCAUUGGAUAUCACCAGACAUGAAGUGACCAUUUCAUGGACCAAACCAGAGGGAGAUGGUGGAUUUUCCAUCACUGGGUACACAGUGGAGAGGAGAGAGAUGCCCAACGGACGCUGGCUCAAAGCCAACUUCAACAACAUUCUAGAGACCAUUUACACAGUCAGUGGUCUGAUUGAAGAUGCCAUUUAUGAAUUCCGUGUGUUUGCAAGAAACUCAGCUGGUGCUGUAAGUGCACCAUCCCAGCCAUCAGAAGCAAUCACAUGCGCAGAUGACAUUGAGGAGCCCCAGCUUGAUGUUGAUGCAUCUUAUAGCAGCAAUGUAGUUGUAAUGGCAGGAGAGAUGUUUGAACUGAAGGCCAAUGUGACUGGCAGGCCAAUCCCAUCUCUGGUAUGGACCAAGGAAGGGAAGGAGCUUCAGGAUACAGCCAAGUUAGAAAUAAAGUCAUCAGACUUCCACACAGUCCUGAAAAACAAAGACUCUGCGAGGAGGGAUGGUGGUGUUUUCACUCUGACUGCCAGCAACCCUGGUGGCUUUGCCAAAUUCACAUUCACUGUCAAGGUUCUUGACAGACCUGGACCACCAGACUCCCUAACUAUUACUGGCAUUGCUGCUGAGAAAUGUGUUCUCAACUGGCUGCAUCCUACACAUGAUGGCGGUGCCAAGAUUGAGUACUUCAUCAUUCAAAGGCGUGAGACCAGCAGGUUGGCAUGGACAAAUGUGGCCACUGAACUUCAAGCAAACAGGUUUAAGGUCACUAAGCUUUUGAAGGGCAAUGAGUAUAUCUUCAGAGUCAUGGCUGUUAACAAGUAUGGUGUAGGUGAGCCACUGGAGUCUGAACCUGUCAUCUGUGCCAACCCCUAUGUUCCUAGUGACCCUCCACAGCAGCCUGAGGUUACCACCAUCACAAAGGACUCCAUGGUCGUCUGCUGGGAGCGUCCUGAACAUGAUGGAGGCAGCAGAAUCAACACUUACAUAAUUGAGAGAAGGGAUAAGACUGGCCUUCGCUGGGUGAAGUGCAACAAAAGGACUGUAACUGACCUGCGAUUCAAGGCCUCUGGCCUCACACCAGGACAUGAGUAUGAAUUCAGAGUCCUUGCAGAGAACAAUGCUGGUCUCAGCCAGCCUAGUCCUUCCAGUCCAUUUUACAAAGCCAUGGACACCAUCUUCCAGCCAGGACCCCCAGGGAACCCCAGAGUGCUGGACACAACCAAGACCUCCAUCACCCUUGCUUGGAACAAGCCAGUAUAUGAUGGUGGUUCUGACAUCACUGGCUACAUUGUGGAAACCUGUCUGCCUGAGGAGGAUGAAUGGACAAUUCACACUCCCAAGAAAGGAUGGACAGCCACCUCCUUCACAAUCACCAAUCUGAAAGAAAAUCAACAGUACAAGAUCAACAUCUGUGCCACAAACUGUGAAGGUGUGGGAGAGCCUGCUGCUGUUCCUGGUACCCCCAAGGCUGAGGACAGGCUGCUUCCUCCAGAAAUUGAUCUUGGAGCAGAGCUGCGCAAGGUUGUAUGCCUCAGAGCCUGCAGCACACUAAGACUCUUUGUCCCUAUCAAGGGCAGACCAGCACCUGAAGUAAAAUGGUCAAGAGAGCAUGGAGAAUCCCUGGACAAGGCUAACAUUGAAAUCACCCCUUCAUUUACCACUCUUCAGGUAGAGAAUGUUGACAGGUUUGAUGGAGGUAAAUACCUAGUGACUGUAGAGAAUGCAACAGGGAGCAAGACAGCCUUUGUUAUGGUCAGGGUGCUAGAUACUCCUGGAGCACCUCAGAAUCUGAUCAUCAAGGAGGUUACUAGAACCUCAGUCUCCCUUGUUUGGGAUGCACCUCUCAUUGAUGGUGGCUCCAGAGUGCGCAGCUACGUUGUGGAGAAGCGUGAGUCAACCAGAAAAGCUUACUCAACAGUGUGUGCCCAGUGCCAUAAGUCCAGUUGGAAAAUUGGAGACUUGGAACAAGGAAAGAUGUACUUCUUCAGAAUCCUGGCUGAGAAUGAAUUUGGCAUUGGCCUCCCAGUAGAGACUGUUGAACCAAUCAUAGCCUCAGAGAAGCCGCUGCCACCAGGAAAAGUGUCCCUCCGUGAAGUUACUGGCACCAGUGUUAAAUUAUCUUGGGAAAAGCCUGACCAUGAUGGCGGCAGCAGAAUCACAGGCUACAUUGUUGAGAUGCAGAGUAAAGGCAGUGAGAAGUGGUCCCAGGUCAUGGUGGUGAAGACCAAUGAGGCUCUUGUAACUGGCCUUACACAGGGAGAGGAGUACAUGUUCCGUAUCUCAGCUACCAAUGAAAAGGGAGUUAGCGAUUCACGUCCCCUGAGUAUGCCUGUGGUUGCUAAAGACCUGGUCAUCCCACCAACUUUCAAGUUGGUUUUCAGUACAUUUAGUGCACUAGCAGGAGAUGACCUAAAGAUAGAUGUACCAUAUGCUGCCUGUCCAAAAGCAACAGUAACUUGGCUCAAAGAUGGUGCUGUUCUCAAGGAGACAACAAGAGUUAAUGCUGAAGCCACAGACAAAAUACUUCACUUGGUCAUUAAGGAAGCUUGCAGAGAUGACGUAGGCACAUACUCUAUCAAACUGACCAACACAGCUGGAGAGGCAACUACAGACAUUUCUGUUGUUGUUCUAGAUAAGCCUGGUCCUCCAACUGGCCCCAUCAAGCUGGAUGAGGUCACUGCUGACAGUGUGAUCCUGUUCUGGAAUCCUCCAGAGUAUGAUGGUGGUUGCGCCAUCAACAAUUACAUUGUUGAGAAGAGGGACACAUCUACUACUAACUGGCAGAUUGUGUCAGCUACAGUGGCAAGAACCACCAUCAAGGCUGCCCGUCUAAAGACCGGAUCUGAGUACCAGUUUAGGAUUGCUGCAGAGAAUAGAUAUGGCAAGUCCUCAGUCCUGCUCUCUGAUACCAUUGUCGCCCAGUAUCCAUUUGAAGUACCCGGCUCACCACUUUCUGUUGUGGUCCAGUCAGCCACCAAGGAGAGCAUGGUUGUUGUAUGGGAUAAACCCAGUAGUGAUGGUGGAAGCAAGAUCUUGGGCUACCACUUGGAGCUCAAAGAGAGAAACAGUUUACUGUGGGUGAAACAGAACAAACAGAUCAUUCCAGAGACCAGAUUCAAGGUUGUUGGCCUCGAGGAAGGUAUUGAUUAUGAAUUCAGAGUCUAUGCUGAGAACAUUGUCGGCAUCAGCAAAGCCAGCAAAGUGAGUGAAAUGCAAGUGGCCAGAGAUCCUUGUGAUAGGCCAGGAAAACCAGAGGCUGUCAUUGUAACCAGAAACCAGGUGACCCUGAGAUGGACCAAACCUGAGUAUGAUAUCGGAGUCAAGAUUACAGGCUAUGUGGUAGAGAAGAAGGAGGGAGAUGGCCGCUGGAUGAAGGCCAGUUUUGCCAACGUAAUUGAGACUACGUUUGUUGUCACAGGUCUUAUUGAAGAUCAGAUCUAUGAGUUUCGUGUCAUCGCCAGAAAUGCAGCAGGUGUAUUUAGCCAGCCAUCUGAUUCUACUGGAGCCAUCACUGCAAAGGAUGAAGUGGAGCCACCCAAAAUUGACUUGGAAGCUAAGUACUCCCAGGCUGUGGUGUUGAAUGCUGGAGAAACAUUCAAGCUUGAGGCUGUUUUCUCUGGCAAGCCUGUGCCCACAGUACACUGGCUAAAGGAUGGAAAUGAGAUUACUGAAGCAGCUCGCUUAGAGAUCAAGAACACAGACUUUAUUGCCUGUCUAGUUGGUAAAGAAGCUAUCCGUGUUGAUGGAGGCCAGUACACUUUGUUGGUAAAAAAUGUUGGAGGAGAGAAAUCUGUUAACAUUAAUGUAAAGGUUUUGGACAGACCAGGUCCACCUGAUGGCCCUAUUUCGAUCUAUGGUGUCACCAGUGAAAAAUGUUCCAUUUCCUGGAAAUCACCCUUGCAGGAUGGAGGUAGUGACGUUUCCCAUUACAUUGUUGAGAAGAGGGAAACUAGCAGAUUGGUUUGGACUGUAGUUGAACCCAAAGUUCAGACCCUGAACCUGAAGAUCACCAAACUUCUUCCUGGUAAUGAGUAUAUCUUCAGAGUGAUUCCAGUCAACAAAUAUGGAGUUGGUGAGCCUCUGGAAUCUGAGGCAAUGAUUGCCAGAAAUCCGUUUGUGACUUCCAAGCCACCAACAAAUGUAGAAGUGUCCACCAUCACCAAAGAUUCCAUGGUAGUGACUUGGGAAAGACCAACUAAUGACGGUGGCAGCCCCAUCCAAGGAUAUAUUAUUGAGAAGCGUGAUAAGGAUGGUGUGAGAUGGACCAGGUGCAACAAGCGCACAGUGAGUGAGAUCCGCUUUAGAGUUGCAGGGCUCCUAGAAAACCACAGCUAUGAAUUUAGAGUUGCUGCAGAGAAUGCUGCAGGCAUUGGCACACCUAGCCAACCAACAAUCUACUACAAAGCAUUGGAUGCUGUCUUCAAACCAGGCCCGCCAAACAAUCCAAAGGUGGUGGAUACAUCUAGGUCCACUGUUUCCCUUACAUGGGGUAAACCCAUCUAUGAUGGAGGCUGUGAGAUCCAGGCCUAUAUUGUUGAGUCAUGCGAUGUGGCAUUUGAUGAGUGGGUUAUGUGCACUCCUCCCACUGGAAUCACAGGCACUAAGUUUACAGUGAAAAAACUUUUGGAGAAACAUGAGUACCAAUUCAGGGUGUGUGCCAUCAACAAAGUUGGUGUGGGUGAGCAUGCUGAUUUCACAGGAAAAAUCCUUUUGGAGGAGAAGCUUGAGGCUCCUGAUCUUGACUUGGAUGCUGAUAUGAGAAAGAUGAUCAACAUUAGAGCAGCAAGCACUCUCAGGCUGUUUGUUCCUGUGAGAGGUCGUCCUGCUCCUGAGGUGAAAUGGGGCAAGGCUGAUGGUGAGAUUAAUGAGACUGCCCAGAUUGACAAUACAGGCAGCUAUGCUUCACUUGUCAUUGAGAACGUUAAUAGAUUUGAUAGUGGCAAGUACACUUUAAAAGCAGAGAAUGCCAGUGGAGAGAAGUCUGUCUUCAUCAGUGUUAGAGUCCUGGACUCACCUAGUGCUCCAAAUAACUUCAUGGUGAAAGAGAUUACCAAGAGCUCUGUGACUCUCACAUGGGAGCCUCCACUUCUGGAUGGUGGCUCAAAGAUUAAACAUUAUAUUGUUGAGAAGCGUGAAAGCACCAGGAAGGUUUACUCUCCCAUCACCACCUGCAACAGAAUGUCAUGGAAAAUUGAACCUCUUCCAGAGGGUGGAAUGUACUUUUUCAGAGUCCUAGCUGAGAAUGAAUAUGGCGUGGGUCUCCCUGCUAAAACAUUUGAACCAAUCAAGAUAUCUGAAAAGCCUCAGCCCCCUGGUAAAGUCAGUGUUGUUGACGUUACUUCUAGUACUGUAACCCUCUCUUGGGAGAAGCCUGUACAUGAUGGUGGCAGUAGGAUCAAUAACUAUGAAGUUGAACUCGCACCUAAGGACAGUGAAGUUUGGUCUUUGUGUGCUACUGGGAAGACGCUAGAGACAGUGGUGACAAACCUACUUAAGGGAGAAGAGUACCAGUUCAGAGUUGUUGCAGUCAAUGAAAAGGGCAAGAGUGACCCCAGACAACUGGUUCAAUCAGUUGUAGCAAAGGACCUUGCAAUUGAACCAUCUGUGAGACCUAAAGUGAGCACCUACUCUGUCCAGGUGGGCUAUGACCUCAAGAUUGAGGUCCCAGUUGCUGGUCAUCCAAAGCCAACUAUCACUUGGACCAAGGAUGGAGCUGCCCUCAAGCAGACCACCAGAGUCAAUGUCACUGACUCAGCACAAAACACCACUCUCACCAUAAAGGAUGCCACCAGAGAUGAUGGAGGCAUGUAUAGCAUCAACAUUGCCAAUGUCCUGGGAUCCAAGGAUGCCACUAUUGAGGUGAUCACCCUGGACAAGCCAGGCCCACCAACAGGCCCUGUGAAGUUGGAGGACAUCAGUGCUGAGAGUAUCACUCUUAACUGGGAACCUCCUACAUAUACAGGUGGCUGCCCAAUAUCCAACUAUGUGGUGGAGAAGAGAGACACAACCACAACUAAUUGGACGGUCGUGUCUGCCACUGUGGCCAGAACCACACUAAAAGUGGCCAAUCUGAAGACAGGUUCUGAAUACCAGUUCAGAAUUUAUGCUGAGAAUAGAUAUGGAAAGAGUUAUGCAAUUGACUCGGAGCCCGUGUUGGCACAGUAUCCAUUCCAAGAGCCUGGACCACCAGGAACGCCAUUUGUAUCUUCAUACACUAAAGACUAUAUGGUGGUUGAGUGGCACAAACCCCCAUCUGAUGGAGGUAGUGCCAUCUUAGGCUACCAUAUGGAGAGGAAAGAGAAGAACAGUAUCCUCUGGACCAAGGUCAACAAAACUCUCAUCCAAGACUGCAGAUUCAAAUCCACUCCUCUGGAGGAAGGAAUUGAAUAUGAAUACAGAGUUUAUGCAGAGAAUAUUGUUGGCAUUGGAAAAUGUAGCAAAAUCUCUGAAGUCUAUGUGGCACGUGAUCCAUGCGAUCCUCCUGGCUGUCCUGAGGCUGUGAUUGUGACCAGGCACUCAGUAACACUAAGGUGGACUCCACCAGAGUAUGAUGGUGGAAGCUUAGUUACUGGCUAUGUAGUGGAGAAACGUGAUCUCCCUGAAGGGAAGUGGAUGAAGGCCAGCUUUGCAAAUGUAAUUGUACAUGAAUUCAAAGUUACUGGCCUGACAGAAGACAGUAAAUAUGACUUCAGAAUAAUUGCAAGGAAUGCAGCUGGUGCUGUCAGCAAGCCCUCUGAGAGUACAGGAUCCAUCACAGCUAAGGAUGAAGUUGAACCUCCUAAGUGUGAGACAGAUCCUAUGUACAACCAGACCAUUGUUAUCAAUGCUGGAGAGACAUUCAGUCUGGAGGCCAGUGUGCAAGGAAAGCCCAUCCCCACAGCUCAGUGGUUCAGGGGAGAUGUUGAAGUUGAAAACUCAGCCAGAGCUGAGAUCAAAAACACAGAUUUUAAGGCUCUGCUUGUUGUGAAGGAUGCCAUUCGAGUGGAUGGUGGACAGUACACAUUGGUUCUGACUAAUGUGGCUGGAUCUAAGACUGUCCCAUUCAAUGUGAAGGUCCUGGACAGACCAGGUCCCUCUCAGGGACCUCUUACUGUCAGCAAUGUCACUGAAGAGAAGUGCUCAUUGUCAUGGCUGCCACCCAGGCACGAUGGAGGAGGUAACAUUUCUCACUACAUCAUCCAGAAGAGAGAAACCAGCCGCCUGGCAUGGACUGUAGUGUCCAGUGACUGUGGAGCUACCAUGAUUAAAGUUACCAAGCUAUUGAAGGGCAAUGAGUACAUCUUCAGAGUUUUGGCUGUCAACAAAUAUGGCGAUGGUGAGCCUCUUGAAUCAGCACCAGUUAUCAUGAGAAAUCCAUUUGUUACUCCUGGCUCACCUAAGGAGCUUGAGAUCACCAAUAUUACCAGGGACUCCAUGACUGUCUGUUGGAACCGCCCUGACACCAAUGGAGGCAGUGAGAUUGUUGGUUACAUUGUUGAGAAGAGAGACAGAGCUGGAGUAAGGUGGACCAAGUGCAACAAACGUAGAGUGACAGAUUUGCGUUUCAGAGUAACAGGGCUGACUGAGGACCAUGAAUAUGAAUUCAGGGUAUCUGCUGAGAAUGUAGCUGGAGCGGGUCAGCCAAGCCCAGCUACCCCCUACCUCAAAGCCUGUGACCCCACAUUUGAACCAGGCUCUCCCACCAAUGGCCAUGUGGUUGACACAACCAAAGACUCCAUAUCUCUGGCCUGGCACAGGCCUAUAUAUGAUGGUGGCUGUGACAUUCAAGGCUAUGCUGUAGAAAUAACCAAGGCUGAUGAGGAGGAAUGGACAAUAUGCACCCCACCAUCUGGAGUAAAAGCCACUAAGUUUACUGUCACCAAGUUGAUUGAGCACCAGGAAUACAAAGUGCGCAUCUGUGCAAUCAACAAACUGGGUGUUGGUGAGCCCACUGAGGUCCCUGGAGUUGUGAAACCUAUUGAUAAGAUUGAUCCUCCAGAGAUGAUUUUGGAUUCAGAGCUCAGGAAGGGAAUAGUUGUCCGUGCAGGAGGCUCAAUGAGAAUCUGCAUUCCAUUCAAAGGUCGUCCAUCUCCAGAGAUUUGCUGGGCCAAGGAGAGUGGAGAAAUGCCUAGUAAGGUUCAGAUUGAGACUGGUGAAGACUAUACACAGCUCUCCAUUGACAUCUGUGACAAGUAUGAUGCUGGUAAAUAUAUCCUGAACUUGGAAAAUAGCGCUGGCACCAAAUCAGCCUUUGUCUCUGUCAAAGUUCUGGACACUCCAGGUGCUCCUCUGAAUCUCAUAGUAAAGGACAUUAAGAGGGAAAGUGUCACUCUGACCUGGGAACCUCCUCUUAUUGAUGGUGGUGCAAGAAUAAAGAAUUACCUGGUUGAAAAGCGCGAGUCCACCAGGAAGGUUUAUUCUAAUGUGGACAAUAAGUGCACUAAGACAAGUUACCAUAUUACUGGCCUCACUGAGGGAACAAUCUACUAUUUCAGAGUCUUAGCUGAAAAUGAAUUUGGCGUGGGACAGCCAGUUGAGACAGAAGGCGCAGUUAAGACUUCUGAGCCUCCUCUGCCUGUUGGUAAGGUCACUUUGACUGGUGUGACCAAAACCACUGCCUCACUCUCCUGGGAGAAGCCAGUACACGAUGGAGGCAGCAGGAUCAUAGGCUACUACAUUGAAAUGCAGCCUGUGGGCUCAGAGGAAUGGAUGGUGGUCACCACAGCCAAAACCUGUGAAAGCACUGUCACAGGCCUCAGUGCAGGACAUGAGUACCUGUUUAGAGUAUUAGCUUUCAAUGAAAAGGGUAAAAGUGACCCCAGGUCUCUGGCUGCACCAGUCACUGCUAAAGAUGUGACUAUGGCGCCCAGUUUCAAGAUGUCAUUCAACACUUACAGUUUGCAGCAUUGUGAUGAUCUGAAGAUUGAGAUACCAGUUAUUGGACGCCCGGUUCCCAAGGUUGAAUGGAAGAAGGAUGGACAUGCUCUUAAGGAGACAACCAGACUUAAUGUAUCCAGGACACCAUCAUCCACUAAGCUGUUUAUCAAGGAUACUAAUAAGGAUGACUCUGGCAAAUACACCGUCACAGCCACCAAUAAUGUGGGAACAGCUACAGAGGAGAUUACUGUUAUUAUUCUAGAUAAGCCUGGUCCACCCACUGGCCCUGUGAAGAUUGAGGAAGUGAGCUCUGAUUAUGUCGCUCUAGCCUGGGAACCACCACAGUAUACUGGAGGCUGUCAGAUCAACAACUACAUUGUGGAGAAGAGAGACACCACCACAACAGCAUGGCACAUUGUAUCUGCUACUAUUGCCAGGACAACCAUCAAAGUCAGCAAGUUGAAGACUGGAGUUGAAUAUCAAUUCAGAGUGUCUGCAGAGAAUAGAUAUGGAAAGAGUUCUGCUAUUGUCUCUUCUACUGUUGUUGCUCAGUAUCCAUUCAGUGAACCUGCUGCCCCAGGAACACCAAUUAUUUCUGCUGCAACCAAGGAUAACAUGGUGGUUGAGUGGCAACCUCCCACCAACAAUGGAGGCAGCCCCAUCCUGGGCUAUCAUCUGGAAAGAAAGGAGAAGAACAGCCUCUUGUGGACUAAACUAAACAAGCUUCUAAUCCCAGAUGCACGCUUCAAGACCACAGAGUUGGAAGAGGGUAUUGAGUAUGAAUUCAGAGUUUAUGCUGAAAACAUUGCUGGAAUCAGUCCAGCGAGCAAAGUCUCUGAGAGCACAGUAGCUAGGGACCCUUGUGACCCACCAGGUACUCCUGAGGCUAUUGAAAUCACCAGAAACCAUGUUACCCUCCAAUGGACCAGGCCCGAGUAUGAUGGAGGCAGUGCAAUCACUGGUUACAUGGUUGAGAGGAGGAAGAGCCCAGAUAACCGAUGGAUGAAGGCCAGCUUCGCCAAUGUCAUUGAUACUCAGUUCACAGUUACUGGUCUGACUGAAGAUUGUGUUUAUGAGUUCAGAAUAGUUGCCAAGAAUGCAGCUGGCAUCAACAGUCGUCCUUCUCAGACUACAGGAGAAAUUACUGCCAAAGAUGAAAUUGAGGCUCCAGAGGCCACUAUGGAUUCUAAAUUCAAGGAUCUAACUAUUGUCCAUGCUGGUGAGACAUUUGUCAUUGAUGCUGAAUAUACAGGCAAGCCAAAUCCUGAGGUCAUUUGGUUGAAGGAUGGAAAGGAGGUUGACAAAACCACACAAAGAAUGGAGGUCAAGACCACUCUUACACAUACCAUCUUGACAGUGAAGGAGUGCAUCAGAUUGGAUGGUGGCCACUAUGUCCUCAAACUCAUCAAUGUGGGGGGAGUCAAGAUGGUCCCAGUUAAUGUUAAAGUUCUGGAUAGACCGGGUCCUCCAGAUGGCCCACUAGAGGUUAAAGGAGUCACAGCUGAGAAGUGUUAUCUGCACUGGAACCAUCCCUUACAUGAUGGUGGAGCCAGCAUCUCUUACUACAUCAUUGAGAAGAGAGAGACCAGUCGCUUGUCAUGGACAGUGGUUGAGCCCAAGAUCCAAGCUAUCAGCUACAAAAUCACAAAACUGCUGCCUGGUAAUGAAUACAUCUUCAGAGUCACUGCUGUAAAUAAAUAUGGUGUUGGUGAGCCACUGGAAUCUGAGCCUGUAAUUGCUCGUAAUCCCUUCACCAUUCCCAGUGCCCCUUCCACUCCAGAGGCCGGCAUCAUCACCAGGGACUCCAUUGUGCUUACCUGGGAGAGACCAGAGGAUAAUGGAGGAGCUGAGAUUGAAGGAUAUGUACUUGAAAAACGUGAUAAGGAUGGCAUCAGAUGGAAUAAGUGCAACAAGAAGAGGCUGAACGACAUAAGAUUCAGAUGCACUGGUCUCACACAGGGCCACUCUUAUGAAUUCAGGGUCUCAGCUGAAAAUGCUGCUGGUGUGGGAAAGCCCAGUGCACCAACUCAAUAUAUUAAGGCCUGUGAUGCCACUUACCCACCAGGACCUCCAAAUAACCCCAAGGUCACUGACCAUUCCAGUACUACAGCCUCCCUGUCCUGGUCCAGGCCUAUCUAUGAUGGCGGAGCAGUGAUCAGUGGAUAUAUUAUUGAAAUGAAGGAGGCAGGAGAUGAUGAGUGGGUAAUUUGCACACCACACACUGGUGUCCAGGCAACUCACUACACUGUAAAGCAACUGAAGGAGAAUGCGGAGUACAACUUCCGCAUAUGUGCUGUUAACUGUGAGGGAAUGGGUGAGCAUGUGGACCUGCCUGGGUCUGUUAUUGCUGCUGAGAAGACGGAGACUCCUGAAAUUGAAUUAGACGCUGAUCUGAGGAAGAUGGUCAAUAUUCGUGCAUCUUCUACCCUGCGUCUGUUUGUCACAAUCAAAGGAAAGCCUGAGCCUGAGGUCAGAUGGUCAAAGGCAGAUGGAACUCUGAAUGAGCGUGCCCAGAUUGAAGUUACAAGCUCCUAUACAAUGUUGGUCAUUGAGAAUGUUGACAGAUUUGACACUGGCAAAUAUGUGCUAACCCUUGAGAACCUCAGUGGCUCUAAAUCUGCCUUCAUAAAUGUCAGAGUUCUGGACUCCCCCAGUGCUCCUACCAACCUAGAGGUGAAGGAUGUGAAGAGAGUUUCUGUCUCUCUCUCUUGGGAGCCUCCACUUAUUGAUGGUGGGGCUAAGAUAUCACAUUAUAUUGUAGAGAAGAGAGAGCCGAAGAGAAUGGCUUUCACCAGUGUUUGUACCAAUUGUGUGAGGAACUCUUAUAUUAUCUCUGACCUGCAGGAGGGUGGCAUGUAUUAUUUCCGUGUGCUGGCUGUCAAUGAGCUGGGAGUAGGUCUGCCUGCCACCACAGAUCAAGUCAAGGUUUCCGAGGCUCCUUUGCCUCCUGGUAAAGUUGUAUUGGUUGAUGUGACUCGUCAAUCUGUUACACUUUCCUGGGAGAAACCUGACCAUGAUGGAGGUAGCAAGAUUACAAAAUACAUUGUGGAAAUGCAGCCCAAGGGAGAUGACAAAUGGACUGUGUGUAGUGAGGUUAAAGCUCUGGAAGCUACUAUUGAUGGACUCACAACUGGAGAGGAAUAUUCCUUUAGGGUCACUGCUGUGAAUGAUAAGGGCAAGAGUGAUGCCAAGCCUCUAGCUUCCCCAGUGGAGGUGAAGGAUAUAACAGUUAAACCAAUCAUCAACCUGCUGUUCAACACAUACAGCGUAAAAGCAGGGGAUGACCUGAAGAUUGAUGUUCCCUUCAAAGGCAGACCUCAGCCUGUGGUGGAGUGGAAGAAGGAUGGACACGUGCUAAAGCAGACUACCAGGGUCAAUGUUCUCAAUUCUAAGACCUCAUCAAAGGUUGUCAUCAAGGAUGCAACCAAAGAGGACAAAGGAAAAUAUGAAAUUAUUCUAACUAAUGCAAUUGGCACAGAGACGGCUGAAAUCUCUGUUAUAAUCCUGGACAAACCUGGGCCACCCAGCAACAUCAGGGUGGAUGAGGUGAGCGCUGACUUCAUCUCUCUGUCUUGGGACCCUCCAACCUAUGAUGGUGGAUGCCAGAUAAACAACUAUGUUGUAGAGAAGAGAGACACUACUACAACCACAUGGCACAUUGUCUCAGCCACAGUUGCCAGGUCAUCAAUCAAGGUGCCUCGUCUCAAUCAGGGAACAGAAUACCAGUUCCGUAUUGCAGCUGAGAACCGUUAUGGCAAGAGUCAUGCUAUUGAUUCCUCACCUAUUGUUGCUCAGUAUCCCUUUGAGCCUCCUGGCCCACCAACUAGCCUCAAUGUUGCUCAUGCCACCAAGACUGGAAUGCUUGUGGAAUGGGGGAAACCAGCCAGUGAUGGUGGAAGCCCUGUAAUAGGCUAUCACAUUGAGUGCAAAGAGCAAAGCAGUAUCCUGUGGAGCAAGGUCAACAGAGGUCUUCAUGCUGAGAAUCAAUUUAAGAUGACAGGUAUUGAAGAAGGCCUGCUAUAUCAGUUCAGAGUCUAUGCUGAGAAUAUGGCUGGCAUUGGUCCAUGCACUAAGGCCAGUGACCCUGUGGCAGCCAGGGACCCAUGUGAUCCUCCACGUAACAUAAGAGUCACCAACAUUACAAGGACAUCAGUUUCCCUCUUCUGGGAGAGGCCAGAGUAUGAUGGCGGAGCAAAGAUCACUGGCUACAUUGUUGAACGUAAAGAGAUUCCUAAUGGACGCUGGCUGAAAUGCAACUUCACCAACCUGCAAGACACCUACUUUGAUGUCACAGGCCUCACAGAAGAUGUCCAAUAUGAUUUCCAUGUUAUCGCUAAGAAUUCUGCUGAGCUAUUGAGUGCUCCUUCAGAGAAUACAGGACCUGUCACAGUCAAAGAUGAUGUAGACCCCCCCACUAUUAUCCUGGAAGAUAAAUUAAGACAGCUGGUUGUCAUCAAAGCAGGAGACAUAAUUAGAAUUGAUGCUGAAAUCACUGGCCGUCCCCUACCUGUGGUCUCAUGGUCUAAGGAUGGAAAGGAGAUUGAGGCCAAGGCCAGGUGUGAAAUCACUUCCACCCACUUCACAACCACACUGAUUGUCAGAGAUGCUAUCAGGAGGGACUCUGGGCAGUAUGUCCUGACCCUGCACAAUGUAGGAGGAACCAGGUCUGUGGCUGUAAACUGUAAGGUUUUGGACAGGCCUGGACCUGCUUCAGGACCUUUGGCAGUGUCUGGCCUCACAGCAGAGAAAUGUACCAUAACCUGGGGACCUCCUCAGGAAAAUGGUGGUGCUGAAAUCAUGCACUAUAUUGUUGAGAAACGUGAGACCAGUCGCCUAGCUUGGACUCUUGUCUAUGGUGACAUGAAGGCCACCACCUGUAAAGUCACAAAGCUGCUCAAAGGAAAUGAGUACAUCUUCAGAGUAAGGGGAGUCAACAAAUAUGGGGAUGGUGAGGCCUUGGAGAGUGACCCAACGCAGGCCAUGGAUCCAUUCACUGUCCCUGCUGCUCCCACUAAUGUCCAGGUCACUGCAGUUACAAGUGAGGCAAUGACCAUCUGUUGGGAGAGACCAGAAUCUGAUGGUGGCAGCAGUAUUUCUAGUUAUGUAAUUGAAAAAAGAGAAAAGACUGGCCUUCGCUGGGGCCGUGUUAACAAGAAACCUGUUUACGAUCUCAGAGUCAAAGCCUCACGUCUCCGUGAGGGUGCUUCAUAUGAGUAUAGAGUGUUUGCAGAGAAUGCUGCUGGCCUCAGUGCUCCUAGCAUUCCCUGCCCACUCACCAAGGCUGAAGAUCCACAGUUCCUGCCUUCACCUCCUGCUAAGCCGAAGAUCAUCGACUCUACAAAGACCACAGUGACUCUGUCAUGGAAUAAACCCCUAUUUGAUGGUGGAGCACCUGUGACUGGUUACAGAGUAGAAUACAGAAAGACUUUAGAUGAUGAAUGGAUUGUUGGGGUCCAUAACACCAAGAACACAGAGUUUACAGUGGUGGGAUUGACUCCAGGGGCUGAAUAUGUGUUUGUUGUCAAGUCUAUCAAUAAGAUUGGAGUUAGUGAGCCUAGUACUGAGUCAGAUGAACAGGUGGCCAAAGAAAGAGAGGAGGAGCCUGUCUUUGACAUUAGCAAUGAGAUGAGGAAGACUCUUAUUGUGAAGGAUGGUAGCUCAUUCACUAUGACUGUGCCCUUCAGAGGCAAACCCAUUCCCACUGUGGCAUGGACGAAGCCUGACGUUGACUUAAGAGUUCGUGCUGUCAUUGACACCACAGACACUUUCACCUCCAUCACCUUAGAGAAAGCCACCCGCGACGACUCUGGCAAAUACACUGUCACUUUGUCCAAUGUGGCUGGAACCUCAUCCUUGAGCCUCAAUGUCAGAGUCCUAGACUCGCCUGGGCCUCCUACACAUGUGGAGGUCAAGGAAGUGACCAAGACCUCUGCCACUGUCCACUGGGACACUCCUGAGAAUGAGGGCGGCGGACCAGUGAAGAACUACCUUGUUGAUAUUCGUGAGGCCAGCAAGAAAGGCUGGACAAGGUUGACUGACACAUGCCACAGACUGACAUACAAGGUGUCAGACCUGCAAGAAGGAGGAGUUUACUACUUCAGGGUUACAGGCGAAAAUGAGUAUGGCAUUGGUAUUCCUGCUGAGACCAUUGAUGGAACCAAGAUCACAGAAAAACCAAGCCCACCACCAAAACUGGGUGUGACUGAUGUGACCAAGGAGAGUGUGUCCCUGGCUUGGGCCAAACCAGAACAAGAUGGCGGCAGCAGAAUUACUGGCUACCUGGUGGAAGCUUUGGAGAAAGGCCAGGAGAAGUGGGUCAAGUGUGGUGUAACCAAAUCUAUCCACCUUACAGUGUCUGGUCUGAGGGAGAAUGCUGAAUACUUCUUCAGAGUCAGAGCUGAGAACCAUGCUGGAUAUAGUGACAUUAAGGAAAUGAUCACUCCUGUCAUGAUCAAAGACCAUCAUGAAUCUCCUGAGAUCAACAUGAAGGAUUUCCCCCAUAACACAGUAUAUGUCAGAGCUGGCUCCACACUCAAGUGUGAGAUCCCGCUUACAGGCCAGCCAUUACCAAAGGUGUCCCUGUCCAAGGAUAAUGUUUUGCUCAAGUCAACAAUGAGGUUCAACUCUGAAGUCACUACUGAUAGCAUCAAGAUCACUUUGCGUGAGAGCAUUGCUAAAGACUCAGGGCGCUACGAUAUCAUUGCUUCCAACUCUAGUGGCACCACAAAGUCGUUUAUAAAUAUUGUGGUUUUGGAUUGCCCCAGUGCUCCUCAGGGACCUGUGGAGUUGUAUGACAUCACAGAGGACAGUGUCAGCCUGAGGUGGCUCCCACCAGCAUAUGAUGGUGGCAGCCCCAUCACCAAUUACAUCAUCCAGAAGAGAGAGACAACCACAGCCAACUGGAUGGACAUCUCCUCUGCUGUGGCCCGCUGUACAAUGAAGAUCAUGAAGUUGACCACUGGCCUGGAAUACCAGUUCAGAAUCAGGGCUGAGAACAGAUAUGGAAUCAGUGAACAUAUUGACUCACCAACUGUCACUGUCAGUCUUCCUUACACUAUUGCUGAUGCACCAGCAACUCCAGAGAUCACUGCUGUAACCAGGGAGACUAUUACUGUUGCAUGGAAGGAGCCCAAAUCAGAUGGUGGCAGCCAUGUGUUUGGCUACCAUCUCCAGAUGAAAGACCGGAAUAGUAUCCUGUGGCAAAUAGUCAACAAAAUGGUGAUCCGUGCUACACACUUUAAGGUCACCAACAUCAAUGCUGGACUCAUUUAUGAGUUCAAGGUGGCAGCAGAGAAUGCUGCUGGAAUCAGUGCCUUCAGCAAGGUUUCUGAUGCAGUGCUGGCUAUUGAUGCCUGUGAACCACCCAUUAGCCUGCGCAUCAGCGACAUCACCAAGAACUCCAUUAGCCUGGCCUGGCAGAAGCCCAACUUUGAUGGUGGAUCCCCAAUCACAGGCUACCUUAUUGAAAAGAGAGAGGGAGACAGUGACAAGUGGUCCAAGGCUAAUCUCACCAACAUCACUGACACACGCUUCACUGUUACUGGUCUGACCCAAGAUGCAACAUAUGAGUUCAGAGUCAUGGCCAAGAAUGCUGUUGGCUCAGUGAGCAACCCAUCCAUAAUCGCUGGACCAGCUACAUGUGUAGACACCUAUGGUGCCCCAGAGAUUGAAAUACCUCAGGAGUAUCUCAACGAGGUAAAGCACAGGGCCGGCUCUAAUGUGGAGCUCAAGUUUAACAUGACAGCUAAACCUGCUCCCACUAUUGAGUGGUUCAAGGAUGGUAUAGAGCUGAAGACCAGCGGCCAGCUGUCCUUCAAACACACAUUUGAAUCCACCAGUUUGUUCGUGAGGGAAACCACCCGUCUGAACUCUGGAAACUAUGAGGUUAGGGUGAAAAACUCCCUGGGAUCUACCUGUGCCAAUGUCAGACUGCUCAUCCAAGACAAGCCAGGCCCCCCUGCCGGAGAAAUUCAGUUUAAGAAGGUGACAGCUGACAACGUCACCAUCAUGUGGACUCCGCCUGCUGAUGAGGGUGGCGCUAUGGUGACCCAUUACAUUGUGGAAAAGAGAGAGACCAGCAGGGUCAUGUGGUCUAUUGUCUCAGAGAAACUGGUUGACUGCAUCGUUAACGUGCCAAGGCUAAUCCAGGGCAAUGAGUACAUCUUCAGAGUGCGCGGAGUCAACAAGUAUGGCAUUGGAGACCCACUGGAGUCUGAGCCCAUUAUCGCCAAGAAUGCUUUUGUUCCUCCCAGUGAGCCAUCGAAGCCUCAAGUUACCAUGAUAACUAAAUCCACCAUGACAGUGAUCUGGGAAAGACCAGCAUUGGAUGGAGGCAGUGACAUUGAUGGCUACUACCUGGAGAAGAGGGAAAAGAGAAGUCUACAGUGGUUCAAGGUGGUGAAGGGCACUAUUAGAGACACCAGACAGAAGGUCACCAACCUUGUGGAGAACAAUGAAUACCAGUACAGAGUCUGUGCUGUCAACAAGGCUGGAGCAGGAAACUACUCUGAGCCCUCUGAGCUCUACAAUGCCUAUGACCCCAUUGAUCUGCCUGGUGAGCCAUCCAAGCUACAUGUAGUCGACUCCACAAAGACAUCAAUCACCCUCGGCUGGGAGAAGCCUGUCUAUGAUGGUGGCAGUAAGAUCACACACUACAUUUUGGACCAAAUGAACACAGAGGAAAGAGAAUGGGUGACUAUCAACCCACAGGUCAAAGCCUGUGAGUAUGUGGUGCCACAUCUCAAACCUGGAAAUUACUACUUCUUCCGAGUCUAUGCUGUCAACUGCAAGGGCAAAGGAGAAGACAUCAAGAUGUACCAGCCUGUGCAAGCCAAAGAUAUCCUGGAGGAGGCUGAUUUGGACUUGGACGUUCCUAUGACGACUCAGUACACAGCCAGAGCUGGCCGUGAUGUGGAGGUAUUUAUUCCCCUGAAGGGACGCCCCACACCCAACGUCACCUGGCGCCGUGGAGACCGUAACAUAGCGGGUGACAAUCGCUACGCCAUUACAAGCACUGAGCGUGCCACUACCCUUAUUAUUCCCAAGGUCACCCGUGAUGACUGCGGAAAGUACUUGCUGGAGAUUGAGAAUGGUGUGGGAGAAUCCAAGAUUAUUACAGUUUCCUUGAAGGUUCUGGACAGUCCUUCUACCUGUCAGAAAAUGAUGAUAAAGAAUGUGACAAGAGGAAAGUUGACACUCAGCUGGGAGGCUCCUCUAAUCGACGGCGGAUCCCCUGUCACUAAAUACAUUGUGGAGAAAAAGGCCUCCACCAUGAAGGCUUACCAAGUGAUUACUGAUGAGUGUGCCAACACAAGUUACAAGGUGUCAGACCUGGAGGAGAAUGUGGCUUACUUCUUCCGUGUGUCAGCUGAAAAUGAAUAUGGUGUCGGCGAUACUUGCGAGACCACUGAUCCUGUUAGAGCCACGGAGACUCCUGGAGCUGUUAAAAACCUGGUGAUGGAGGACUCCACAAAGACCUCUGUUACUCUGCAAUGGACCAGACCUGACCACGAUGGUGGCAGUCACAUCAAUGACUACAUAAUUGAAAAGAGAACCGAGGAAGACCCAACCUGGACUUUGGGCGCAACAUGCAAACGGUGCAGCUGUGAGGUGACAGGACUAAAGGAGAACACUGUAAUGGACUUCAGAGUCUUUGCCCAGAAUGAGAAGGGUAGAAGUGACUUCUCCCAGAUUGGUCCAAUUACAGUAAUGGACUUCAUCAUACCACCUGAGGCCAGUCUAACUGACUAUCUUAAUGGAUUGGCUGUUCGUAUUGGUCAAAACAUCCACAUUGAGCUGCCCUUCAAAGGUAAACCAAAGCCUGCAAUCAGCUGGCUGAAGGAUAAUUUGCCUUUGAAGGAGAGUGAUAAGGUUCGCUUUAGGACCACUGACAACAAGACUGCAGUCACAGUUAGAGGAGCCAUGAAGGAGCACGCCGGACAGUACACCUUGGUUCUGGACAACAGGGUCAUCAAGAACUACUUUGACAUUAAUGUCAUCACUCAGGGACCCCCCUCUGUGCCUGUUGGUCCCAUACGCUUUGAUGAGAUUAAAGCUCAGAAUGUUGUUAUCUCCUGGGACGAGCCCAAGGAUGAUGGAGGUGGUGAGAUCACUUGCUACAGUGUAGAGAAGCGUGAGACUUCCCAUGCCAACUGGAAGAUGGUUUGCUCCAGUGUUGUAAGGACAACCUUCAAGAUUCCCAACUUGGUCAAGGGAACAGCGUACCAGUUUAGAGUCCGUGCAGAGAACAAGUUCGGAGUCAGUGAACCACUCAACUCCUCAGAAAUUGUCGCCCAGCACCAGUACAAUCCUCCAGGACCUCCAUCAAAGCCUGUGGCUUACAAUAUCACCAGUGAUGGUAUGACCAUUAAGUGGGAGGCUCCAGACUUUGAUGGAGGAUCUCCCAUUCUGGGCUACCAUGUAGAGAAGAAGGACAGGAACAGUCUUCUGUGGCAGAAAGUGAACUCCACCAUCAUCUCCAACAGAGAGUAUAGGAUCAUUGGUCUCAUUGAGGGUCUGGAGUACUCCUUCAGAGUCUAUGCUGAGAACAAUGCUGGACUCAGCUCUGUUAGCGAACAGAGCAAGCACGCUCUCGCUAUCUCCCCUGUUGACCCACCUGGCACACCUGUCUGCAUCGAUGUGACAAGAGACUCCGUCACCCUAAAAUGGGACAUACCCAAGAGGGAUGGAGGCAGCAAGAUUGUGGCCUACAGUGUUGAGAGGCGCCAAGGCAGAGGCAAAUGGCUACGGUGCAACUUCAUUGAUAUUAGUGAGACGCAGUUUACGGUGACCGGUCUGUUCCCUGGGGAAAGAUAUGAGUUCAGAGUUAUCGCAAGGAAUGCUGUAGCCACAGUCAGUCCACCAUCUAAUUCCUCUGGACACAUUAUGACCAAGGAUGAGAGCAUUGCUCCUGAGAUCGAAUGGUCUGCAGAUCAGAUACUCUCCCUGAAGGCUGGAGAGAACGUCAACCUCAGCUGCAGCAUAACCGGACGCCCUGUCCCCCAGGUUGUCUGGUACAAGGAUGGCAAAGAGAUUGACAAGAGGACCAUGAUUGACAUUGAGGUUACCACUGACAUUGGCACUAGCAGCCUGUUUAUCCGUGAUGCAAACAGGAACCACCGUGGCAUCUACACGGUUGAAGCCAGGAACAGUUCUGGUGCUAAGAAAGCUGAUGUCAAUGUUAGAGUACAAGAUACCCCUGGGCCUGUUGAGGGUCCCAUUCGUUUCACGGGCAUCACAGCUGAGAAGUGCACCGUGUGGUGGAACCCUCCUGAGAAUGAUGGUUGUGCUGCCAUCAUCCACUAUGUGGUGGAGAAGAGGGAGACAUCCAGGAUCUCCUGGGCCAUGGUCAACUCCAAGUGCGAAGCCUGCUCUUUCAACGCCACCAACCUUAUCAAGGGCAAUGAGUACCAGUUCAGAAUCUCUGCUGUAAACAAGUUUGGAGUUGGCAAACCCCUGGACUCCAUUCCUAUCAUUGCACAAAUGCAAUACACUGUGCCUGAUGCCCCUGGUACCCCUGACGCCACUCAUGUGACCGGAAACAGCAUCACUCUAUGUUGGACCAGGCCACGGUCAGAUGGAGGCCAUGAGAUCAGACACUACAUCCUGGAAAGAAGAGAAAAGAAGAGUCUGCGCUGGGUGAAGGUUUCUGCUAAGAGGCCCAUCACAGAGCUAAGGCACCGUGUCACCAACCUCACUGAGGGCAAUGAGUAUGAAUUCCGUGUCAUGGCUGAAAAUGGUGCUGGUGUUGGAUCAGCUAGCAGUACCUCCAGGCUCUUCAAAUGCAGAGAGCCAACCAGUGCUCCCAGUGCCCCCUCAAUGGUCAAGGUGCUUGACUCUACCAAAUCUUCAGUCACCCUGGAAUGGACCAAGCCAGUCUUUGAUGGCGGCAUGCAGAUCAUCGGCUAUAAUAUUGAUAUGUGCAAGGCCAGCCUUGAAGAGUGGCACAGAGUAAACAACCAGAUUUGUAUCGACACCAGAUACACUGCCAAGGGCCUAGUGCCUGGAGAACUCUACAAGUUCAGGGUCAGUGCAGUGAAUGGAUCUGGCGAGGGCGAGACCUCAGUGUUGCCUAAUGCUGUCCAGGCUCUGGACAGACUUACAUCUCCUGAGAUCGACAUUGAUGCCAACUUCAAGCAGACUCACAUUGUGAAAAAUGGUGGCAGCGUCACCCUCCACAUUGCCUUCUGUGGCAAACCAGCUCCUCUUGCCACCUGGACCAAAGUAGACAGCGAGCUGCCUGUCAUGGCCGACAUCAACACCACAGAUUCUUUCUCUACUCUGACCAUCGAGAACUGCACUAGGUAUGAGGCUGGCAAAUAUACCCUGUCCCUGGAGAACAACAGCGGGCGCAAGUCCAUCACAUUCACUGUCAAAGUGCUAGACACGCCUGGACCUCCAGGAGAUAUCACCUUCAAAGAUGUUACCCGUGGAGCUUUGUCAUUAAUGUGGGAUGCACCCACUAAUGAUGGUGGGGCCAGGAUUCACCACUAUAUUGUUGACAAACGAGAGGCUAGCCGCUUGGCCUGGCAGGAAGUCAGCACCAAGUGCUCUCGUCAGAUGAUCAGGGUAACUGGUCUGGAUAUUGGUGUGCCAUAUCUGUUCAGAGUGAUUGCUGUUAACCAGUAUGGCCAGGGAGAGCCUCAUGAAAUGACGGAGCCCAUCAUUGCCACAGAAGAACCUGCACCACCCAAGAGACUGGAUGUUGUUGACACCACCAACUCCACAGCCUCCCUGGUGUGGUUGAAGCCUGAGCAUGAUGGAGGAAGCCGUAUCAGAGGCUACAUUGUUGAAUUCAGAGCCAAAGGCACCGACCGCUGGUUUGUCAGCGGAGAAACCAAGUCUCAAAAGAUGCUGGUGGAGGGUCUGAUUGAGAACACAGAGUAUGAUUUCAGAGUCAAGGCCAAGAAUGAUGCUGGAAUCAGUGAACCUCAGGGCACAUUCGGCUCUGUGGUCAUCAAGGAGCCUCGCAUUGAGCCCACAGCCGACCUCAGCAGCAUUACCAACCAGCUCAUCACCUGCAAGCUCUCAAACACCUUCACCAUUGACAUCCCAAUCAGUGGAAGGCCUGCUCCCAAAGUCGGCUGGAAGUUGGAGGAGAUGAAGCUGAAGGAGAAUGACAGAGUUUCUAUUAAGACCACGAAGGAGAGAACCACUCUAGUUGUGAAAGACAGCAAGAGAAGCGACAGUGGCAAGUACUACAUGACUCUGGAGAACGCUGCUGGAGUGAAGACAUUCACAGUGACCGUGGUUGUGGUGGGUAGACCAAGCCCUCCCACUGGCCCUGUUGAAAUUUCUGGAGUCUCAUCAGAGUCCUGCACCUUGUCCUGGUCCGAGCCAGCUGAUGAUGGUGGCACUGACAUCACCAACUACAUUGUGGAAAAACGAGAGUCUGGCUCUGCAUCCUGGCAAGUAGUCAACUCCAGUGUGAAGAGAACCACCAUCAAAGUGACCCAUCUUACCAAGUAUAUGGAGUACACUUUCAGAGUGUGUGCUGAAAACAAGUUUGGUGUCAGCAAGUCUGUUGAGUCAACUGCUGUUGUCAUUGAACAUCCAUUUAUUGCUCCAAGUCCUCCUACUCGUCCAGAUGUGGUAUAUGUGUCCGCCAACGUCAUCAGCAUCAAAUGGGACGUGCCAUAUGCCGAUGGUGGUAGCCAGGUGACGGGCUAUUGGAUUGAGAAGAAGGAGAGGAACACGAUCCUCUGGGUGAGGGAGAAUAAGCUCCCCUGUCUGGAGUGCCACUACAAGGUGUCCAGCCUGAUCGAGGGCCUGGAGUACCAGUUUAGGGUUUAUGCCAUGAACAUCGCCGGACUCAGCAAGGCCAGCGAGGCCUCUAGACCCGUACUAGCACUCAAUCCUGUCGAUCCUCCUGGUAAACCUGAGGUGACAGACAUCACACGCUCCUCUGUGUCCUUGUGCUGGACUGUGCCUUUCAAUGAUGGCGGCAGCAAGAUUGUUGGUUAUGUGGUAGAGAGGAAAGUCUACAGCACAGACGAAUGGGAUGACAACCGCUGGCUCAAGUGCAAUUACACCACCAUAUCAGAGAACUACUUCACCGUUACCAACCUGGGAGAAGGAGACACCUUUGAGUAUCACAUCAUUGCCAAGAAUGCCGCUGGUGUUCACAGUGCACCAUCCGAGUCCACUGGACCAGUCACAUGCAAAGAUGAAUUUUCUCCUCCCAAAGCGGAAUUGGACUACAAAUUGACGAGCGAGACGGUCAUUGUCAAUGCUGGCUCUGACCUUGUCCUGGAUGGCGCUGUGGGCGGUAAACCUGAACCCACGGUAUACUGGGCAAAGGGCGACAAGAUUCUGGAGCUUGGAGAAAAACACUCACUGACCUACACUGCUACCAGAGCCAUGGUUGUCAUCAAGAACUGUGAUCGUUAUGACACAGGCAGAUACAACCUGACAGUCAAAAAUGCCAGCGGAGUCAAGACAGCCUCCGUCAAUGUUAAAGUGCUGGACACUCCUGGGGCUCCGGCUGAUAAGAUCACGAUCAGCAGAGUGACAGAAGAGAAGUGUUCAGUGUCCUGGAAGAUCCCUCUGGAGGAUGGUGGAGACAUCGUCACACACUACAUUGUGGAGCGGCGCGAGACCAGCCGUCUAAACUGGGUCAUCAUGGAGACAGAGUGCAAGACGCUGUCAUGCGUCAGCUCCAGGCUGAUCAAGAACAACGAGUACAUCUUCAGAGUCCGAGGAGUCAACAAGUUUGGACCCGGAGUUCCUCUGGAGUCCGACCCUGUCAUUGCCAGGAAUGCCUACACAAUCACAUCCCCGCCGGGAACACCAGAGGCCACAGCAGUGGGUAAAGAGCAUGUCAUCAUCGAAUGGCUGAAGCCCGAGAGCGACGGAGGCAGUGAAAUCAAAAACUACAUCGUUGAAAAACGAGAGAAGAGUAGCACCAGAUGGACCAGAGUGAAUAGGACCUACACCAUCUAUGACACCCGUCUGAAGAUCACAGGUCUUCUGGAGGGAAGCGAAUACCAGUUCAGAGUGACAGCCGUCAAUGCAGCUGGGGACAGCCGUCCAAGCGAUGCAUCACCCUACAUCCUCUGCAAAGACCCCACAUACACCCCAGCUCCUCCAUCAAUGCCUCGCAUCACAGACACCACAAAGCACAGCAUCAGUAUGACCUGGACCAGGCCUAUGUAUGAUGGUGGCUCUGAUGUCACUGGCUACGUGGUCGAUAUCCUGGAGGAGGGCAUCGAACAGUGGUACCGCGGCACCACCAAGGCUCUCAAAACCAAUGAGUAUGUGGCUACUGGACUGGCAGCCAAUAAGAAGUACAGUUUCAGGGUGGCAGCCAUCAACAAUAACGGGACUGGAGAGUUCAGCGAACCGAGCGCUGAGGUUGAACCACUGGAGAGAAUUGAAAUGCCCGACUUGGAACUGGACGAGGACUUGAAGAAGACAGUGUGUCUGCGUGCCGGAGGAACCCUGCGGCUGUUUGUGACUGUCAAUGGCCGGCCAACACCUGUGGUGGCCUGGAGGAAGAAAGGCGUGGAGCUGCAGAGCCGUGGCUAUAUCGAGACCACCGACAGCUACACCAUGCUGAUUGUGGAGAAUGUAAACCGGUACGAUGCCGGAAAAUACGUUUUGGAGGCUGAAAACCCAUCUGGCAAGAAGACCAUCACCAUCCUGGUUAAAGUCUAUGAUACUCCUGGUCCUCCAGGUUCUGUGAAGUUGAAGGACUACACCAAGGAGUCUGUCGUCAUCACCUGGGAUGUCCCAAGUAUUGAUGGUGGUGCUCAUGUCAGUAACUACAUCAUAGAGAAGCGUGAUGCCAACAUGAAGUCAUACAAAACUGUCACAACUGAGUGCAGGAAGACUCUGUUCAGGAUCACUGGCUUGGAGGAAGGCAUGCACUACUUCUUCAGAGUUCUGCCAGAGAACAUUUACGGUGUUGGCGAGCCCUGCGAGACAUCUGAGGCUGUGCUUGUGUGCGAGGUGCCAUCAGUGCCUCUGAACUUCCAUGUCGUUGAUGUCACCAAAUCGUCUGUCACACUGCAGUGGGAGAAGCCAUUGCACGAUGGUGGCAGCAAGUUGAAUGGCUAUGCCAUAGAAGCCUGUAAGGUGGGUACAGACAGGUGGAGCGCCGUGGCAACUGCCAAGGCCUCUGCUUCCAAGCAAACUAUCCAGUCCUUGGUAGAGAAUGAUCAGUACCUGUUCAGGAUCCGAGCCACCAACAGCAGGGGAGCCAGUGAGCCCGUGGACACUGUUACUCCUGUCACCAUCCAGGACAUCAAGGUGAUGCCCAAGAUUGACGUAACUGGCAUCCCUCAGAAGAUCGUACAUGUGCACCGUGGCAAACCCAUCGACCUCAACAUCCCCAUCAAGGCCCAACCACAGCCCAUCUGCUCCUGGUUCUUCGGUGGUGUCAAGCUGAAAGACAGCUUGGACCGCAUCAAAAUUGACAGCAAUGGCAAAUACACCCAUCUCGUCAUCCGUGAGACCACCAUCAAUGACACAGGAGACUACACGGUGGAGGUGAAAAAUGCAAUUGGAACGGCAACUGAGGUCAUCAAGGUUAUCAUCCUAGACAAACCCGGUAUACCAGUUGGCCCAAUGAAGAUUGAGGAGGUUGAUGGUGUGUCUGUGACAACCAGCUGGGAACCUCCGGAGAAGGAUGGAGGUGCCAAUGUCGGUGGCUACGUGGUGGAACAGCGAGAAGCCCACCGACCCGGCUGGAGCACUGUCUCAGAGUCAGUGACACGGCCCUGUUUCAAGUUCACCAGACUCACUGAGGGAACAGAGUAUGUGUUCCGUGUCGCUGCCAUGAACCGCUUCGGCAUCGGUGGCUUCCUGCAGUCCGAGGUGGUGGAGUGCAAGAGCGCCAAGACCAUCCCUGGACCUCCAAGCACACCAGAGGUGUUUGACGUCACCCAUGAAGGCAUGACCCUGACCUGGCACCCACCAGAGGACGACGGUGGCUCCACAAUUGCUGGCUACGUCAUCGAUCGUAAGGAGGCCAGUUCUGACAGGUGGCUGAGGAUCAAUAAGAACCCUGUCACCAUGACCAGAUACCGUGCCUCUGGCCUGAUUGAGGGUCUGGAGUACGAAUUCCGCAUCACAGCCAUCAACUCCAGAGGAGCUGGCAAACCUAGUGAGAGCUCUGCCGUCACUGUUGCCAUGGAUCCCAUCGAGCCCCCAGGUCCUCCACUUGAACCCAGAGUCACAGAUUCCACCAGGACUUCGGUGUCUCUGGCCUGGCUGCCUCCUGAAGAAGAAGGUGGCUCCAUCAUCACUGGUUACCUGAUCGAGAUGCAGAAGGUAGACCAGGUGGAGUGGACCCUGUGCAAUACUACACCCACCAAGAUGUGCGAGUACAUCCUCACACACAUGCCCCAGGGUGCUGAGUACAAGUUCAGAGUCAUUGCUUGCAAUGCUGGCGGUGCUGGAGAACCAGCCGAGAUUCCUGGAGUGGUUAAAGUCCAGGAGAUGCUUGAUUAUCCUGAUUACGAGCUUGACGCUAAAUACGAGGAGGGCUACGUGGUGCGGCAGGGUGGAGUCAUCUGCCUGUCUGUGCCCAUCAAAGGUAAACCCAUUCCUACAUGUAAGUGGACCAAGGACGGCCGUGACAUCUCCCACCGGGCCAUGAUCGCGACCUAUGAUGACAUCACUGAGCUUGUCAUCAAAGAGGCACACAAAGAUGACACUGGUACCUACGAUCUGGUGAUGGAGAACAAAUGUGGCAGGAAGGCUGUCUACAUCAAGGUGAGGGUGAUUGGUCGUCCUGAUGCCCCAGAAGGCCCUCUGGAGUUUGAUGACAUUCAGGCUAGAUCAGUCCGUGUCAGCUGGAGACCUCCAUCAGAUGAUGGUGGCUCCGACAUCAUGGGAUACAUCUUGGAGAGGCGGGAAGUCCCCAAGGCUGCCUGGUACACAGUGAAUGCCCGGGUCACAGAGAACUCCCUGGUGGUGAAGGGUCUGAAGGAGAAUAUUCAAUACCACUUCAGGGUCUUUGCUGAGAAUCAGUUCGGCGUCAGCAGAUCUCUCAAGUCUGAAGAGUCUGUCACACCAAAGACACCACUAUGCCCACCAGAACCUCCCAGCAAUCCACCAGAGAUUAUGGAUGUGACCAAGACCACUGUGUCUCUGUCCUGGGCCCGGCCACGGGAUGAUGGAGGCUCCCGUGUUACAGGAUACUAUGUGGAGAGGAGGGAGAUAUCGACAGAAAAGUGGGUUCGCCACAACAAAACCCACAUCACCACCACCAUGUACAAUGUCACUGGCCUCAUCCCCGAUGCAGAGUACAUGUUCAGAAUUGUGGCUCAGAACGACAUUGGACAGAGUGAGCCUGGCCCCACUUCCGAAUCUUUGGUCUGCAAAGAUCCAUUUGACAAACCUAGCCAACCAGGAGAGAUUGACAUAAUCUCCAUCACCAAAGACUGCAUUACCAUCCGUUGGCUCCGGCCUGAGCUCGAUGGCGGCAAAGAGAUCUUGGGGUACUGGAUUGAGUUUAGGCAGGCUGGAGAAAGUUCCUGGAAGAAAUGCAACAAGGAGCGCUCCAAGGACCGUCAGUUUACCAUGGGCGGCCUCAUUGAGGCCACAGAGUAUGAGUUCAGAAUCUUUGCUGAGAAUGAAACAGGACUCAGCAGACCUCGCCGCACGCCCAUGGGCAUCAAAACCAAACUGAGCGUUGGUGAGGCUCCAGCUUUGAAGGAAGAGAUUGAGGAUGUAACAACCAAGCUUGGCGAGUCUGGCACUCUGACCUGCGGCAUCAUCGGCCGACCUCUGCCUGAGAUCAAGUGGUACCGCUACGGCAAGGAGUUGAUCCAGAGCCGCAAGUACAAGAUGAGUUCAGAUGGCCGCAACCACUCACUCAGCAUCCUAACCGACGAACAGGAAGAUGAGGGCACGUACACCUGUAGGGCCAUCAAUGAAGCUGGAGAGAUUGAGACAAGCGGCAAACUGCGCCUGCAGGCAGCACCCCAGUUCCACCCUGGCUUCCCACUGAAGGAGAAGUACUUUGCCGGUGCUGGCACCAGCCUCCGCCUCCACGUCGUCUACAUUGGCCGCCCCAUUCCACAGAUAAUGUGGUUCUAUGGCAAGAAGCCUUUGAACGCAUCUGAGAAUGUGGUCAUUGAAAACACAGAAAGCUACACUCACCUGGUGGUGAGGAAUGUCCAGAGAAAGACCAAUGCUGGCCGCUACAAGGUGCAGCUGAGCAACUCAUUUGGAACUAUUGACACUGUUUUGCGGGUUGAAAUUCAAGAUAAGCCAUGCAUUCCUGAGGGCCCUGUGGUUGUUGACGCCCUGCUAAAGAGCUCAAUGGUCAUCAGCUGGAAGCCUCCCAAGGACGACGGAGGUUCCAUGAUCACCAACUAUAUUGUGGAGAAACGUAUGGCCAAAGAAGGUGAGCUGUGGCAACUGGUGUCCUCCUCUGUCUCAAGCACCACCUGCCGUGUCCCCAACCUGAUAGAGAGCGCUGGCUACUACUUCCGAGUCUCUGCACAGAACCAGUAUGGAGUCAGCGAGUCACUGGAGAUCCCCUCUGUGGUCAUCGUAAAGAGUCCAUUCGAAAAACCUGGCAUCCCACAGCAGCCUCUUAUCGUCAGUUCUACCAACAACUCCUGCAAUGUUUGCUGGAAGCCUCCAAGCAGUGAUGGUGGAGCUAAAAUCACCAACUACUACCUGGAGAAACGUGAGAAGAAGCAGAACAAGUGGAUGUCAGUGACUACUAAGAAGAUUGUAGAGACCAAAUUUGAGGUCACAGGCUUGAUCGAGGGCUUCGAGUAUGAGUUCCGUGUAAAGUGUGAGAACAUGGGUGGUGAGAGUGACUGGAGUGAAAUCUCUGAGGCCGUCAUCCCUAAGUCUGACCAGGCACCUCGGCCACCUGUCUUCAGGGAGGAGAUCAGGGACAUGACUGUCAAAUACCAUGCCAAUGCCACCUUCGUCACUAAGGUGGUAGGAUAUCCCAUGCCUGCGGUAAAAUGGUAUCGCGAUGGAAAGGAGAUCAUGGCAGAUGGAACCAAGAUCAAAGCCCAAGAAUUCAAGGGAGGCUAUUACCAGCUGAUCAUCACUGCUGCUGACGAAGGUGAUGCUGCAGUCUACCAAUUCAGAGCGACUAACUCUGAAGGAUCCGUCUCCACAACUGCCAAACUGGAAGUGGAAGUUCCUGCUAAGAUUCACUUGCCCAAGGAGCUCCAGGGAAUGGGAGCAGUCCACGCUGUACGUGGUGAUCACAUCACCAUCAAGAUCCCCAUCACUGGCAAACCUGAACCAGCAGUCAUAUGGCAGAAGGGUCAGGAGAUCCUCUCCAACUCUCCUCAUCACCAGGUCAUCACCACACGGUCUUUCACUUCCCUGGUCUUCCAGAAGGGAGUGCAGAGGAAAGAUAAUGGCUACUACAUCAUCACUGCCAAGAACAGGUUCGGAAUGGACAAACAAACCAUUGAGGUGGACGUGGCUGACAUUCCGGAAGCUCCACAGGGACUCAAAGUCAGUGACAUUGCUCGAGACUCUAUCACUCUGACUUGGGAGCCUCCUGCUAGUGAUGGCGGAAGCAACAUCAUUGGCUAUAUUGUAGAGAAAUGUCCCACCAGUGCAGACAGGUGGAUCCGUGCUGGCCAUACAACUGACUGCAGCUUUACCAUCAUCAACAUAUUUGGAAAGACCAAAUACCAAUUCCGAGUCAUUGCUGAGAACGAGUUUGGCUUGAGCCCUCCUUGUAAGCCAACUGAACCCAUCACCACAAAGGAGGAUAAGUCUGUGAUCAGGAACUAUGAUGAGGAAGUGGAUGAGGCCAGAGAGAUCACCAAGGAGGAGGCUCUAUUCUAUAAAGUUAAGGAGCUGUCCUCCAAGUACAUUAUCUCUGAGGAGCUUGCUCGCUGCCAGUUUGGAGUGGUCCACCGUUGUACGGAGAUUGCCACCAAAAAGACCUUCAUGGCCAAAUUUAUCAAGGUAAAAGGAACUGACCGUGAGUAUGUUCUCAGGGAAAUUGAGGCUCUCAACAUAGCAAGGCACAAGAAUAUCAUCUACCUACAUGAAUACUUUGAAAGCAUGGAGGAGAUUAUCCUGAUCUUUGAGUUCAUCUCUGGAGUUGACAUAUUCGAGCGCCUUGGCACCAGCCACUUUGAGCUCACAGAGCAGGAGAUUGUCCGCUACCUAAGACAAGUCUGCUCUUCACUCAAGUUCUUGCAUAGCCACAACUUUGGCCACUUUGAAAUCCGCCCCGACAACAUUGUCUACACCACUCGGAGAAGCACCGUCAUAAAGAUUAUCGAAAUGGGCCAGGCCAGACUGCUGGUACCAGGAGAAAAUAUUAGAAUGCUGUUUUCAGCUCCAGAGUACUGUGCUCCUGAGGUCCAUCGCCAUGACUUGGUCACAACAGCCACUGAUAUGUGGUCUGUUGGUGUGUUGGCCUAUGUCUUGCUCAGUGGCCUCAAUCCAUUUGCUGCAGAGUCCACUACAAAGAUGAUUGAGAACAUCUCCAACUGUGAGUAUGUCUUUGACAGUGAAGCAUUUAAUGACAUCAGCCUGGAGGCUAUGGACUUUGUGGACAGACUUCUAAUCAAGGACAGGAGGCUCCGCAUGACAGCCGAUGAGGCUCUGGAACACCCAUGGCUGAAGAUGAAGAUUGAGCAUGUUAGCACCAAGAUCAUUAGGACACUGAGACACAGAAGGUACUACCAGACUCUGGUUAAGAGGGCAGACACUAUUGUAUCAGCAGCUCGUGUGGCCUACGGUGGUGCCUUCAAGAAUCAGAGAGGAUUGGCUGUGGGUAAAGUGAAGAUUGGAACUGAGUACCAUGGUCUGCGUGCUGGUCCAGUCAUGCAUGGCUCAGCUGAGGAAGGUGGCCAUGUCAGAUUCACUUGUCGCAUCACCAACUAUGACAAGAGUACACAGGUGUCAUGGUACUUCGGUAACCGUCAGUUACAUCCAAGUCCCAAGUAUGAGAUUACUUACAGCAAUGGUUUUGCAAGCAUGUAUGUAAAGGAUAUUGAAGAUAGUGACAAUGGUGUGUACAGAUGUAAGGUGGUGAGUGAUGAUGGAGAGGACAGUGCUUACGGAGAGCUCUUUGUCGAGACUGUGAGGAGCAUCAGGGAGUACUAUGUCAGCCGCUCCAUCAAGAAACUGAGGAAGAGGGUUGACAGGACUAAACUCCUUCAGAGGCCACCAGAGUUCACUUUGCCUCUAUACAAUCGCACUGCCUAUAUUGGUGAAGAUGUGCGCUACGGUGUCACUAUUACUGUGCACCCUGAACCUCAUGUAACAUGGCUGAAGAAUGGAGAGAGAAUAAAGCCAGGCGAUGAUGACAGCAAGUACACAUUCACCAGUGACAAGGGUCUUUAUCAGCUAAUGAUUCACAAUCUAGACAUGAGCGAUGAUGCUGAAUACACCGUCAUGGCCCAUAACAAGUUUGGAGAAGACAGCUGCACGGCCCGUCUCACAGUGACACCCCACCCUGUGAUGGAAGAAACAAUGAGGCCCAUGUUCAAACGUCUGCUGGCUAAUGUUGAGUGUGUCGAGGGACAUAGUGUCCGCUUCGAGCUCAGAGUGUCAGGAAUCCCUACUCCUACUCUGAAAUGGGAGAAGGACGGCCAUCCACUACAGUUUGGUCCCAAGGUUGUAGUCAUAGAAGAGGAUGUUGACUACCAUGUUCUGCACAUCAGAGAGACUCUGCUUGAGGACUCUGGUGUGUACAAAGUGACUGCAACCAAUUCUUCUGGCUCUGCAAGCUGCCAGGCUACACUGAAGGUGGACCGCCUUACUUACACAAGGAGAGAGUACAAGAAUGAGGAGGAGAAAUACAGACAUGUCCAGAAACAAAUUGAGAAGACCAACAAGAUGGCUCAGCAAAUUGCUGCCAGAGAGGACGCUGUACCUCUCAACCCAACAGCCCAAGAGGCACUGAAAUUUGCUGCAGAGAUGUACAAACCUGCUGUAAGCACCAAAAAUGUUGAGGGUGAGUUUGACAUCACAGUGGAGAAGUCUGAGACCAAGAAACUGGAAGAAGAGAGGAGAAUCUUCAUGCCCUAUGAGAUCCCAGAGCGUGUGGUUCACGAUCCCAAAAAUCUGGAUGAGGACAAAGCUAUUAAACAGUUUGUGCCUCUAUCUGACAUGAAGUGGUACAGGAAGCUGAGAGACCAGUAUGAUAUUCCAGAGAGAAUGGAGAGGAUUGUGCAGAAGAGACAGAGACGGAUCCGACUGUCCAGGUGGGAGCAGUUCUAUGUCGUGCCCCUCCCUAGAAUCACUGACCAGUACAGGCCAAGGUGGCGUAUUCCAAAACACACUUUGGAUGAUCUGGAGACUGUCAGACCCGCCCGCCGUUCACCCUCUCCUGAAUCUGAGGUCUCCUUCAGAUCAAGGAGAAGGUCUCUGGGAGACCUGAGUGAUGAAGAGCUGCUGAUGCCUAUGGAUGACUAUCUUUCCAUGAGGAGAACGGAAGAGGAGAAAAUGAUGCUGGAGGAUGAAUUGGAACUUGGCUUUUCUGCAUCCCCUGCCGGUAGCCCUGUCCGCAUUGUACGGCAUGCUGCAGAACAUGAAGAGAGGAGGCAAGAAAUCAGGCAUGAGGCUGUUGAGGUUACUGAGACAAAGAAGAAACGCACAAUUUCCCAGUUUAUGAGGAGGAGGAGAUCACUGUCUCCCACAUACAUCGAACUGAUGCGUCCAGUGUCAGAGCUGAUCAGACCACCGCGUGCCAGGACUCAUGUCGAAGUGGAGGGCGAGAUUGUGGAGAGGAGGUCCCCCACCCCAGAGAGAACACGCCCCCGCUCUCCCAGCCCCAUUAGGUCAGUUGAGAGGACAUCACGCUCCUCGUCCAGGUUUGAGCGAUCUGCCCGAUUUGACAUCAUGUCUCGCUAUGAGGCCAGAAAGGCAGCUCUAAAGUCUGAGAGGAAAUAUCAGGUGGUUAGUCAGACACCUUUCAGCCUGGAUCAUGCUCCUCGUGUGACUGUCAGGAUGCGCUCCCACCGCAUACCAAUUGGCCAAGACACCAAAUUCACCCUGAACAUCCAAACCAAGCCAGAGGCUGAGGUGAAAUGGCUCCACAAUGGAACUGAAAUCUUUGAAAGCAGUGAGAAAUAUGUCUUUACCAACAUGAGUGGUGUUCUGUCCAUCACUAUUCUGGACUGCCAGGAGGAGGACAGUGGCACAUACCGCUGUGUAUGUUCCAACUCCAAGGGAGAGGCUUCUGACUAUGCCACCUUGGAUGUGUCAGGUGGUGGGUAUACCACCUUCUCCUCUCGCCGCAGGGAUGAGGAAGUUCCCAAAGCUUAUGUCCCUGAAGUCACUCGCAUUGACCACUAUCACCUCAGCCACUUCAAAGCUGGCUAUGCUUCCAAGACCCACUUUGAGGUAGAAGAGAGCAAGUCCAAGCUAACUGAGACACAUGAGGUUGUCACACGUGAAAGAUAUGGUGCCUCCUCAGAGAGGUACUCCUCCGCUGAGAGGUAUGACUCAUCUAUCAAGUUUGCCUCGGCUGAUUACCUGUCAUCUGCUUCGUCCUACUCUUCCGGGAAGUUGUCUCUGACUGGCAAGCACACAACAUCUACUGGUAAACAGACGUCGUCUUCUGCUGCUAUUACUGAAGACGUUUCUGUCCACAAGGUGAAGCCUUCGCUUGCUGCCAGAAUCCUCACCAAGCCCCAGUCUGUGACUGUUGAAGAGGGAGAGACUGCCAGAUUCUCCUGUGAUAUUGAUGGAGAGCCUUCACCCACUGUAACAUGGAUGCAUGAGAGCACAACCAUUGUCUCCUCUCACCGUAUCCAAGUCACCACCACUCAGUACAAGUCCAGUCUGGAGAUCUCUGUGACAUCCGCUGAUGAGGGCAAUUAUACAGUGGUGGUAGAAAACUCAGCAGGCAGACAGGAGGCUCACUUCACUUUGACCAUCCGCAGACCAGCUCCCAAAGAGGAGGUCAAGGCUGUCAAGUCCCCUGAACCAUCUGUAAAAUCACCCACUCCCAGUGUAAAGUCACCAGAGCCUUCUGUGACAUCACCUGCUCCCUCGGUUACCUCCCCAGUCCCCAGUAUAAAGUCACCAGAACCAAGCAUCAAGUCCCCUGAGCCUUCAAUUAAAUCACCAACUCCAAGUGUCAAGUCCCCUGAGCCUUCAAUUAAAUCACCAACUCCAAGUGGAAUCAAAUCCCCUAGGAGCGUCAAGUCUCCUGAGCCAGCUGCACCUUCUCCAGCACCCAGAGUAAAAUCACCGACUCGGAGCAUCAAAUCUCCUGAACCCGAGGGAAUCAAAUCACCCAAAGGCAUAAAAUCCCCUGAACCCAGACUCAAGUCACCACCACCAUUCAAGUCCGCAGACAGGGUGAAGUCACCUGAACCUGAGGGAAUAAAAUCACCUCGUGGUGUCAAAUCUCCAGAACCUGCAGGAAUCAGAACACCAAGAGGUUUGAAAUCCCCAGAACCUGCUGGUAUCAAAACACCAAGAGGCUUCAAGUCUCCAGAACCAUUUGGCAUCAAGUCACCAAGGGGCUUGAAGUCCCCUGAGCCAGAGGGAAUCAAAUCACCUCCUAGGAUGAAGUCCCCUCCUCCCAUCAUGUCCCCUAAGAGGGUUGUGUCUCCACUCACUGUCAAAUCCCCAACCCCGAAACCUCCAAAGGUCAUGAGUCAGCUAAAGGCAGAAGCCUGCGAAGGUUCGGUGAGGAUGUCCUGUGUGUGUGAGAGCAGCGUCAGGGAGGUGGUGUGGUAUGUUAACGGGAGGAGGCUUUCACAGAGUAGCCGCUUUGAGAUGAAGUACUCUGAGGGCUCCUGCAGCCUCCUAAUCCAUGACCUGACAGACAGCGACAAGGGAGAGUACACCUGUGAAAUGACAUCAGAUGGAGGAGUCUCAAAAUCCUCCUUCUCCUUCACUGGACAGGCGUUCCAGUCCAUAUACAUGAAGGUCACUGCCUACCGUGAGCAGCAACUGGCACUUAAAGGAUCAAUGAUGAUGAGUCACAAGGAGUCAUCAUCAUCCAUGAGCUCAUCCAUGAUGAUGAAGAAAGAAGUCCACGCCAUGGAGGAGUCAUCCUCCUUCUCCUCCUCCUCCUCCUCAGCCCAGCAGGCAAUGAUGUCAUCCAUGAUGGAGUCAAGCUCUUUCAGCAGCAUGGCAGCUGAGAUGAAGUUUGAGACCAUGUCCAUGUCAAGCAUGUCCUCCACUUCUGAGUCAUUUGCCAUGAGUUCCAGUAGCCUCGCAGAGAUGGCCUCCCAUAUGGAAGGAUCCUCCAUGCGAGCGAUAGGUUCUGCUCCCAGGAUUGAGGCUUUGCCGGAGGACAUCAGCAUCGAGCCAGGUAAAGUCCUGACAGUGGCCUGCGCGUUCUCCGGGGACGCCAAACACAUUGAGUGGUCCUGCGGUGGCAAAACCAUUGAGGUGACUGCUGGUGGCCGCUUCCAUAUCGAGACCACGGAGGACCUAACCACCCUCAUCAUCACUGGUGUGAAGGUGGAAGACGCUGGAACCUACACUCUCAAACUGUCCAAUGAGCUAGGAUCCGACACAGCAACUGUUCACAUUAGUAUUCGAUCAGUGUAAAAACUAAAAUGUUAUCUUCCAAUCUUCCCCUUUUCCCCAUGCCUUUUAAUUUAUUAAUUGAGCAAAAUAAUAUACUUGAUAAAGAUCUGGAUUUCUGUUCUUGUAAAUAUGAACUAUUUUUGUACCAAUCUUGACAUUAAUUUAUGCCAAACUAGACUAAAGUCUAAAGUUGUUAUAAAAUGUGCCAUAUUGGAUAACUAUGACUUAGGAUUUUUGAUCCAUUUUUCUGUGACAUGUACAUAAUGUAUAUAGCCGAAUUUAACGGUUAUGGGAAAUGUAUGCAUUGUUAUUUAUGACAAUAUUAACUGAAACAAAAUGAAACUAAAUGUGUUUUAACAGGAGAAAGUUUCACUUGGAACGAAUACCCUGUCAAACUGAGAAACUAAACUAUGUGCCUCAACAAUAAGUUGAAGUCUUAAGAUUGCCUCAACAGGUAGAGAGGCUCCCUGUUGACGUUAACUCAAUCAGACAAAACUAUGAAUGCACUGCUGGAGAAAAAGAGUGGUGCUGUUGCAUUGUAAUAAGAGUGUGAGAUCCUGAGUGCUGUUUGCAUAACCCUCAUGUAAGCAGGACGACUGGACCUCGUGCUCUGACUGAUUAUGUCAUACUACCAUUUCGAUGACAUGCUCACAGUGCGAGCGGCCUGCACUUCCUGAGCACAAUGUUUUUUUCUUGUUUUGUGCUCUGUUUCUGGCAAACGACCACUUGCUCGGGCUCUUUUCGGUAGUACCAUCAACCUGGCCAAUCAAAUGAGUCCUUCCUGUGCUUGUUUGCAGAGGCAGAGCUGUCUCUUGGAGGUCUGCAGUGUGUUUGUGUGUUAGUUUUUAGAAGUACACCUGUCAGUCAAGCUGGGCACCGCCAAGCAGACGUACCGCAGAUGGAAAGACAACCACCACUGCGUCUGACAAGGACGGAAUGAUGUGUGGUCCUGCGUGUCGCCCCGCGCUUUGAUUUGAUUGAAGUUAGAGUUGUAGCAUUGAUUGUUUUCGCAGCCUCCUUGAGUUUUUCUCCAUUAUUGAUUUAAUAAAGCAUGAUUAUCAGCAC